UUUAAAAUGGUUCCUUUUGUGAGGCUUGUCGGUCAGCGGCCUCUUGCGGCGUCGCGUCAGAUUGGUGGAUCUGUGCUGAAGAGAAACGCUCUCUCUCAUGAGACGCCGACACAGGAGUCAAAUUUCUCUCUGCCCAACCUUCGAGUGGUGGUGGGGAUUUGAAGUACGGCAGUUAGACCCUGCCAUUUAGAGUAUUUCCCAGUAAUAAAUUAUCUGAUAAUUAUAAACCUUGUUCACUUGUUCACUCCAGCACUCUCAUUUCUGGUUUCCCUCAGCCACUCAGGAACUUUAAGCCGCUCAACUCUUUGUUUCCACUACGUUCAUUUACCUCAACAUUCAUCCCCUUUCUCCAAAUUCUAUCGUAUAUCUAUAUCUAUAUAUGCACACACUAAAAAAACCCCCCAGCCAUUUCUUUAAAACAAAAACAAAAACAAAAAACCCCAUAGGGCUCAACUAGCAAUUUUACCUUUGGACAAAAUGUUCUAAAUUCUGUGAGCUUUCCUAGAAGUUAUAUUUUAUACUGGAAAGAAAAGUCACUAUAUAAUCCACAAAAAGUGUUUUUCAUUUUUCCAAUGAUUUAAGGGGUAAAUGACUUUACAUUUGAUUCCAUAGAGCAUACCUGAUUAGUCCUAAAGUGUGCAGUGAGAAAUGUAAUAAAAUAUCAACAAUGAACCUAUGAUUAACUUCCAAAGAUGACAGUAUUAUUACUGCAAUAUGAUGGCACCCUCUUGUGGUUAAGGAUUUUUAUAAAAAUGGCUGUAGCUGGUUUGAACAUAAACUUCUCAGUGUUUUUUCCCCCUUUACAAACAGUAAGGAAGAUUUUUUGUCUUCAGCAGGUGAAAUUCUUUUUAUUUUCAUGGUAUAUGCUUUCUAGGGAAACCAUACAGUGCCCUUUAGAUAAGUAGCUACAGUCACAGAUUUGGAGAUGUCAUAAACCCUCUGAUUUCUCCUUGGGAUUACUCACUUUCCCUAGUUCAGAAGGAUUACAUCCACACACAAUGAAGAUCUGAUUCUUCUUUAGUCAGAGGAGCUUUUUAAAGUGAUGCCUCCACCAGUACCUAACAUGCUUGUGGCUUGCCAGAUGCAAAAUUCCUUAUUCCAGUGAGGUCUAAAUCUCUAGCUGAUGCCAACUAUACUUGUUCAUUACAAAAUAGUUACAGCUGUAUGCUUGUAUUGUGUGAACAUAUACUUAGACUAAAAUUAUCUUGCCACUGGCUUUUUUUUUUAGUCGUGUCAGAAGAGUCUGCUCUCUGUUUGGGGAAGGAGCUGGUUUUCUCAUCACAGCUAUUUUCCAAUUUAGAUUAUACAGUUUUUAAGCCCUUUGAACAAGUGAAUCUUGUAAGGAUGUUUUAACACAUGAAAGUAAAAUUUAAGCAUAUAAAGCCAUUUCUCAUAUAAUUAACCCAAAGAAAGUUACUGAUUCUCAUUCUGAUUUCUUGGUCUUUUUUAGAUGUCAAAGAAUGAUGAUGAUCAGCAGUUUACUAUUGACAAUGCAAUUAAAAAUAUGGAUAAAAUGUCAUCUGAACUGAAUAAACUUAUGGGUAAUUAUUAAUGCUACUAUUGUCAGAAUGAAGAUAAUGAUUUAUUUUCCUAUUAUGUGAUGAUUACUGCCUGAAGAGUUCUAGGAAAUGAUGUAUUGUAUAUGAAUCAAUAUAUACAAACUUACCUAACUGCAUAAGAAAAUAAAGUAUUAUUCCACUUCCUCUUAAUGCAUGAUGGUUAUAACCUGUGCAUUUCCUGUUGAAGUCACAGUUAUUCAGGAACACAUUAUUUCUGUUAAUGUUAAAUGUCAUUGCUAUGUGUCUGCAAAUUUUAUUUACUACUUUCAAAAGGGGGGAAAGCUACAGCUUUCCCCUGCUCCUAUUUAGUGAAUGCAGGAGGGGAUGAGUAUGCCUCAAACUAUAAUUCAUGGGUGGGAAACCUUUGGCCUGUGGACCAAAUUUGGCAUUCUAGGCCUCCCCAUUUGGCCCACCAGGCUGUUUUCACCAAGCCAUGAACAACUGCCCUAUACAUGACACCAGAUGUCAGGUAAUGGCAAGUCUUGGUUGAAAGGGGCUUUGUGGGCCCUACCAAUUGGCAAUGCCUGCAAAGUCUGCCCAGUGCUUCCCAAGGGAUAAAAAACCAGCUAAUUGUUGGACACUGGAAGUACUGAGCAAAGAUUGCAAGCCCUGUGCUCAGCAGUUCCCAAGCAUGGGGCUUGCAAAGCCCUCUUGGAAUAUUUUCCAAGUGCCUGACAACCAGCUAACUGUUGGGAAGCUCUGUGCAAAGCCCAAACCUUGACAGUUGUCAAUCACCAGGCAUCAUUAUGACAACAGAUGAUUGACCAGUAGAUGGUCCCAAACUCCAGUGAAACCCUGUUGAGAUGGAGAGAGAAAAAGAUUUUGGCCAAUGGGCCAAAAAUGUUCCCUACUUUUGCUGUAAUGGCUGUCCUUGUGGGACAACUGUUGCAGCUAUCCUUCUGACAAUUGAUAGGUUUCAUGCCCUCAGAAGCGUUACAUUUGCCUGCAAAUGUCUUCCAGUUCUCCCCCAAAUGAAAACGUUGUAGCCAUUUUUUAAUUUCCCAAUAGUGAAUACAAUGGUACCUCGGAUUAAGUACUUAAUUUGUUCCGGAGGUCUGUUCUUAACCUGAAACUGUUCUUAACCUGAAGCACCACUUUAGCUAAUGGGGUCUCCUGCUGCCACCGUGCCACCAGAGCACAAUUUUUGUUCUCAUCCUGAAGCAAAGUUCUUAACCCGAGGUACUAUUUCUGAGUUAGCGGAGUCUGUAACCUGAAGUGUAUGUAAUCUGAAGCGUAUGUAACCCGAGGUACUACUGUAGAGGGUUUGGAGGGGAGGAAGGAAGUAGAUUUACCAAUAGUGAAAGGGGUGUGUGUGUUGAAAUUAGGUGCUCCCUUUCACAUGGUUAUAAAUUUAACAAACAGACUAAAUGAAUAAAUACAGAAAUAUUGUUGUUCUACAGUAAAAACCCAACUGCUGCUUUGUGAUCUUAUUCUGAACUUCAGCCAUCCAGCUCUAACAGAUGUUUCUACAGAAGCUGAUGAAAAGAAACGUGAGGAGUCCACAAAUCUGUGAGUUCCAUUUAUUGUCCCUCUUCAUUAACACUUUGUCAGUAGUUAGUGCUACAUUUAAAAGGGCAAGCUGAAAGAUAAAUUUUAUCUUUCCUAACUUUUUAUGCCCCUGGACAAUAUUGUUCCUUUGAGACACUUUACAAAGUAUGUCAAGUGUUGAGUUUUUGAAUUGCAUGCUAUAUUUGAUUACUAAUUAAAUUACUGUUUUUCUGUAGUUGGCGUUGGUGUGUUAAGUUAGCUGGUGCUAUUCUUUUAUUUACUGCACAUAGUAGGUGUGUAGAGCAAGCUAAGGAAUAAAUGGAUACAAAAAUAUAUCACCCAAAUCCUCAAUUUUCAAAAAAACAAAGGAGCAGUGAGCUUUUACUAGAAUAGCUUCUUCUCAUCCCUUGCAUCUCCACUGUGCUCUACUUUUACUGGACACAAAACUGUGCACAUUUAAUGUUCUUAAAUAACAGAAAGAAAAUAUGUGUAUAGUAUCUUGCCUUAUCAGAACAUAACGAUGGAUUUCUUAAUAAAGUGCUGCAGAAUUAAGGCCAAUAAUCCAAUCCAAUUUAACGAUUCAGUAAGAUAUACAAAGUACUGUGAUUGGUUUUGAUUUUUGAACUCAAACUGACUUUAACAUUUUUAGACUGGGCUUCACCCUGCCAUGUGAUGGUAACAUAAUUGCAAAUUUGUCCUUGAUAAGUCAGAUGGACAGUGGCUUAAAGUUAGUACUAAGCCAUUUUUUAUGUUUGUGAAGUCUAGGCAGGAAUUUGAAAUAAUAGGAAUUAUUGGUACUGGAUAGAAUCUAUGAGUAUAUGAUUGAAUUUCCUAUACAGUAUACAUAAAAAUGUACAGCUGUCAUGCUGCAGUUUAUGUAGCUGCCAACAGGUGGCCAUGCCAGUUCCAGAUGAGCAAGCAGGAACUGCAAACCACUGUGUGCAAUGCCUGCCCCCUCAAUUAAAUGUGGCUGCAACAAGAUUUACAGAGGGGGAGACACUUCAGAAGCCACUCAAUGAAGCACCUUCUCUUCCUUUAAAAAGUGGUGGGGCUUGGGGUGAGCUGUGGUGAUAGGCAAGGUGAGGUAUAAAGGGAGGAGGGGUUGGCCAGGUGCUGCUGAAUAGUUGGCAAAGAAGUUGGCGUGUAGGUGGAGUUGGUGAGCGGAAAGAAUGGGGGCAGUAGCUCCUAGUAAUUAUAUGAGGACUAAAGCAAUACUUAAAAGGGUUGUCAUUUGUAUUAUGGGAGUCCAUCUUGUACAGUGGCUAACUUGAAAAGAUACAUAUAGAGAAUGGAAGUUUAUUUGUGUGAGAGAAAUGGGUAGUAAUAAAGGUUAGCAGUGGAAAAAGGAAUAUAAAAACAGAUAGAUACUUUAUUGAUUCUAGCUGCAUCUGAAAAUGCAGCAUCUUAAACUAAUUGCUGUUAUCAAAUGUGAAAUAUAGUUCACAGAUAUAGUUCCCACAAACAUUAGACAUUAGCAUGGAUACUGUGUUUGAGAGCAUCAAACAACUUGAAUACACCAAGCUAUUCUCAGGUGAAUAUGUCUAUUGUAUUUUAUACAACACUACUCCACAAAAAGCAUUCACAUGUAAAGAAAUAUGUACACAAAUUGUAAGACAACACAGUUAUUUUCAGUCUGUGUAAUGUUGCAUUUCAGACAGUGUCUAUCACACACAUGAAACUGUCUCAUGAAGCAUAUGCUUAGUGAGAAGUAAUACACUGAUAUUUUCAGUUUGAGAACUUAAGGCAAGAAAUGAACUUGCAUUUUAACAUGAAAAUAAGAGAAGUUCACCAAAUAUAAAUCAGUUACUCUUCUGGAUUUCUCUUUCAAAGAUAAAUAGGUGAUCCUCCAGGAAAUUUUCUGUUAUCUUUUAAAGAGAUCCAGCCGUGUAUGUCAGCAAGCACUGCUUUCUUGAACACCGAUCCUUUCCGUCUAUCAGUCGAAGAGGCAUUUUUCUGAAGUAAUCAAUUAUAUCAGCCACCGAAGCAAAAUCCUGUGUGGUUUACAGAAUGUCAAUCAGUCAAUGAUUCUGACUAUAGAGAAAGUUAAAGCAACGUAAUUUUGUCUCUUUGUUUUAUACAAAUUGUUCUUUAGGGACAGUAAAUAAACUAUCUUUGGUUCUAGUUUUUGCUGUUAGCCUAGAUUUGAUUCUGCUCAGUUACUGCACUCUCAUUUGAGAAACCUUGAAGGAGAAGUAGUAAGAAGAGUUGUCAUUAUGUAGAAAGUAUUAUAUUUAAUAAGUAAUAAAUAUUAACAUAAAUAAAUAAAUAAACAAAUAAAGUAACAUUACAUCAUACCUCAUUCCCUUUUGAGCUAGUUCCUAAUAUAUACACUUUAUCUUCCAGUUGGAAACGUAUUGGAAUAUUGUAUACUUUAGCACUGUAAAGCACCAUCAAGACAUAGGGUUGAUCAGCAGCCUUUGUUGAGCUGUCUCUUACUAAGAAAGUGCCAUCCUAGAAAAGUAACACAUUAAAAUAUUUUUAAGACAAAUGUUAUCACAACUGUGAACAGAAUUCAUUGCAUUUCGAAGCAAAUGUGUUCAGGAUUAGUCUUGGAGUGUGUGUUCAAUUUCAAUAUUUUUCUCAUAUUACUAUAUUGAUGUUAUAAUUUAACUCUUCACCUGGUUUAUGGUCCUAAGAGCAGCUUCUGCAUCUGUCCGGGUUAUAUCAGCAGCAUACCAUUCCUGAUUUAGCGGGAGCUGGUUAUACUUGAGCCACAUGAAAAGAGAGACAAAGAGCUGUUUAUUAGUGAGAAUAUGGUAUUACCAGUGUAGGGCAAAGGAGUACAGAGCUUUGAAAGGCAGGUAUGAUAUUUAUUAACUGAAUAUGCUACUGGUAAGGUACCCAAUCAUUCUUUUCUCCUCUUUAUGUUUAUAACUGAAACCAUUGUUUCUUUGGGGGGGUUGCUUAUGGAAGUUUUAUGUGAAAUUGCUGCAGCUCUUGCCCACCAGUCCAGCCCCUGUGUUAAUAUGACAUCAAUAGCAAUAGCAAAAUGCCAGCCCAUUUUUAAUUAUUAUUUUCUGACAUUUAGUUUAGCUUUCUCCUUAUCAUGAAAAACAGAUAAGUAAAAAUAACCUGUUGUAUAUCUGUAGUAUACAUGCGUGGAAACUCCUACGUGUGUUGUUGUUAAUGGGCAUUUUGUCAUGAAUGUAGUCAUGGAUUUGGUGGGAAGUCUCUAUAACCACACUUAUUAUCCACACUUCCUCUUGUCCUGCUGUUUUCUCCUGGGAAAAACUGCUUUUUAGUACUUAAUUGUAGUAAAUGGCAAUUUUCUCUGGAUUGAUACUUGCUCUAAAAUGAUAGUUUUUCAUGGGAAAGGAGCAGGCCAAGUGGGAAACCACUCAGACCCAUGAUUUUUGCACAGGACAAGCAGACGUGUGGAUGAGUCCUUAUGCUUGCAUUUGCUCCUCACCUGAGCACAACCUAGCCAUUUUAUUUCUAAUGGCUCCAAAUGCCAAAAGAAACACAUCUAUGUGCACUGAUUGCUGCAUGUUGAUUUCAACAGCGCAUCCAGUUUAGAGAAUCUAUUUUCACAAGAUGUUUAUACAGUAUAAGACUUUAAUUUCAGUACCUACAAGGGAUAAAGAAAUAAAUCCUUGCAGAACUGUUGUACAUGCUGCUGCUCCUUGCUACAUAUGGACUGUUUUUCUUCACCUUGCCUCACCCAGUUUUCCUAUGCUUUGCUCAUAUGUAUUCUGUUAUUGGUUCUUAUUGGCAUAUGUUUAAAAAAUAAAAUCAUAAAAUCAUACAAAGCCAUCCAAAUACAUUAGUAAUCCAAACACAUACAAUAUAUAAAAGACUAGAUAGUCACCAUUGAGUAAAUCAGGCAACUUUCGAUUUAGCUUUAAAAAUCUCAGCUAAAUACCCUGAAACAAUCUUGGUAGUUUUGGGAGAAUCAUCCCUCAACAAAUAUUGGAUUACAGACUCUUUGUAAAUCGAUAUUUUAAGCUAUAAGGAAGUUACCACACCUAUCAGCCAAUCACUCGUUCCCACCACCCUUCUGAGUAAUACCCCUCCCCACCCUCUCACGAUAUAUAUAAGGGUCUGGUGACUUCUGUUUCAGUGUAUCUGAAGAAGUGUGCAUGCACAUGAAAGCUCAUCCCAAUAACAAACUUAGUUGGUCUCUAAGGUGCUACUGGAAGGAAUUUUUUUAUUUUGUUUCGAUUACGGCAGACCAACACGGCCACCUACCUGUCUCAAUAAAGAAGUUAGGAAACUUUCCGGGUCUGUAUUAAUGUGAAUUUUUAACCAGAAUUUGAAAUUCAUAAUCCAGCCCCUAGAUUCUAAGAGAUGCCGGCUUAACUCUGCACACAUAGCUAAAUACAGUGGUACCUCUGGUUAUGAAUGCUCCUGGUUAUGCGCGCUGCGGGUUACGAGCUCCGCUAACCCAGAAGUAGGCGCUCCUGGUUCUGAACUUUGCCCCAGGAUGCGGACGGAAAUUGCACACAGGAGGCGCCAUUAGCGAAAGCACGCUUCAGGUUAAGAAUGGUUUCCGGUUACGAAUGGACCUCUGGAACGGAUUCAGUUCAUAACCAGAGGUACCACUGUAGGAGACGCAUUUUGGAGCUCCUAGAAUUUGUCGGAAGGAUGCUUGUACAUCCUCAACUUUGUUGUUAAAGUCAGUUAUCCAUAAGGAAUCCCAUAAAGGACUUGAAAAACACUUUUGCACUACAGACCCUAACUGCUGUAGGCACAUUCUGGUUACCAUAAAAAAUAUUAGAAUCCUUUAAUUCAUGCUGCAGUGCAUUUAGAUAAGUUGGUUGUCCUGUUACAAUGGGUCGCCCAUUUUAGAUUGUAAUAAAAUGUGAUCCCUAAGUAUUUAAAACUUUUAACUUGUUCGAUUUAACUUGUUCCAUUUCUUGAUCACCAAUACGCUAUUUAGAUGGGUGCCAUUUUGAAAAUACUAAGAUCUUGGAUUUUGAAUAAUUAAUCACUAGGUGAUUUCCUUGGCCGUAAUGAAAGAAUGUUUUUAGAUACCUUUGGAGCCCAAUUCUGGUUCAGGAGAGGAGGAGAGUGUCAUCUGCAAAUAAAAGUAUGGGAACUGCAUAGGUCAUAACCUAGGAGGGUGGCCAUUCACAAUGAGUAGAUGUUGUUUCAUAUCAUUCAAAAAUAGAUUAAAUAGAUGUGGGACAAGAAUACAGCCUCAUAUGUAUGCCUUGGAAGGAACUGGGUCUGGCAUUCUAUCACAUAAAUUGUUCACUUGGAAUUCACAAUAUAUUAAACAUUUUUGAUGCUAUUAUUGUACCUUGUGGUACUGAUCCAUCGCUUCAUUUUCAGCAUUGAGAGAAUGUGUGAACGGUCUGUUAGGAAUUGGUAAUGGUGGUCUUCCAUCAGCAGGGCCUUUUGAAGCAGUUCUGCCAAUAUUACCUUCAGAAAAAAUGAACAUAUUUAAAAAUUAAAUCCAGACGACUUAAUGGACAUUGGAACAUGAUUCUAACGAACCACACAAGCUUGACAGGGUCUUGGCAAAGUAAAAAUGAAAUUGACUUCCGAUGAGAAUAUGUUUCAUUACAACUUGAAUGCUUUAAGCAGUAACUGGCAAACUGAAGGGAAAGAGUAGACAAGUCUGAUAGAAAAAUAGGCCGCAUAACUCACAAAAUCUCACAGAAAUGCAAAGCGUCAAACAUGAGAAGCAUUAUGACAGACAUUCCUAAAUGCAUUUAUUUGAUUUAUAUCAAGGUUAGAGAACCUGGUUCCAUCUAUUUGCUGCUGGACUAUAAUGUCCAUUAUCCCUGGCCAUUGUUCAUGCUGGGUGGGGAUCAUGGGAAUUUGAAUCUAAAAAUAACUGGUGCGCCAGAUUCCCCAUUUCUGAUUUAGGUUAUUUCAUUACUAUACUGCUCUAAAACCUUGUAAUUCAAGAAACAAAACAACUUGUGUUCAGACAACCAAUGCUUCAUAAAUUUGCAUUGUCGCAAAAUAUUUAAUGGAAAAGCUGUUAGUUUGUACUGGCAGCAAUCAUAUGUUUUGAAAAUCUAAGCCUGAAUAUUUAUGAGGUAUUUAUACAGUACAUACUUGGCUGAAAAUGUGGUGGUAGUGAUCCACUUGAUGAAAGAGUGCUGUAAAAAUAAACAAUGAUUAGCAUGUACAAAUGAGAUCUGAUACUUUGUAAGUGACUAGUUUUAUAUCUUAGAAAUGAGGCCAGAAAAUACUUGCUGGUAUAGCAGAAUUGGUUGCAAGUUGCAACUCUUCUCUUGUUUCAAAUUGUUUGUGGGAAUCCACAGGAUGAAUAAAGGAACUAUCUGGGACAAUAUGUGUGUGUGUGUGUGUGUGUGUGUGUGUGUGUGUACUUUUAUCUAUAGUAUGGGAACAUAGUCAUUCCAGAACUAUGCCCACAGAAGCCAGUUUUAAACUGGUAUAGCUCGGUGGGGAGAGAGUGGAAAACAGUUACAGUGGUACCUCGGGUUAAGUACUUAAUUCAUUCCGGAGGUCCAUACUUAACCUGAAACUGUUCUUAACCUGAAGCACCAUUUUAGCUAAUGGGGCCUUCUGCUGCCGCCACGCCGCCGGAGCACAAUUUCUGUUCUCAUCCUGAAGCGAAGUUCUUAACCUGAAGCAAUAUUUCUGGGUUAGCGGAGUCUGUAACGUGAAGUGUAUGUAACCUGAAGUGUACGUAACCUGAGGUACCACUGUACUGGAGUUAGUCUCAGUCAUGUGAGCAGGAUGAAUUGCCCUUACUGCAUUUGAUUCUCAUAGAAUUUAAUUCUCUUAUAGAAUUAAGAAUAGCAAUGAACAAGUUCCACAUAAUGUAUAAUAGCACACAACUAAUGGUCAGCUCAAUUCAACAAACCUUUCUGCACCAGGUAUCGUCUUGGAUGGUAAAAGGCUCUGUUUAGAAUGCGGCUUAGGAGAUCUGAUUGGAAAUGUGUUACAUUGCAAAAAUGGCUGGGGAACUGACCUGUGGUGAAUAUCUGCAAAACACACACCAAAAACAAAAACACAGUUAUCGGACUCAGAUUGGGACAGUGAAUAAGAGAUUUGUGGAACUACUCAGUUUGUUUUGGAAAAGCUUAGGCAUUUCUGACUCAUAUUCUGGAAUUCAUUUCAGAUUCAAAAUGCUGUAGUUUCAGCAUAGAAACUAUGAGAGUUGAGGUUCCAGCAGAUCUUCAAGUUUCGCUGACACAGUAGGCUUCACCUUGCAUGAACAAAAUAACACAUUGCAUUUAUUAUUGCUACUAUUAUUAUUAUUAGUUUUAGUUUUUAAUAGCCCACCUUUUUCCCUGACAGGGACUCAAGGCAGCUUAGAGAUAAAAAUAAGAACUGCUAAAAAAUUAAUCAUUCAAAACUAUUAAAUCCUGAUAGAAUUAAUAAUAAUAAUAAUAAUAAUAAUAAUAUCUUUAUUGUCAUUGCCCCCUUCGGGGACAACGAAAUUACUUGACUGCUCCAUAAAAACACUAAUUAAUCAAUAGAGUAUAAUACAGCAAGGGAGAUUAGAUGACUUUCAAAGUCCGGGCUUCCCAUUCAGGGCCGAGAUCGCUCUGGAGAAGAAGCUGUUCUUAAGACGGCUCGUUCUUGUUACAUUAAAGCGCUUGCACAAAUUAGUAUAGUAAGUUUCUGCACAAGAAACCUCUGUCAGUGGCAGAGGAACCCUCUCCGGCACCCAGGGUGGUGCAGCCUGUAUGGACUGUGCAUGUGUGGCAUCCUGCAUGUGCGCACUCUGUAUGGAAUGCCGCACAUGUGCAGUCUAUAUGGGCUGCCGCUCACGAGCGGCAUCCCGUAUGGACGCCGUGCAAGCGGCAGCCAAUACGGACUGCGCAUGUGCGGCGACCGUACAGGAUGCUGCACAUACACAGUCUGUACGGGAUGCCACUUGCGCACAGCGGACAUAUGGUCUGCCACUUGCACGGCGUCCGUACAGGCUGCCAUGCGAGCGGCAUCCCAUAUGGACGGUGCGCGAACGGCACCCAUACAGACUCCGUGCGCCCUCAGCCGCUCUAGAGCUGGGGGGAGGCAGGGGCCAUCUUGUCACUCCUCCCAAAGUGGCACCCAGGGUGGCCUGCCCCCUAUGCCCCCCCCUACACCCCUGACCUCUGUGAAUAUACAGUGAGAACCACAGCAUCCAGGAAGAUUUCUGAAUUGAUGAUAAAAUCUGCCCAUUUUUGUUAAGUUCCAUAUCCAUCCUGGUGUAUUACUAACACUGGUAAAACUGCAGAUUUGCUGUCAAAUUACUUAUUUGGUGAAAUUUGGUAUCACUAACAUACACUGAAAUGCUAGUGGCUGGUAGCCACUUAAAAAUGCCCAAAAUUCCUGAGAUGACCUUGCUUGGUUCACCUAGUCCUGACGGUGAUCAGAUUUCACGGUUCUAAGAGAGAAGCUCCCCAUGUUCCUUGUUCAAUAUUUUAGCAGACUGAAGCAGAUACUUGUGGUCAAUAUUGAUAGGCGUAACUGCAUGCAAGGUAUUCAGCAUUCAGGGCUUUAUAGAUCAAAAUAAGUUGUUGUUGUUUAGUCAUUUAGUCGUGUCCGACUCUUCGUGACCCCAUGGACCAGAGCACACCAGGCACGCCUGUCUUCCACUGCCUCCCGCAGUUUGGUCAAACUCAUGUUGGUAGGUUUGAGAACACUGUCCAACCAUCUCGUCCUCUGUCGUCCCCUUCUCCUACUGCCCUCAAUCUUUCCCAGCAUCUUUUCCCAGAGUCUUUUCCAGGGAGUCUUCUCUUCUCAUGAUGUGGCCAAAGUAUUGGAGCCUCAGCUUCAGUAUCUGUCCUUCCAGUGAGCACUCAGGGCUGAUUUCCUUCAGAAUGGAUAGGUUUGAUCUUCUUGCAGUCCAUGAGACUCCCAAGAGUCUCCUCCAGCACCAUAAGUCAAAAGCAUCAAUUCUUCGGCGAUCAACCUUCUUUAUGGUCCAGCUCUCAAAAUAAGUACAUGGGAAGAAAAAACCACUAGGAGGCAGACAACUAUAUAUUGUAUUAACUGAAAUUUCCAAGCAGCUUUUAAAUGCAAACUUAUGUAGGCUACUCUUGAAGUAUAACAGUGACGGCUGAAACUGAUAAAUUAAGGAUUAGUUUUAAAUAAUUUUUCUGGAGUACAGUUGCUGAAAGAAAAUAAUCUUGGCUACCAUUACAUUUUAGGAUUCCACGCAUGGAGAUGGGUCCAGUAGUAUUCCAAUGUGGCAAUCCUGAAAGCAGUUUGAGUUCCAGUGAAAUAAAGUGGAAUUUAGUAUCACCUUUUUCUUCCUUCAGAUUUCCUUAGAAAUUUGCCACCUUUUUGGGAAGCCUUUUACUUAGCUCCUUAGUGGUCAUCCCUAACUGGAAGAAGGCCUAAGCAAGCUGAACUGCAUGUUCAAAUAAAUAUCAACAAUAAUGAUAGUAAUAGGAAUAAUUAAGAAAUACAUUACAUACUGCCAUCUUCCAUCUGAAAGAAGAAGAAGAAAAGUUAGCAUUAGGGUUGUCACUUAAUUAAAGAUAUAUUAGCUGAUUAUCAUGGGCUGUAUUCAAAGCAGUACUAAGGAGAUUGUUCUAUCAGUGCAAGCAUUCUUCUUGCCUGAUGGAAAAAUCUUCCCUCUCCUCCCCUUGUGUGCUGUUCUGGGGGUUCUCCUGACCCCCCCAGCAGAUGUGGAGAGGGUGGGGGAGAAUGAGGGGGAAGUCCUGUUUUGCUAGCGGGAAUCAUUGUGUUGGCUUCUGCUAGUGCAACAAUUUAGUUGAAUAUGGUCCUAAUAAGCAUAUGUCAUAUGAACUAAAUAGCUUUAAAGGCAAAAAAGCAUUAUUUCUUCUUUUAGAUAAUGCACAUGUGGCACAGCAGGUAUCAUCUUAGAAUAGUUAUUUUCUCUAGUUUCAUUUUCUCUAGCCUUAAUUCAGGAAAACAGCUUGUUUUAUUAGAACGUAUGUGAUGUAGUUCUUAAAGUUAGGCAGAUGUGAGCCUACUCUGUUCCUGGAGCAGGAAAUGUUUUCAGAUCAAGUAUAGUGAGAUUUAAACACUUGGCUCCCCACAAAAUAAGAUUCAAUUGUAGCAAAUUAAAUAUAGUUUCUACACUUUCUCAAAAAUGCAUACUUACUUCUGUCUUCCUUUCAGCUAUCUGAUUGUUCCUAUAGGAAAGAAAGAUAAAAAUAAUUGUAUGUAUCAUGAGACUAGCUGGUACACUCAAUAUUUAAGAAAAAACAUUGCUUGCAAUUUACUGCCUAGUUAUUUUGCUAGUCAACCUCCAUCAAAGAGGCUAGAAUUUAAAAUUUUAGUUUCUAGGUGAAAAUGUGUUUGUUAUAAGCAAGGAACACCCAUCUUGGGCACUGAGCAUAAAAGAGCCUUGAGGGAUCAGAAGUCCCAUCUAGGCUAUCAUCCUGUUCUCACAGUGGCCAGGUGCCUAUGGGAAACUUGCAAACAGGACUCAAGUGCAACUCUCCGCUUGUAAUUCCAGCAGCUGGUAUUCAGAGGCAUACUGCCCCCAGCAGUAAUAGCUUAAAGGUAAAGGUACCCCUGCCCGUACGGGCCAGUCGUGUCCGACUCUAGGGUUGUGCGCUCAUCACACUUAAGAGGCCGCGAGCCAGCGCUGUCCGAAGACACUUCUGGGUCACGUGGCCAGCGUGACGAAGCUGCUCUGGCAAGCCAGCACCAGCGCAGCACACGGAAACGCCGUUUACCUUCCCGCUGUAAAGCGGUACCUAUUUAUCUACUUGCACUUAGGGGUGCUUUCGAACUGCUAGGUGGGCAGGAGCUGGGACCGAAAGACAGGAGCUCACCCCGCCGCGGGGAUUCGAACCGCCGACCAUGCGAUCGGCAAGUCCUAGGCACUGAGGUUUUACCCACAGCGCCACCCGCGUCCCCAAUAAUAGCUUAGCCCUCCAUUAAUUUAUCUGAUCCUUUUAAAGUCAUCCAAUUUGGUGGCCAUCACUGUAUCUUGUGGGAGAGAAUUCCAGAGUGUAGCUGUGUGCUGAGUGAGGAAGUAUCAGCCCUGAAUUUUCCAACAUUUAGCCUCAUUGGAUGGCCUUAAAUUCUAGUAUUACGAGAAAGGGGAAAAAACCCUCUAUCCACUUUGUCUGUACCAUGUAUAAUGUACACCUUUAUCAUGUCUCCUGUUACUUGCCUUCUCCCCCUAAACUGAAAACUCCCACAUAUUGCAACCUUCUCAUUUUAAUGCCCAUACACUUGGUCUGGAAAGUUCCUUUUGGAGCUCCUCAUAAUCCCUUUUUAUUUUAACCAUUCUGAUCAAUUUGAUCAGCUAAUCUGACUACCUUACUGCUUACCCUCUAACUCUAAACUACUAAUGAACAAGUUAAAAAGCACAGAACCCAAUACUGAACAUUGGAGGACACCCACUUCCUACAUCUUUCCAUUAGGUGAACUACCUAUUAAUUCCUACUCUUUUCUUGUUUCUUAACCAAUUCCUGGUCCAUAAGAGGGUUGUCAUCUUAUCCUAUAUAACACUUUAAUCUUGCACAUUUUCCUCCAGUUUAACUUUUUUAAAGAUGACUCUGCUAAAUCAUUACUCUUUGCUUGAACAUUCAGUUACAAAUGUAUUUCAUUCCAAUUACAAAAUGAACCCACCCACCUACCACUGCAAAAUAUGUUAUUAUAUGGCAGAAAAAAGCCUGAGUAUUCAUCUUCUGACAAGUGGACCAAAGGCAUGCUAGAUAUUAGAGCUAUGCAACCAAUAUAUUAGUAGGAAGGUCAGGAAAUAACAAAUCACUAUAUUACAUAUUUUGUAUGAUUACACUAAGUUUUUCUUAAAAAUUGUAAAUGUAGGUUUACUUUAUAGGUGGUGGCAUCCUUCUAGAGGCAGCAUUGUUUCUGUCAUAGCUAUCAGCUAAUGGUACUGGAGGCUUCUGUAUCUUUUCUAACUCUUUUCUAAAAUAAAAGAGAAAAACAGCAAAGAAUAGGGUUGAUUACUUUUGGUCUGUCAUGCUAAGCAGUUAAUUGUGAUAAUCUGUGUCACAGAAAAUAAAAUAUUUACCUCAGCUGAGGGGUCAAAGGCUAUAAGGAAGAAAUAAAGGAAGGUCAAAUUAAAUGAAAGGGUAAAAUAUAUAUUUAAAACGGAUUAAAAUGUAAUACAGUAGAAGUGAAGACAUUUCUUACCAUUUUGCCUGAAAAGAUGAAAUAAAAAGAAAAAAAGUUAGUUAAAGUAGCUAGUUGUGAUUGGUGACCACUGUCAUGAUCAAGUUUAAUUGUGUGACUUUAGGACUGUCACAAUUUGACUCUGAGAGUAUGUUUGUUAACCUACUGCAUAGAAUACAAAAAUAGGUGGUAUUUUCAUAAAUCUAAGACAUCCUAUAUGGUAUGUGUUCAUGUGAUUAUUUCCUUUUCACAAAGCAAGUAUGUCACUGACAACUGAGUUGUAAAUAUCUCUUUAAUUUGGCAUGUCUGAGGAUAGGAAUAUAUAGUGUGUCAACCCUAUCUAUUUCCUUUUACCAGCUUUUAAAUGUGAUAACCUCUAGAGAGGCAAUAAGGUAAAACAUUUCAUACUUGUAUUACUGAAUCUAAACUGAAUUAAUUUGGAAGCAUGCAACUUACUAAGGAAAGUUUGCAGUAUUUGAAAUGCUAAAAGACUGUGACUCUUGAGAGCCUGUCUUAUUGCUCAAGUAUAUUCACCACUAGACCUUAUUAAUAGUUGCUACUUCUGUUACUUUAACUGAUAUUUUAGAUUGCCUUUUCUGAUUAUCUCUCAGAAUCAGGCAGUAAUGUAUAAUGAUGAAGUUUAACUUAAAAUGCUACUACAGUAAAUUAACUUUUCCUUUCUAAUCGCCAACAAGCCAUAUCAAGUUUUUCAGAAGGACAUCUUGCUAAGUUUUGCCCACAGUAGCCCACAGUUUGACUUUUCAGGUCAUAGUUGUAAGUUUUGUAGUAGCUUGCAGCACAUAUUUGUUCACAGCCUCCCCAUUUAUGUUACAGCUAGGUAGCCAUGUAGGUCUGCUGUAGUCAAAACAAAAUAAAAAAAUUCCUUCCAGUAGCACCUUAGAGACCAACAAAGUUUGUGAUUGGUAUGAGCUUUCGUGUGCAUGCACACUUCUUCAGAUACACCGAAACAGAAGUCACCAGAUCCUUAUAUAUAUAGUGAGAGGGUGGGGAGGGGUAUUACUCAGAAGGGUGGUGGGAACCACACCCAUUCGCACCACCCUUCUCUAAGGUGCUACUGGAAGGAUUUUUUUUAUUUUGUUUCCCCAUUUAUGGUCAGCUUAUUUUAGUGCUUUGUACAAUGUCUGGCAGUUUAUAGCUAUGAACCAAUACCUACCUGAUCGUAGGAUGUCUCUGUCAAAUGGAGGCCCAGAUUUUUCCAGUGAGGGCUUUUUGCUUCGAUCUAUGGGAGCUGGUGACAGUGAGAAACAAAAAAUAUUUUGUUAAACUUGGUGCUAAUACUUUAUUUUAGACUUUCAGAGUCUAUUCAGAGUAUUCAGAGAAUACUCAAGCAGUUUACAGUUAUCUGGUACAAAACAUAACACAGAUCAUAAAAUAGUAUUAAAAGCUUAAAAAAAGAAGAAUUAAGAAUGGCAGAAAUAAAGUUGACUAAUUUGGGACAAUUUGGAAAAAAAUUAAAGCUUUCAACACUGAAAACAUAAGAAUGUUGCUGAAGUGAAUUCCUGACAGCUGUCUGGAUAUGAAUUUCAGCACAGUAUUUCAGUAAUUCUUAUAAUGACCGCUCCCCGCUUAAAACGGGGGGCGCCCUUUGCGUGGACGCGUGCAGCCCCUAGAUCUGGAGCGGCUCCAACAGCAUAGGCUUGGUUUGCCUUCCCUCAGGUGGGAUACCUGGAGGUCUCCGCCUACCUCAGUCAGUUGUCAAUCCCACCUGGGGGAAGCGUUGCCAAGGAGACCAGGCCAGAGUUAAAAUAAAAAAUUGUUCAACAAUUAGUUGCAGGUUGUGGGAAAAGCUGGAAGGACAGAUGUAAAAAUAAUGCUUUAUGUUUAAAGCAAUGUAAAUAUACUAAAUGAUGCAGUUUUUAAAAGGUUAAAUAAAAGCACUUACGUGUAAAGGGUUUGAUGCUUUUUUCUCUGAUACUCUCAUUAUUGUUUGCAGGAGAAAGGAAAUGUGGCUGCUAAGGUAAUAGAUUUAGUAAAUACUGUGUCUAGCAGAAUGGUAAUUACAAACUUGAUUUUAAUCUAUUGAGAUUAUUUGAAGGUAUUUCAUAGCUGCCAACCAGUGUUCAAAAUAACCAAGUAUCACAGAUCUGUAUCACAGACCUGUUGCUUUCCUGUUUAACUUCCUCCACCCCCCCACCCCCCCGUGUCUGGAUCUAUUUCCAGUUAAACUAGGGUUGUGAAUCUACACAAUUUUGAAACAUGAUGAAUUUUUUGUUUUUGUUUUGCUAGUCCAGCGCUGAUUGACGUGAGCAGUGUAAUCUGGCCAUACUAGAUAGGUAACUACAACAAAAUAAUGCAAACAACUGGUGACAUUUUCAGAAAUAGGGCUGGUGAAUUAUUCUGGUAAGGUAUUAAAAAGGCUUUUCCAAAGCUGAUACACAGUUGUGUAGCAGUUCCUCACCGAUUGACUGUGGUUUGCUAUGCACUUAAUCCCCAGGAAAAAAAUUAAUACAAAAUGAAACAGUACAUUCUUUCUGCCCCAAUGGAACCUACCCCAGGGCUUCUGCCUCCACUUGGUGGUACAGGGGAAGAUUCAGGCCUUUUUGGUGGAAUGGGAGGCUGAGUAGAUAUUUUAGACCUUUCUGCCGGAUGUCGAUCUGAAGAAAGGAAUAACAUUAACAAAAUAACAGAAUAUACGAGGGGGCGGGGAUCCUUCUUGCUUGAUCUCAUUAAAAAGACACAUCUUUAUAUACUUUUGAGAUGCCAUUUGAGAGAACUAAAUUACCGUAUUUUUCGCCCUAUAGGACGCACUUUUUCCCCUCCAAAAAUGAAGGGGAAAUGUGUGUGCAUCCUAUGGGGCGAAUGCAGGCUUUCGCUGAAGCCUGGAGAGCAAGAGGGGGCGGUGCGCACCGACCCCUCUCGCUCUCCAGGCUUCGCGCAGCUCUCCGCAAGGCGCGGGAGCCCAGCGCCGGGCUCCCAUGGCUUGCGGAGAGUUGCCUGUUCUGGGGGCUGGGGUCGGGGGAAGCUCGGGCUGGGGGAAAAAUAAUUCCCCCCCUUUAUUUCCCCCCCAAAAAACUAGGUGCGUCUUAUGGGACGGUGCAUCCUAUAGGGCGAAAAAUACGGUAAUCCAUUCAGGAAAUAAAGCACAUUUUCGAGCUUGUAGUUGGUUUACCCAGAAGGGGGCACAAAAAUGUUAUGAAAGCUCAAGUAAAAUGAAGUUUUAAAAUGAAUUAUUUUAAAAUUGCCAGUAAGAGUUGGUAUUUAGAAAACAAAAAAUGUUUUCUGUGUCUCUUUCCCAAAACUAGACAAUACUCUCUAAUGCAUUUCAUAAAUGAAAAGUGUGAAAGAACAUUUAACAUGGUUACCUAUGUAUUCUGAGGCAGCUGGUAUUAAAGUGGGAGGAAAUAAGGUGUUUCGGUGUGUGUCAUCAUCAUUUGAUGGAGGAGGUUCAUAAUCUGCUUCAUCUUCAGCACCAUCUUGAUCAUUGGGUGUUUCAUAGUCCACACCAUCUUCAUUCUCCGGGUCAUCUGGGCUUUCAUAAUCAUCAUCACUUUCAUCCUGUCAAAACAGAAGUAUCAGACUGUCAAAAAUAUCUUAUUGUAGCAAGGUUGUAUUGUUACAUCCCUGUGCUUUCCAUUGCUGAAUGAAAGUGAAUUCUAGAGUUCAUGAGAAAUUGUAACAAAGCCUUAUUCAUUUAAAUUGGGGAAGAAUGAUGCAUAAAAAACUCACAGGUUUGAAUAAAUGGGAAUUGUUUACAAGUGAUUGUGUUAUGAUGAUGCUACAGCAGAGAAGACUAGUGUCUUCUUGGAGACAUCCUACUUUUGUGUACAGCAGGGAUAGCCAACCUAGGGCCCUUCAGAUGUGGACUACAACUCCCAUCAUCCCUGAUCACCGGCCACACUGGCUGGGGCUGAUGGGAAUUUCACUCCAAAACAUCUAAUGUAAUGUAUAACAUUACAUUAGAACAGUGUUAGUGUUGCGGAGGAAGGAAAAAUACAUUUUGUUCAAUUUAGUAUACUAGCAAUCUACUGAAUCAAGAAAUGUGAUACACUGCCUAUGAGGCUGACAAGAAGGCUUAAGCUGGAGGGUAGGCACAUCACUUGGAUACACAGCAGACAGGCUAAAGGCCAGCUGUUUGUGCAGAAGGAAAACCUAAUCACUUCCAUCAGCAACAAUACUGCAGGACUGUAGCUAUCUGGGAGCUUUAUAUACCAGCCACCAGCAGAUUGUUUAUUGGGUACCACUUUAGCCUGUAUAUUAGAAGAAGUUUGAGCUGUAGUACAAGUGUCUGCAGAGAGCUAGGGAAUGGGUCUCAACCCAGAGCUCCCAGCAGCCACACUGAUGCUCUUGUUCCUAUGUGAAUCUGGUAUACUCAGCUUGGGGAUUUAUAGUGCUAUUUAGGAUACAAUGCUAGCCUGCCUGAGCUUCCAGUCAGCCUGCACAUCCAGUCAGUCUGGGUAUCCAAUCUCAGAAGACCAGGCUGUAUAAAGUUAAGGCCCAAAAGUUUGAUCAACCUGAGCAACUUGUUUUUUCUGGUAUGAUAACUUUGGGCUUUAUUCAACUACGUCUUACUGUGAAGAGACCUAUUAUAAUUAAUAUAUUAUGUUCAUUAAUCUCAAUGGGUCUACUCUGUGCAACACUUUGUUGAAUAAUACCCUUUGCCUAGCUCCUACUUUUUUAAUGGAUGCUGCCUUGAAACACGAACUCUUCUUGACUUUGACCCCUCUGAUUACAUUUUUAGACACUCCAUUCACAUUCAAGGAAAUAUGAGUAAAUGCCCCUGCAGACCUUCCCUGUCAUGGACUGAGCACACAGAGCAAUCACAGAGCAAUAUACACAGGGACACUCGGGUAGUGGGUGGGGCUUGUGUAUGAACACAGAGUGUUCACAUGAACAUGCCCUCUUGUGCCUUCAUAUACUCAGAUGCAACAUCAGGGUAUCAGAGAAGAAGAGAAGAGAACAAAACCCUCAUAGGUAAACUCCUAUGGCACUUGUCUUUUGAGCUCUAGGAUUCAGUUAUAUCUGCCUCAAGCAUUUAAUUGUGCCAAUCGAAUAAGAUUCCUCAGACUGGCCCUCCAGUGAAACACUGGCAACCAGUCAAUUGGAAAUAUAUCCAAACAUGCCUCUAUUUCCUUGAACCUGUAGAAUAAGCAAGCAGCUGGCCUUUCUGAACAGUCCCAGAGAAUGAGAUAAUCAAGGAUGUUUACUCCAUCUAUCUUAAAAAGUUGAAGAAAUCUUAUUUUUUAUUUUGUCAAGUUUCAAUAGCAGCUUCAGCCCCCAAACAACCUACAUUGGAUGCCUCUAAAGAGGAACAUAUGAGUGCAGUGAUAUUUGCCAUGUCAUUCUUUUAAGCUGAAUACAUUUGUAGUGUUGAUAAAAAAUACUUACAAAGGAAGACCAACCAUCACCUUCAUCCUGUCUAUAUUCUAUGGAAAGGCAACAAAAAUCACACAGCAGCUAUAAAUCUCCAAGUUCAUGAUGGUUUCACAAUCAACAAUUGAAUAACUACAAGAAUAGUUGUGGCAGACAUUAAUGAAACAGCCAAGGCUGAUUCACACAUGCAUACAUAUUACCUGGUCAGUCCCAGUCAAUAGGUAUCUGAUGUAUGGCCUCAAUUGAGAAACAUUGUAUAAAGUGAUAUAAAAGCUCUCUGGGUAUUGUUUGAUGAUGUUCAUUUCACACAUACUGCCAUAUGAAUAGGAAAAUAAGGACAGUUCCAGAUGCACAACUCAGCAAAUUUUAGAUAACUAACACAUGUGUGAUUAAUAUAUAAUGAUCUCUAUCAAAUAAAACAUGAUUUAUUAGGUCAAGAAUUACUUUUGUGUGCACAUGAUCCAAUUUACACUAGGGAAUUUAAUAAAGUAUUCAGUUCUGCAGCUCUGACACCAAUCAUCAAUUGGCAUAUAUGUUAAGAUAAAACCUUAACAGUAAAUUCUAGUGUCAUAAAAAUCACAUUAAAAUCUGACCAUAUGCGCUGUAAAAGGAUUGUUUUGGCUAUAUGAAAUUUCAAAAGAAGCACUUUCACUGUAUGGCCGAGGCCCAGAUCUGAGAUACAUACCUUGGCUUAAUAAGCUGUGGUAUGCAUGAUCCUUGUUCCUUUGUGCUCUAUCCUCAUGCUGCCCUUUCCUUUCUCUAUAGUCACCAGGAUAAAGACAAGUUAGGACCUUAAACCAGUGUCAAGUUUCUGGCUUCUUGGUCCAUACCACAUAACAGGAAACAACAGAAGACUUCCUCUUUUGAGAGAAGAGGGAAAAGCCAGCAUGAGGAGGGAGUACAGAGGCAAAAGGGGCUCUUACAGAUAUUGCCUUAUUAAGUGAAAAAUGUAAUUCCAAACUAGGCUUCCUGAGCAGCUUUACAACUGCAUGAGUGUACAAUUGCUUCUUUGAAAAUAUAUCAGAAUUAGCAUAAGGAGAAUUAGAAAUUCUGUGAAGCUACAUUACUAUGGAUCGGUUUUUCUUGUGCUACAUUUUGUUUAUAAACACUGCCAUGUUAUAUAUUUCCCCACUUUAGCUUCCACUGUUUAAAAAGUCACUGAAUAAGAAAAGGUUUGAUCCAGUUAAAACUUGCAUUUAGGCUCCACUGAAAUAAAUGUGAAAAGUUAGACAUAACUUAAGUGCCAUUGAUUUUAAUAGGAACUAAAUGCGAUCAUGGGUCAUGUAACCUAGCAACCCAGUGGAAAUUAAGUGGCAAAAAGGGUGGUGCAAGUCAAACUCAAUUUUUAAAAUUUCGUUUCUCCUCCGCUAGUCUUGGACUGCUCCUUAAAAAAGUCUGCACCAGCACAGUCUACCAUGGUGUAAAUUACAAUGUCUUCCUAUAGUUUGGAUUGCUCUGUUAGUCUGGUUCAAAUCCAUAGACAGAGAACACUACAGAGCAAAACUGAAUUUGAAGAGGGUGGUUUCUGAAUAUCUGGAAAGUGGACACAGAUAUAAAUUGGCAAUGUAUUUACCUUGAUUUUCAGGUACCUUCUGUGUUUGUGACCUGCAGCAAUUUGUGAGGAAAAUUAGAAAGUUAAUAUUUCAUAUUUCAAUUAUAAAUUGAAUAUAUUUGAGGUGAGCAUUAUAAUACCUAGCCAUCAUGUAUCCAAAUAAAUGUACAUUUUAACCAACAUCAUUUAGGCAAAAUGUGCCAAAAUACAGUGCCUAAAAUGAUAAAAUGUAAAAUCCUGGCAAAGUGCAAAAUAUCCAUAGCAUAACACCUGGAAGAAUAAGGUUGUGUGGUUAAACAGAUGCCAUUUUGCCACUGUCCUGUGAGAUUCCCCAACUCUGCCUCUCUUUGCUGCCUGUAGUUUUCUGAAGAAGAAGAGGAGGAGUUUGGAUUUGAUAUCCCGCCUUUCACUCCCUUUAAGGAGUCUCAAAGCGGCUAACAUUCUCCUUUCCCUUCCUCCCCCACAACAAACACUCUGUGAGGUGAGUGGGGCUGAGAGACUUCAAAGAAGUGUGACUGGCCCAAGGUCACCCAGCAACUGCAUGUGGAGGAGCAGAGACGCGAACCCGGUUCCCCAGAUUACGAGACUACCGCUCUUAACCACUACACCACACUGGCUCACACUGAGGCAAAAAACUUUGCAGCACACUAACAUGAUGUGUUUGGUAUUACUUUGUUGCCAGGGAGGAAAGCAAGGAAUAAAUAGAGGACUGAUGUUUUUAGCAACAAUCAGAGGUAUCCUACAGCUUCUUGUUGCUGCCUCAGAUACUUCCUUUGAGCAAAUUCACAAAUGUGUAUCUUGUUUUGCAGUUUUGAACAACAAGCUGGUUGAGGCCAGUGCUCCUCCCAUGAACAUUGAGGGGGAAAUAAGUUUAUCUUUUUAAAAAGCUAAAACUUCAGAAGUAGCAUUUUAAAGCAGGAGCAACUGACUGCCCCAGCAAACCGUUCUCAGUUUAAGUAGCCCAAUGUGCUCUUCUGGGAUAUAUAAAAACCACAAUAACCUCUGAAGUGGUUUGCAAGGAUACAAUACAGAAUAUAUAUAUAUACCGUAUUUAAAACAACAAAAUCAGUUAAAAAGCCUGCUUCAGUUUAAAAGCCUGCAAGAGGAGGAGGAGGAAGAAGAAGAAGUAGUCUUCCAUAGACAAUGGAAGUUCAGUACGAAGGGUCUGACCUUAACUAGAAGGAAGUUCCAGAAAAUUCAGUCUACAAUUCUAAACACACAGCUCCUAGUUCGUAAGAACAGUGACUCCCCUAAAGUUGUCAGUGAUCAAGCAGGGAUAUAAAGGAUUAGGCAGUUUUCUACCCAAAUUGUUAAGGCCCUUGUAAUUUAAUACAAGGACUUUGAACCUGGCUUGGUGGUGUAUGGGCAGCUAAUGCAAAUUUCUGAGCAUCUGAUUUGUGUGCUGGCAACAGUCUGGCAGCAGUCUAGAUGCAGCUUUAUGUAUCAGCUGGAGCCUCUGGAUCAGGCCCAAGGGUAGCCCCAUGUAGAGUUCAUUCCAAUAAUCAAGUCCUGCGGUUUCCGGUACAUGGCCCAUCACGGCCAGACUAUCCCUGCCCAAGAAUGGCAGGUGAUGUACCAGCCACAGCAGGUAAAAGGCAUUCCAUGCACUAAUGAUUUACAAACCAUUUAAACAGAAAGCAUCUCAAUCACACUCAUUUGGGAUUCUAGAAUAAAUAUCUGGGUUCAUGUUCAGGUUAGAUUCGGUCUUCUAAAAUUUUGGACUUGUUUUUUCUAUUCAUUCACGGAGUAUGGAAACCAUAUUUAAUGUAUUCAAAUUAAGUUAUACAAUUAGUUUUCAAAGGUGUACAUGGUCACCUGUUUGCUCCUCCUCCACAUCUCAUUUAAAUACAGUGGCCUUUUUUCCUCUACCCCACAGUUAAAUUUGAUUAUGUUCUCAUUCAUUUACUGUUGUAACAAGAAAAAAAUACUGAACAAUUUCCCUACCUUUUUGGAAAAAAACUUUUUCUUUCUUCAUGUCGGUUUAUUUCCUGACUUAACUUGCUUAGAAUUCUAAGGUAAAAAAAGUGUUAUUAGAGCAAGACAAUAUGUUGGAAGGAGAAUAUCAGUUGUAUUGUACAAUUCAGCCAAAGUUAAGCAUUUUUAUUAAUGUUAAUGGGAAAAAGUUAAGCACAUGCUCAGGUCUAUGGUUAAAAAUAAUGAGAAUAAAAGGUGCAUUUUGUCCUAGUUUUUCUUAUUUGUUUUAAUGUGGUAAAUUCAAACUGUUGAAUAUAAGAAUGAUGUCUCUGUCUUUCAUCCUCUGCUAAAAAAGAAAACAAAAUAUAUGUUUUUCUCAACUUCAUGCGAACAGAUAAACCUGCUGUUAAGUGGAGCUAUGACAUAAGAUUAGAAUAAUUUUAACACCGAAACAAAGCAAUUAGUAAACUCAGUGCAGAGCAUGGCAUCUUUGACACAUUGCUACUAAAAGAGGAAAGAAAACAAAUAAUAAGGUAGAAACCCCAUGCAUUAAAUACAUGUUGUUUUCAUAGACCAGGCAUGGCCAAACUUGGCCCUCCAGCUAUUUUAGGACUACGAUUCCUAUCAUCCCUGAUCACUGGUCCUGUUACCUAGGGACGAUGGGAGUUGUAGUCCCAAAACAGCUGGAGGGCCAAGUUUGGCCAUGCCUGUCAUAGACGAGCAACACAUUGUCUUCUUUCUCAAGUUAUGCUAAACCAUGGAUUGGUGUAACAUGCAUGAGCAGGAAUGAGCCACAGAGAGUCUCAGUCAUGCUUUCCUCUUGCACAGCUGGGAUCAUUUGCUUUCCUUUAAUCAUGGUUUGUUGUAUAAUUUGGCAUAAAAAACUAAGGUUAGAUCUCUAGCUUAUUUCAAACACCCAGCUUCAAACUGGUUUCUUAAGGUAUUAAGAAGCUAGGUAUUAACCACAAUUGUGUAUAAGGGUGAAACUGUGGUUAACUAAAUGUAGAAGUUUCUGAAGUUUUCUCUUCAGCCAUGUGGAAGGAGAGGGGAGGGAGCUUGUUGCAGCUCAUUCCUGCCUUUGCAAAACACACUAAACCAUGGUUUUGUGUGAUGUGCAAAUGGGAUGCAGGAGGUGCUGUGGUCUAAACCACUGAGCCUCUUGGGAUUGCUGAUCAUAAGGUUGGCAGUUCGAAUCCAUGUGACAGGGUGAGCUGCCGUUGCUUUGUCCCAGCUCCUGCCAACCUAGCAGUUCAAAAGCAUACGACUUCUGGGGGAGGCGCCUCCAGCAAUGGCAGAAUUCCUCUGACCAGGAGGAAUCUGCUUCGUGGAAAUCUGGGUCUGGCCGCCACGGCGAAGGCGGAGACCCGUUAAAAUCACAGGUGGGAGAAGCCUGUGAAUGUGGGAUUCGGCGGGCACCUUUUGCGCCUCCCCCACUCGCGGGGAACCCCGGUUUUUGGGGCUCCGGAGCGACGUGGGGUGAGCGGCGCAGUGCAUCGAAUCGUCUGCUUCUUCCACGGAGCGAAGCCGCAUAGCUGUUGCCGGAGAGCGCUGACCUUUUCCUGUGGACAAUUUGACUUUAAAGUAAUUACCUGUGAGUAGAGCUGAAACGGAAGAAUUGGAUCUCUAAAUGUUUAAUUUGGUAUCGUAACGGGGAAGUUCAAAACAGGAAGUCCGCCUUCCCUUUUUGUAAAUAGACUGAGGCAAUGAAGUUGCAAGCUGGAGUCCUGGAACGUCUUUUGUAAAAGAUCAAAUUUCCAACGGUAAAGAACAUUAAACCCCCCUCUUGGAGGCAGGAGAAGAGAGGGGGAAGUUGUGGAUUGAGUAUGCCUGCGGGAGAGAGCGAAGAGGCUUAAAACACCGCCGCUCUGACCCUGGAAACGGGCUGCUAGUAAGACUGGUUUUUUUUUUUUUUGAAUGUUCAUUGACAGCGCUUAGGACGUUCAUUGACAGCUAGCUAAAUUAGAGAAAUACAUUGUUUCUACUGUUUCCGGUUGUUUUUAAAAAAGGAGGACAGUAACUGAAAAUUGAAACUAACUUCGGAUUAUUGAAACUGUGUUUAAAAGAGGACAUAUUGACCGAUACAAAUACAACCUGUUUUCCCCUAGUGGAAGCUUUUGAAAUUGGUUACUUUAUAGGAGCUGGGCUAGGGGAUUUCCAGCUGCAAGAUAAGAAAAGUGUGAGACUUUGGAAUUGACCUUGAAUCUCUUAAGUGUUAUGGCAAACGGAAAGGAAAAAACAGACGGGAUGUCGACAGAGGAGGCCUUAGUGGCUGCAUUAUUGAAAAUAAACGAUUCGCUGGAACAACUCCAUAAGAAAACAGAUGCGAUAAAUGUGAAAUUGGAUGUUGCAAAUAUUGAAACUGAUUUAAUUGUAGAAAGUUUAAAUAAUUUGGGACAAAAGGUGAAUACCAAUUCAGAAACCACCCAGAAACUGAUACAGGAAUCUACUCUGAUACGGCAAACUGCAGAUGAAGUCAGGGAAAAAACCCUUGCUGCUGAAUUUAAAGUAAUACAACUGGAGAGGAGAGUCCCAUCCAUACAAAGACAACUUGAUGAACAUAAGCUGACAUUCGUUAUGAUUGAACUUAAAGAAGAACAGAUGAAUUUGAGGACCAGAGCCCUAUCUGAAUUGGAAAAGGAAAGCCUGACAGAGUUUCAGGAGGCGACAGGACUAACAUUGGUUGAGAAGAGAGGUAUUUGGGGGUUAGUAUGACCGCCAAAAAUGUGAAUCUGCUUAAGGACAACUGUGAAGGAUGUUGGAUUGAAGAGAAGGGGAUUUGGAAAUAUGGACAAAUCAGAAGUUGUUACUGUUGGGCCGAGUCAUUGUGGUGGGGAUGAGGGCUGCUGUGUUGCUGGGGAUGUUGCUUUUGUUUCAAACAUUGCAAGCUCUGGAUGGGAUGGAGGGUCUCAGGAGGUGGCAGAGGGAUGCUCCUAGAGUUGUUUGGCAGGGCAGGAAGCCUCGAGUUAAGCUUAAGAUAUUGAUGGAUGCUAAAGAAGGAGGUGGACCUGCCCUGCCAGACCUUUAAACUUCGUUGUGAACCAUCUGCCUUUUGCUGGUUGAGAGAAUGGUUGCUUCUUGAAAACACUGAAGUGUUGGACAAUGGCAGACGAAGUUGAUGGACUAUAGGGAAUUGGCGGAAAUGACUGGCAAGAUCCGAGACCAGGGUGAAGAGUCGGUGGAAGAAGAUUGGAAAAAGUUUAAAGACUAUUUAUAGAAAUAUUGUAAAAUUAAGGAAUGUUAGAAAAAUGUUGGAAUGAAAUUACAUGGCUUUAGUAGAAAUGUCAUAAGGAAUUAAGUAUAAAUAGAUUAAUAGAAAAUUAAAGGAAAAGUAUGGCAAGAAUGUGUUAAGAUAAUUAUAGAACAGAAAACAGAGUAAGAUGGAAAGGAAUUGCUGAAACAAAUACAGUGGUGCCUCGCAAGACGAAAUUAAUCUGUUCCACGAGUCUCUUCGUCUUGCGGUUUUUUCGUCUAGCGAAGCAUGGCUAUUAACGGCUUAGUGGCUAUUAACGGCUUAGCGGCUUUAAGAAAAAGGAAACAAACUCGCAAGAACUCGCAAGACGUUUUGUCUUGCGAAGCAAUCCCAUAGGGAAAUUCGUCUUGCGGAACGACUCAAAAAACGGAAAACUCUUUCGUCUUGUGCGUUUUUCGUCUUGCGAGGCAUUCGUCUUGCGAGGCACCACUGUAAUAGAAGUGGAAUACAAAAAGGGAGGCGUUAGGAAGUUGUUGGAAAUAAGUGAAUGAAAUAUAAGAUAUUGAAAAUGUUUGAGGUGUUUUUAAAUUGUUUUUGUUUGUUUUUGCUUGAUUUGUUAGUCCAUGUAGCGUUUUUGUAUUGUAUUCGUAUUGUUUUUUCUUUUUUUUUCUUUUUCUCUUUGUUUGUAGUGCUGUGUUGGAAAUUUUGAAAAAGUAAUAAAUAUCAUUUAAAAAAAACCCACAAAAGCAUACAAGCACGAGUAGAUAAACAGGUACUGCUGUGGCAGGAAGGUAAAUGGUGUUUCCAUGCGCUCUGGCACUCGUCACAGUAUUCCAUUCACCACAAGUGGGUUUAGUCAUGCUGGACAAACACACACACAGUUGUACUCAGUACUGUGCGAGGGGUUUUUAACAUCCUUCCUCCCCACUGCAGAUCCCUGUGGCUUCCCUCAAAGUCUCCUGUGAGGGUUUGAGGACCCCCAUAAAGGCCUGGAGUGUGGGAUCUGCAGUGGGAAUUGCCAGUAACCAUGUGCAGGCAGCUUAUGCAAAUGGAAAGUUGUUGCCUUCACUUAAUAUUUGGUUAUUUCUCCCCCACCCCGUUAAUUCCUCAUCAUAGGUAACCACCUGUAAGCCCUGCUAUGCGGUCCACAGUUUAUCCUGCACUUUCCCCCCAUCUUAGAAUUAAGUAUCUCAUACAUCAGAUGCUACUAGCCUUAUAGUGAUGUCCCUCAUGUUCUCUUGUAGGAACAUUUCAUAGCAUUCCUCAUCCUAACCAUUUUAAUUUGCCUCCUUGUCCUGUCAACCCCCACAGUAGGAUUUGUGCACAUGUUCUCAUUCACCAAUUCCUACUCCAAGAAACAGCUAGAAAUCAUAGAAAGAAAACUGAGAGCUGCUUGCGUAAAACCCCAUUAAUUCCUGAUCUUUGUGUUCCUUCAUAACUGGGAAUGAAAGCUUUUAACAUGAUUUCUAUGAAGUGAGUCAUGAGAAGUGAUGUAGACAUACACUUGCUGCUGUAAACAGCCAGUCUGAGGAAAAUCCCUUGAAUGCUUGAAGCGUUUAAUGGUGCUGAUAUUGAAGUAGUGUCAAAACAUGCUACCUCCUUUUACUGAAACCGUUGAUGGCUUUGUUUCCAUGUUAGAAUAACUUCUGCAAGCUCAUGAAUGCAAUAACAUCAUUUUAAUAGUGUUGUGCAAUUAUGAUACUACCUGAAACCCAACAUAAAAUCUUUUAAUUUAUUUAAUUACAUUUACCCUUCUAUGAAUAUUAUCAUUCAUGCAAGGAAUGCACACCAGCUAAAAUAUUUUUUGGGAUGAGACUAGACAAGUGAAGAAUUAGUAAGUUAUAGAAAUACAAGGUUUAAUUCAUGUUGGAAGCCUCAAAUUUAUCUUCAUUAAAAGAGUGGCUGGACAAAAUGUGGGUGUUGACCUAUAUGGCUAUUAACUCAUUGCAUAAGAAGCAAGGAGAAAAGACAGGAUGAAGUAGUUUUGAAGUGAACUAGAAUAUUUUUACUGAUUACUAUCAAAUCUUUUUACUGAUUAUUACAGAAACAAGUAAUUAAAAUGUUAAAUGUUAUUUUAAUUGUUUUGAACUUGCAAUUACAUCAGUAUAUAUAUAAACAUUGUUAUAAACAUCAGAAUUUGAAAACAUGUUUUUUUUUUGUUAUUUAAGUACUAGAAUUAUGAAAAAUAAAGAUCAUGUUAUAGUAACAAUAAUAAAACAUAAGAAGAGCCUGACUACUUCAUAACACCAAAGGCCUAUCUAGUCUAGCAUCCUGUUUCUCGCAAUGGGCACCUGAAUGUGCAUAUGAGGCCAAUAAGUAGGGAUGAUGUACUAUUGACUCUCUUUCUUCUGUACUCCAGCAACUGGUAUUUAGAGACUUACUGUCUCUGAUACUACAGGUAAAAUAAAGCCAUUGUGAUUAGAAGAUGCUAAUAACCUUAUUGUCAUUAAUUUGUCUGUUCCCCUUUUAAAACCUUCUAAGUUGGUGUUGGUCACUACAUCUUGUGGAAGCAAAUUCCUUUGUUUAUUGUGCUGCGUGCAGUAAAUCUUCCUUUUUUAUGUAUCUGUCACCCUGUUGUUGUUGAGUCGUUUAGUUGUGUCCGACCCCACGGACCAGAGCACGCCAGGCACUCCUGUCUUCCACUGCCUCCCGCAGUUUGGUCAGAAUCUGCCACCCUAACCUACCUCAAAUUGAUCAAGGAACAAAAGUUAACCUAUCUCAGAUUGGUUUGCACUCCCAUUGAAGACUCAGAUGUACAGUUGGGUGUUCUCUUGGAUUAAUCCUUGAUCCUAGACAUCAAUAUCUCAGUGGCAACCAAAAAUACCUUUGGUACCUGGGUCUGGUAUGCCAGUGAUGUUUGUUCUUAGAGAUGUCAAAUCUAGCCAUGGUAACACCUUGUUCAGAUUACUGUAACAUGUUUUCUGUGGACUUGCAUUUGAAGAGUAUUUGUAAACUUCAGCUGAUUCAUAAUACUGUAACCAGACAGUUACAGCAAAUAUGUUAACAUAUAUUAUAGCAAAUAUGUUAACACUGUUAAAAACACAUUCAACAGAUACCGGUUCACAUUUGGGCACAAUCUGAAUGUGAUUAUUAUUGAUAUGUAGAAUAAUAGAUUGUAGAGUUGGAAAGAAUUCUGAGGGUCAUCUAGUCCAACCCCCUGCAAUGCAGGAAUCUCAACUAAAGCAUCUAUGAAAGAUGGCCAUCUAACCUCUGCUUAAAAACCUCCAAGGGAGAAUCACCACCUUCUGAGGAAGUCCAUUCCACUGCUGGACGCUUUUGCUGAUGUUUAGUUGUAAUCUCCUUUCUUGUAACUAUACUCCUACACUCCAGAGCUGGAGAAAACAAGACUGGUCCAUCUUCCAUGUAACAGCCCUUUAGAUAUUUGAAGAUAUCUAUCAUAUCACCUCUCUAUCUCCUCUUAUCCAGGCAAAAUGUACCCAACUCCUUCAACCAUUCAUCAUAAGGCUUGGUUUCCAGACGCUUGAUCAUCUUGGUCGCCCUCCUCUACAAGAUUAUCAUGGGGGACUAUGUCAAAAGCCUUACUGAAAUCAAGAUACACUAUGUCCACAGCAUUCCCCUGAUCUACCAAGCUUGUAACUAUCAGAAAAAGAAAUGAGAUUUGUCUGGCAUGAUUUGUUUUUGAGAAACCCAUGCUGGGUCUUAGUAAACACAGCAUCCUUUUCUAGUUGCUCAUAGACCAACUGUUUAAUUAUCUGUUGGAGGACCUUUCCUGGUAUUGUCAUCAAGCUGACAAGUCAGUAAUUACCUAGGUCUUCUUCCCUCUCCCCCCCCCCUUUGAAGAUGAAGACAACAUUUUCCCGCCUCAAGUCUGCAGGGACCCCACCUGUUCUCUAAGAAUUCUCAAAGAUAAGAGGCUCUGAGACUACAUCUGCAAGCUCCUUUAGUACCCUUGGGUGCAGCUUAUCAGGCCUUGCAGAUUUGAAUUCAUUUGAAGCAGCCAGGUGUUCCCUUAACACCUCUUUUCCUAUCUCGGGCUAUAGCUCCCUCCUUACGUCAUUUAUUCUGUUAUCACCAGGAUGCGCACCAGAAAGUGAAGCCCACCAAAGAUUGAUAUUGGAAUCUGCGCCUUUAGCUUGUGCAUUAAUAGUCUAGAGUUAGAGGUGAGCAGUAAUGUAGCUGAGUUUGCUGAUACCAAAUUGUUCAAAGUAGUUAAAACACAACCAGAUUGUUAGGAGCUCCAAGCUGGGCAAAUGUGCAGUAAAAUGGCAAAAACAAUUCAAUGUAAGCAAAAGAGGCACUUUUUUUUACAGAGUGCAUAGGUAAACUAUGGAAUUUGCUCCCACAAGAUCUAGUAGCCACCAACUUGGAUGGCUUUAAAAGAGGAUUAAAAUAUAAUAAUAAUAAUAAUAAUAAUAAUAAUAAUAAUAAUAAUAAUUUAUUUGUACCCUGUCCAUCUGGCUGGGUUUCUCCAGCCACUCUGGGCGGCUGCCAACAAAGAUUAAAAAUACACUAAAAUGUCACACAUUAAAAACUUCCCUGAAUGGCUACUAAUCAUGAUAUAUUUGUUCUACUUCCAGUAUUACCAGCUGCUGGGAAUCACAAGUGGAGAGAGCAUUAUUGUGCUUGGGUCCUGUUUGUGGGUGUUCCACAAGGCACCUGGUUGGCCACUACGAAAACAGGUUGCUGGAACAGAUGGCCCUUGUGCCUGAUCCAGCAGGACCCUUCUUAUGUUAUUAAAAUAAUACUUUUAACCAUCUGCAGCCUGUACUACAGAUAGCUUCUAUUUAUCGUUAUUUUUCACGGCUGAACAAAAGUUGUUUCUGAAUGAAAUUUUAACAUAGGCAGCUGCCUUCUACAGAGUCUGUCUAGCUCAAUAUUGUCUACAAUAUACAAUGUGCCUGGUUACAUAGCUCUGGGUUUUCAGACAGCACCCCCACUCAGUUCUAUCUGGAGAGGCUUGUUACUGAAACCAGGGCCUUUUGCAUGCAAAGAACAUGUCCUUGCUACAUGUAAAGGGCUGCUGUGAACACACCACACACCAAGCUUUUACAGGUCCUGUGUUGAAUUUUGUCCCUCUGCCCAUUCCUCCCCUAUCCCUAAACAUCUGGUAAUGCUGCAGCAAUUAUUUGAUCAAUGCUACAUGUGCACAAUCUAUCCAAUGUGCAUCUGUAGCUCAAAGUAAAGAGUUUUAAUGCAUUCUUUUAUGAAAUGUUACAAGGAAUGGCAGUGCCUCUGCAUCAUUUCUUUCUUGACUAUUUCAAGCAUGAGGCCUGUGAAUCUACAGCUAAGGAAGGAAGUAUAAAAACCACACUGCUUAGUUAUAAGGGAGUGGGGGUUGCAUUUGAUUAAGGAUAAGAGCAGGCAGCAGACUUGCAGAAAAUAUUACUCAUACUCCUGUCUCUUGUCUCCUGUCUCCCUCCCACAUGGACAGGUCAAAGUUUUUGGAACAUUUUUAUUUUCCUCUCAUUUAUAAUUCCAAAUAGUAGGAGGUGGUAGCUUAAUUUCACUAAAGGUUGAAGACAAAACAAAGCUUGUAUCUCGAGCAACAGUGGGAAACCUCUGGUCUGUCAACUUAAUUAGACCUGCCAGGCCUCCCCAUUAGGCCUAUCAGGGUAUUUUGCCUAAGCCACGUCCUUGUGUCAGUGCUUUUGUAAGCACCCAACAUAGCUUUGAAACAAGCUUUCCAAACACCAACACUCACCCAAUCAGCAGUGCUUAUAGAGACACAGUUGUGGUUUUGUAAGUGUUGCCAAUCAAUGGUGCUUGCAAAGCUCUGUACCUUUACCUGUGUGGCUUUAUUUUUAACCAUGUAGGCAAAGGGAAAUGGGUCGCUUUAUAUCAUUGUGACACCAUCGUAACUUUGGGUGACUGACACCUCUCAAAGUUGGCCCACGAGAUGUCGGGGAGGUAGUGAUCUGGCUGGCCAGCAAGAUCCAAUUCCCUUUUCCUGCAUUUGUUGCCCAAUUUGAAAUUUCAUGUAAUGACCCUCUAAGUCAUUCUCUGUUACUUGAUUUCAAAAGAGGAAACUUCUCAAGAAUGAGUAGAUAAAAGGAACUUGAAAGGGGAAAUUAAUAGGGUCAAAUCUGUCUGGCAUAGGGAUGCAAGAGGGCAUUGGUUUCCAUUCCAAGCUAUGUUUGUUUCAGGCAGUGCUGUUCACAUUAAACUGUAGUUUGGCUUCUAACAAAUUGUGUUAUUCAUCACACUGCCCACUGUGGUGGAAUGUUAUUUAAUUAAUUAUGUAACUAACUGCAUUAUGACUAUGUUGUUCCACACCAUUCACCUCAGCAAAAAGACCAUUCAUUUUAGUGCAAAGGAAACACAAUGCAAAUGGAACAAAACAUCAGCUGUGUAUUGUUUAAGGACUGAAAACAGCAGCAGCAGCAGCAGCAGCAGCAAACACCAAUCAUGUUCACUGGGUUGAUUUCUGUUCCAGACAUGGGAUGCAUAAGUGAACAUAUCACAUCAGCUCCAGCCAGCAUGGGUAAUGAUCAGGCAUUAAUAUUAGUGUAUGAUGGUGGGAUGCUGAAGCCUUGCUGGUACUGGAUUACAGUGGUACCUCAGGUUACAUACGCUUCAGGUUACAUACGCUUCAGGUUACAGACUCCGCUAACCCAGAAAUAGUACCUCGGGUUAAGAACUUGGCUUCAGGAUGAGAACAGAAAUCGUGCUCUGGUGGCGCAGCGGCAGUGGGAGGCCCCAUUAGCUAAAGUGGUGCUUCAGGUUAAGAACAGUUUCGGGUUAAGAACGGACCUUCAGAAUGAAUUAAGUUCUUAACCUGAGGUACCACUGUAUUAUUAUUAUAUAUAUAAAAACCUUUAUUUGGGAUGUGGAAAGUGAAAUCAGGGCAGGGCAUCAUAAGGCUUUGCUGGCAGUUCUGUCUUGAAGUUAUGGACAUUAAGAAAAAUAAGGCCCUCUACUUUUAUGUGGAACAUGCCAAAUUAUUCACUAUGUGAGAUCUUAUUGAAUCGAUUUCUGUAGGGACUUCUGGUCUUGGGGCAUCAGAGUCCCUCCCAGUCUCUUCUUGUGGUGCACAGUUCUGGCUCUCUGCUUGUCUGCCUGCCUAUCAAUUAUUUAGGACAGUUGGCAAAUAAUGCAGAUUUAAUUGCUAUCUAAAACUAACAACUAAAAUGAAAAAAGAGAACAACCUCAAAUAUAAAUGACAACAUCGACAGCAACGGUGCCCGAGAUAAGUGGGCUUUGCAAUGCUUUCUGAGAGCUAGUAGAGAUGGAUGUUAAUUACACUGAAGGUGACAAUGGAAAAAGUCCUAGACAUCACGUGUUAUUUUCCCCCUCCAUGGCACAAUAGAUCCAUUGCAAACAAAACAGACACCUACUAGCAUGAGAAAGAAGAAGCACAGGAUGGAUGAACUUUAAAGGCUAAGUUGCUAACACCACUACCAACAAAACCCCAGAAACCACAAAUAGAAAAGGGGGAAAAUCAAAGCACCCACUCCAUCCUGCUUCCACAAGGGUGGAAAUCUGACCAGUCUCAGGUCUUGCUUGACAGAAAGCCAGCUAUCAACCAUAUACCAAACAAGCACUGGCCAGUAUGAAUAAAAAAAAUAACCAAUGUAAUUUGGCAUUUACACCAAAAAUGCUACCAACAUCCCUUGACAAAUGAAAACUCAAGCUCCUUUGCCCAUUAGCUCCCAGCCAGAAGUCACUCUCUGGGCUUCAGUGAUAUUAAAAGGGCAGAGCUCACUGGGAAGCAAGAGUCUUAGAGAGUCUGGGUAACAGAAUUACAGAUUUGGAAAGGAUCUCGAAAAUCAAUUCCUGCUCAGUGCAGAAUCUACAGGAUGCAACUACAGCAACCCUGACAAAAGGGCCACCCAGCCUAUGCUCAGAUACCUCCAAGUGAACCAAGAAGCCUACUGUCUCUUGAGCUGCUUCUGUGAUGGCUGUCUUAAAGGUGUGGGGAAUGCUGGUUGGACUGGAUUGUGUUUGGCAAUGCCAACAAGCCAAUCCCCUUAUCAAAUUUAUACAAUCAUAUAAAAUUAAGUAGCUGCUAUUAACUUUAUUUAAAAACCUGAUAUGCUUUAUAAUGACAAAUGUUGUGUGAUUUCCGUUUGGCAGUAGCCAGAGUCAAGCGUAGGUCAGCAAUAAAAAAAUAUGGUGUUGAUGCAGUUAAGUCUUUAUUCAAAGAAACCAAAGCAGCAUGGGCCUAGUGGUCCCAGCAACUGCUGCCCAGUAGGUCUUGCUCAAAUGAAACAGUCUCAAGGACUGAAGGUCCUUCCCACCACUUUCUAAUUCUCCUCCUCUCUGGUUGGUCACUGUGAAAACAGGAUGCUGGACUAGAUGGGUCAUUAGCCUGAUCCAGCAGGCUCUCCUUAUGUUCUUAAGUAUUUGUUUCCCAGUUCCUACUGGCAACAUUUGCCAGACAUCAGGCCACAUUUGUAGAACAAACUGAGUAUUCUCAGUUUCACUGAAAACUGAAGUACAGCUUCCACUGAAGAAGGUACCAGCUACAACACAACUUUCAGGCUGGAAACAUUUUAGGAUUUGGGAUGCCUUUCUUACAACUGGAUCUUCUCAUGAAAAAUCUUCCAGGCUAAUGCAACUGAAGCAGAUCAGGUAGCUUUCCUGAGAAUAAGGGCUUGUCCACAUUUUAGCAUCAUUUAAUAGUUAAUCUACUCCCCUCUCUCCACAUUUGAAAAAGACCAGGGUAGUCCAUAGGCAAAAACAUAAAGUAAGUAAGGCAACCAGAAAAUAAAUGAAAAUAUCAAGGAAGUUGUGAGUACAUAAAGCAGCAAGUGACAAUUCACCCACCCACCCCAAAACUCAAAAACAAAUGGUCUGUGACCAUGAGUGGAGGGGUUUAUAGCCUGAUUUUCCCCAAUUUAUCAGAUUAUCCCUGUACCAGGAAAAUCUAAAUUUACAGGGGGGGCUUGGGGAUAAUGGUAUGUAGACUAUGCAAACUAAAUGGAAACACAAACAGAUGCAAACCCUAAAUCUAUGCAUGAGGAAGCAACACAGAAUCACAUUGGAUGAAAGGCUGGGUUGGGUGGGGAGGAUAUGUCUUCAUUUUACAUAGUAGUUCUAAUACAUUUAUUUCAUUUAUUAUGUAUUAAAAACUUCUAUAUUUCGCUUUUCCCUUCCACAAAGGAGUUGCUCACGGCUUACAAAUAUAAAAAACAGUCAUCAAAUGAUUAUAAUACAAAUGAUCAACCUAAAAACAGCAGCAAAAUACAAGAACACAACGAGCAUCUCUUACAACCAAUACGUUAACCAACUGAAUCAAAUGCAUGUUUAAAAAUUAACAUUUUCAGUUUCUGUCGAAACUGAAAUAGAGGAAGAUAACCUAGCUUCUUGGGUUAGGGAAUUCCACCAGGAAAGUUAUCUUGGUGUUACCACCAGUCAUGCCUCAGAAUAGCUUACACAAGAGGGCCAUAACAGCUGAUCUUAAAGGAUGGACAGAUUCAGCACAUAUGUAAUAAAGGACUCAUAAGGCCAGUGUGUGGGAGAGAUAAACGUAAGAUUUAGGACUUCUGUGUUUGAGGAAGUCUGAUGUACUGAAGUAUCAAGAUACUUCUAAAUGAUGAAAGGGAUUUGAUGACACAUUCUUUGUCCUGAAAGCAAAUUCCUUGAAAUACAGCAAAUAUGUAUUCUGCAGAAUACUUACAUAAAGUAUGUAAGGGUGCUUCCAGAUGGUUGUUUAUUGUAGGAUGUGUGCUCCUUAUGCAUACAAUUCUUUAAAUUUUACAAUUACCAAACCAUAUAAAAGAUACGAAAAAUGGGAUCUCACCCCUAGAGACUCAAAUCUCGCAGCCUCAUGCUUCCAGUUGUGUAGCAACGUUGGUUACAGUAUACAGUCAUAUCAGCCUAAAAAUUCUAUAGUGUGAGGGUGUGUGUGUGUGUGUUUGUGUGUCCUGCCUUCUUUCCUACAGCUGUGUAUGUAUGAAAUGGGUACCCGAAAAGGUAUCUCUUGUUUUUAUUCCCUUUGGUAUUUUUGUUUUAUUGGUUAGCUUCUCUGUUAACACUAGUUGCCAGAUUUUCUUGUACUGUACCAUGAAGUCAGCAUGGCACCCUCCAAAAGUUUUCAAUCACUGGCUAUCGUUAGUCUUGCUGCUAGCAAUAACUGUCCAAUGUGUUCAUAAUGCAGGUUCAUAUUAUCUCCUGAAUAAAGGUUGAAUAAUGCCAGCUUGGGUUGUUUAAUAACAUUCUGCCCUGUUAUUGCUUUGAUUUCUCUGAACACCCAAACGUGUUCACCUUUGUACAGGUCUACCACAUGUGCGGAUGUGAUUCCCCUACCCCAAAAUGUACAUCCCCUCCGACAGGCUUGAAUGCAAUUUGUUUGCAGCAUCCACGUGGCACUUCUGGCAUCGUUUGCACAGACCUCACAAACAUUGGUCUCAGUGGGAGCUAACUGCAACUAAGUCUGGAUCCAGACCAGUGUAUUUAAUGUUUCCUUUAGAAAAGGCAGCACUAGUUCAAUACAUUUUGCUGCCUGAUACAGUCAAAAUGAUGCACUAAGGAGGACACUUUUAAAAAUCUUACUGCCCCGCUUCAGUUCAUCUAUCCCCACUACCCUUUAGUUGUUUCACCCUGUUGCAUGAACAGGAUUGGCCCCAAGAAAAUGCAUUUGAUGAAAGCCGAGGUGAACAGAUUUUAUCUGUCUUCUCCAUACCAUACAGUAACUUUGUACCCAUUUUCCACAUCCACCUUAGAAUCUGAUUAUAUCAUCUGAUUUACUUACGGCAUUCUUAGCUUUGGAAACUUCUGAAUAUCAUUUUCAGACAUAUUCUGAAACAGAAACACAUGCAGUAUGUUAUAAUGGUGCCUGUACAACACAUUUUGGUCACUGUAGUUUUGAUUAUUAUAAAAUAAAACUAAAAGUGCUGUAGUUACACAGAAGUGGCAUUUAAAACUUGACAAUCUGCUUAAAUGUGACAGAUACAAUGCACCAGAGUGACCAACACUUCCACACCUUUUCACCACUUUUCUUAAUCAUUCAUCCAUAUCUCUCUUCCUAUGCAACCACACCAUUUCCACUUAGCUAGUAAUCCUCUCCUUUUAAUCCAAAGGAAUGACCAUUUUUGAAAGGGUAAUUUUAUAGAAAAACUUACCAGAAAUCUUUGUCCAGUUAUGUUGUAUUUCCUUGCAACUUUCUCGCAGUCCUUGAAGUUUAACUGCUGAUGAAAAGACACAUAUUCAGGAAAACUUGAUCAUUUUAAUAAAGAAUACAUUUAUAUCAGAUAGGUCUCUGAAUAACCAUAGCUGACUAUUAUGCAUGCUUACUCAGAAUUAAGUCUCAUUAACAUAGGCACUUCUGGAAUUCCUCUGUGUGCAUAGGAUUACAUCCUUAGACAACUUCAUCACUAAACUCAUUUAUUUCAGCUGGACUUACUUUAGCAGAGCUAGGAUAUGGUUUAUAAGGGCACAAUUUGUCAGAGCUUUUCAGCCUGCUGAAUUUAGAAUGGAAAAAACUUAAAUUUCAACAGGAAUAAUGUUACGAAAGGCGUUGAGAUCAUAAAAGGCACAAAGAUAAAAGUAUAUUAACAAAAAUAUUUCCCCAAGUUCUGUCCCUUGUGUAACAAGUUAAUUCAAUAAAAUGCAGAUUGACAUGUACACUGAUGUAAAAAUCCUCACAAAUUACAAAGCAACAAAAAUCCCUCCCAUCUAAUCCUAUCUUCCUGAAAAUUUAGAUGGCAGUGUUUACUUAUCUUCUAUUAACAUAUUGAGCAGCUAUGAGUAAUUUAAAUUAAAGAGAGCUUUUCCUAUCAUUUUAAGGGUUCAAGUACAGUGGUACCUCGGGUUAAGUACUUAAUUCGUUCCGGAGGUCCGUACUUAACCUGAAACUGUUCUUAACCUGAUGUACCACUUUAGCUAAUGGGGCCUCCUGCUGCUGCCAUGCCGCCGGAGAACGAUUUCUGUUCUCAUCCUGAAGCAAAGAUCUUAACCUGAAGCACUAUUUCCGGGUUAGUGGAGUCUGUAACCUGAAGCGUAUGUAACCUGAAGCGUAUGUAACCCGAGGCACCACUGUAAAACAAUUCAAAAUAACUGUGGUAUAUGAAAUGGCUGACUCCAAACUGGAGUACUCUUGUAGUUUUAAGAAGAAACCUUUUCUCUACUUUGAGGAUAAAGUGCACUGUUGCCAUGUGGUAGUAAUUCAGAAAUGAAAUCUAGUGAACUGCAGUUCCUUCCUAAGACAAUAGGUUUGUCUGAAAAAUACAACAGAGCAAAGAAUCUCCUCAGUUCCUUCUCAAAAUGAAUGUAGUUUUAGAAUUUGUCACAGGUCACUUACGGUUAUAGCUAAGGCAGCAGCCACAAUUUUCUAGACUUUUCUCAUUUUCUAUAAUUUCAACAGUUAGAGAGGCAGGCAGCCAUUUUGUGUAGAAAGUCUGCAGUGUUGCAUUUGAGAGACUGGUGUAAACUGAUCAGUUUACAGGAUCACUUGUGAGAAUGGUUUGGGAAGGUUGUCUGGUCUUUCCCUUUUAUUCUUAGCUGAAGAACUAGUGACUCUCGAAGCUUAAACUUUGAUUUCAGAAUCUGUUUUAACUCAGAAAAAUAAAUUAGUCUACGCUGUUCAUAGUCUGUCCAUAAUCUACUGGACACUUCAUGUAGACUGUAAUCCUGUGUAAAUUAGCAAUUUGGGCCUAAGGACAUACUAGAGAAUCUUAAGCACAACUUAAAUUUCGCACCCAAAGCAAUGAUAGCCUGACAUCAUAUUUGAGAAAAUGGCUCCCAGCAGUGGCAAUUAAGAGCAGAAAGGUUGGAGGAAGGGGAGAAAGUAUAACAUUAUCUCCACUGGUGCCAAUUGAAAUGUUAUUCCUCCCCAUAAAAUUCAGAGAUUGCUGCUGGUAAGGAGAAGGCUUAAAACUGCCCCUCCUUAUGUGCUUUGAUAGUGAUUACCCCCCCCCCCCAUCAUGCCUGGUAUUUGUUCUUUUAAACAUUAUUUGGUUGCUAAUCAUAUCAUUACUUUCACAUAGAAUUUGGUCUUAAAUGAUUCCCCACUUCAGUAACUGCAAAAUAAAAAUCCCUGGCAGCAGUAAGCAACUGUCUUCUCAUUUUUGCUUGUGAGAUUUAGUUUCAAAAAGGAAAUUCUGGCUUCAUCCAAUAGAAACUCCCCAACCCAAAGCAUAUGCAUGGAAUACAGAUUGGAUGGCACAGGACAGCAACGAUUAACAGUGGAUUUUCUUCACUAAUCAACCCAAUUCCCUUUCGAACAGCAAAAACUUCUAUAGCCUGUCUCUACACACUGUGGUUAAAAUAAUUUACAAGAGUACCCCAAGGCUGGAGCCUGUAUUUCUGACCCUUUGUUAAUUCCAGAAAGGGAUUUUCAAGACUUUGUUCUUUGUUUUCAUGCCCUCCAUUCUGGGUAGUCAAAUUGCAGAGGGGCCAGCAAACACCAUGCAUUUCUUUCAUGGCAGAUGUUCUGCCCUUCCCCAGCAGAAUCUGCAGCAGCCCAAAGAGACAAAAUUCAUACACCCACACAGCCAUGGUACUAAGAGAUUCCUGAUGGCUCUUUUUCGUUUGACUCCCUUCCGUUCAAUAGUAUUCCAGGAUAUUUUACUGGAUUAUCAGAUAAAUAAUCUUGUUUCCAUUUUAGCAAGGGUGGGGUAUAAAAAAUUAUUAUUAUUAUUAUUAUUAUUAUUUUGUGGAGUCCAGUAGGGAGAGGAAGCAGUGAAAGGCAAAAGGGAGAGGGAGAGAUGCAAAGCAGGGAGGUGAUGCUAGGGCCAGUGCAGGGAAACAGUAUUGGGAGAGGAAUCCUUGCUCUAACUCCUUUUUGGCAACUCCUGUAUCAAAACUGGAGCUCAGAGGAGAUUUCCGGGCAAAAUACAAUUGUGUCUCUGGAGCCAGAUGAUCAUUUUUCGUACUUGACAGAAUAGGGGGUGUUGCUCAUGAAUGGCUAAAACUUGGAGAAAGGAAACUAUUUAUUGUGGGACAAAUGCUAGGUUUUGCCCAGCAUCAAUGUUAAUGGAGUGUGAGCCAAAUAUCUGAUACAUGGAGUGGAUUCUGCAAGAUUCCUUUUGGAAAACUCCUGGGUCAUGUAAGCCUCAGUCUUGGGAAUGGCAUUGCUGGGUCCUAAUGUGAUUAUAGCACAGUGUUAAGUCAUAUAGCCAUAUAGCCAUAUAGAAUCACUGUUUUAAUUUCAUUCUCAGUUGAUUGCAGUAUAGCAGUGCUUGUUGUGGAAAGGACCUAAGUUUAAGGAAAAUUAAAAAGGCUGUUCUGGAAACUUCUUCCAGGCAGUAUACAUAGACUUCAAGGCAGAUGGGGGCCUGGAAGGUAGCAGUGGGGUGGAUUGACUGGAGGGAGUGUCUGAUCAAAACAAAUGUAUUGGGGGUGGGGGGAUCGUGCCAAGCAGGUAGGUAGAUAGACCCUCCUGGAUAUUUGGCAGCCUGAGUAAGCAAAGCAAGGAAGAACUCUGGAUCAGAAAACCUCUCUACAGCUUUCUAAAGCAAUAACUACGCCAUAGACUUCUUCCCCUGCAAUUUGAACACUGCCAAAAUGUGAACUACUGUGAAAGUAUUCAAAGGAAAACAAACCUUAUACUUUGCAAAGAAAGUUACAAGUUCCUAGAUUGCUUAUGUAAAUUUAAUAUUUUAUUCCAUUCCCCCAUGGCAUGCAUUUGAGUUUAUUGAUUGUUGCAGCAGCACCCAGUGAUGCAAGCUAGGCUGAGAGAUAUGCAAUUUGCCUAUGGAAACGCACAGAACUUCAUAGCCAACUGGAGUGAAAGUAGCAGAGAUUGUAGCCAUUUACAAAUACAUUCAGAGUUUUGAAAUUCUCUGAACUUUGGAGCUAAGUUGUAUGAAAAUAAAUAUGAGGAUUUAUGAGAUAAAUAAAUAUGUGGAAAUAAAAAUGUAUCUUCUAGGUUCUUUGGAAAUACACCUUCACAGCAAAGGUUCCCAAGCAUUUUAGCCUCAUCACCAGGCUGCAGACAUUAUGGAGGCAGCUUACUCGUCCUCUGGGCUCCUCAUGCCCUGAUGUGAAGCUUCUCUCUCACUUAAAGUAAAAUCAGGUGAAACCUUCUUUGACAAAUGAUGGAGGACAGGCCUUUGUCUUGUUUCGUUGCUAGUAUCUUGCCACUGGAAUGGGUGGACAACCUGCGACUGAUGUGCUCAUAUAUUGGACCAGAGUGCCCAAUUAAUCACUAGUGUUCCUAAUUGUUUAAACAACAUUCAUUUCUCUCCAACUACAUGCUAGGUUCUAUAUAGAGUUAUGAAGGGCCACAGUCCUUUGUCAGGGAGCUUACAAAUCCAUAUUUGAUACACAAGGCAGAGAAGACGUGACAAGUUAGGGACUGACAAUAGCCUGGCUCAAAAGGUAUGGUUACAUGUGCAGACAACACUUUUGCUCACACAAGGGGGGAUCUCCUGGCUUUCUGUGAUUCCUCCCCUCCUGUUCUUGUGCCACAUGUCAUGCUGUUUUGAAGGGUCCUCCAACCAUCAGAAGUGGACUUUUGGGUUGCAAGGGGUGUGAGGAGGAAGACCUAUUCUAUAAAUGGAACUCAGUUUUUAUUCACAGAACAGAAGUUAGAAUCCUAGUUCAGUGAAGAGAAAGGAUAGGGAUGGGUUGAGACAGGAUCCUUUCCUUUCAGAAAAGUGAAUUAGGAAGUUUCUAACAAGUUCCAUCACAUUCAGAAGGAGGCAUAAAGUCUAUCAGAAAUGGCUUCCCAAGGAUUCAUAUAAAGUGAUCAUCUCAUACAUGUAACAAAAAUAAUUUUUGUAGCAUAAAGUUAGAGCAGCAAAACUGAAAUCAAACUUACCCUCUUGAAGUAGUUUGCUAACUCAUCUGGGGACCAGCGGGCCACUUCUGAGCGAUAGGGAGUGUUUCGUGAAUCCAUUUCUCUUCUUCUUGCCUAGCCAGUUACAAGCCUGUUAAUGCCUAUCUUGCGAGUGAUCCAAGAACAGGACUCAUCCCACACAGUGACCCAGACUGGUAAAUUCCCAAGUUUUUGGCUUUCUGCAAAACUGUGCUGCAAAUAAACUGCUCAGAGCAACAGCUUCCGGUGUGAACCAAACGGUUUCUUUUCUUUCUCAGAAAACCCGUCAGCUAGUUAGUCAACUCCACCACUUCCUUUUUCUGAAUCUAAAUACGUAAACAAGGAACCAUGGGGCUCAAUCCUACCAUUGCAAAAGAAGGGUUUACAGUGACAAGGAAGAAAUGAUAUGACCCAGGAAACUUUCCCCCGUGUCCAAUGUGAAGCUAAUCUAGUGGUCACUGAUGUCUGGGUCUACACACAUUAAAAAGAAUGUGAUGGCAAAGUUCUGAGCUGGUAGAGGUGGUAAUACCCCCCACAUUACAAGCAGGGAUUAUAUUUUUGAAUGCUCCACUUAGAAACAUAGUCGCAGCAAAGAGAAAUCUCGCCCCCCCCGUCAUAUUUUUUGUUUUCAUUUUCUGUAGAGAGCUUUAAUGUGGGGAAACAUUAAUAUGGGGGAACAUUAGAAAUGUGAGGUGCAUCCAUGCAGACUGAAAUGGUACAGCCCACUCUACCAAAUCAAGAUUCUAUCAUCUCGUUCUGCUUUGUCUUUAGACCAGGCCUCAGCCUUGGUCAUUAUUCCCGAAAUGGUGAAGGUAAGGCUUAUUCAGUUCUAUAAAGAAAGGAUUGACAGCAAAUUCUCCGUAUUACCACAAGAAGGCAGCAAAGUUCAAUUAUUUGCAUUCACAUACUGAAUUUGUUCAUAACUUGAACUAGGAGUAGGAUAGAUAUGUAUGAUGUUAAAAGGCCUUAUUCUAGGUGUUAGAGCCAAAGUGUGGAGUGAACUUAGAGUAUGAGGAUAGUAUCCCUAACCUAUGCAUCCCUUUGGCUUUUCAAACAUUGCAGUCUGAAAAACAUGUGCUAGGGAGAUACACUAGGGCUUAGUUCUAUGUAAGAAUGCAUACAAUUACAGUCACCUUACUCCUUGUGAUCACUGGUGCAGGAAGGCAGGUGCGGGGAGUGCGGUGUGCACCGGGUGUCAUCAGUGAGGGCGGGUGACAUUGUUGCGCCACCCUCCCCACAUUUGCUGCAUAGGCGGCGGGCUACUAGGGCUGCUCGGGUGGCUAGCAGCGCCCCCCCCAUGCUCGCCAUACGGGCAGCAGGCGACUAGGGAUGCUUGCCAUGUGGGCGGCUAGCCCCGUCCCCGCGGGUAGCUAGCCCCACCCCUGUGCUGCUCUGGGUGCCAGGGCACGUAGCUCCGUCCCUGCUUGUGAUUGAGGACAGAAUAACCCACAUUUGAAGACAUCUACUGUUACAUAUAGCUUGUGCCUCAGACCAUAAUUUCAGUGGGAAAUCCUUUGCUGGUCAAGCCAGUGAACAAUGCUAUUAGCCAUAGCAUUUAGCACACUAGGCUGGCAAUCCUAACCACACUUUCUGGAAAGUUGGGAUGGUGGAGAAAUUCAAUUCAGUUUACAUUUAAAGGCAAACUUGCUAAAUUUAUGCUUUCUGAAACAAUACAUGAACCAAAACACAGCCAGCCUUUGAAAUUUGCACUUCUGCCAAUUUUGCAAUGCAGUACUCUAGCCAAGUUGUUGCCAUCCACUUCUCUUGAGAGAAAAUGGAAUGUGCCUCCAGGGAUGAAGUCAAAAUGAAGUGACCUCCUUGGGUCUCAAGCCUGGGCAGUGUGUAUGGAGGUUUUGGGCUGCUCCUACAACAAGACCCCAACUUGGCCUUACUGAUGUGGUCCAAAGGAAAGCAGAGCAAUACAUUUGGCAGGAGCAGCGACAAUGUAAGCUGCAUGUAGUCUUAGGGACUACAGUCUGGAUGUGUGUAGGAUUUACUCCUUAGUAGUUUCUUUUCCCAAAGAUGUCUCAAAGAUGACCAAAGCACAAUGGCAUUCAGCACUCAGUUCUCACAUGCAGCUCCUAGAAGCUGUCAGCAUCUGACAGCAGCCACUUCCUGGGAAACAGCUUUGACUGUCUGGCUAAGCCAGAUGAGGGUAGCCGAUGGGUCUUAACCCCUCAAUGAGUUAGGGACUUGUUCACCCCCUGCAUGUGAAGACAGGCUCUGGCAGAUUGAGCAGUGAGUUGAACAGUCAAUAAAGUGGUUUCUGCAUGUGCUGUACUGGGAAAUGAGGGGCAGCUGGGGCUCGUUAAGCUAGGGAGGUAGCCCAUCUAGGACAGGGGUCUGCAACCUUUAAGACAAAAAGAGCCACUUGGACCAAAGAAAAAACAACUGGGAGCCGCAAAACCAUUGCAACAUUUAAAACAGUGGGGAGUGUCAGGGCACACAAUGCGCCUCCUCCCCUCGCUAGUAUCCGCCCCGGAGCUGUGGCAAAGGUGUAAAAGAGCCACAUGCAGCUCCGGAGCCGCGGGCUGCUGACCCCUGAUCUAGGAGAAGGAAAACUUACCUUAAACCUCCGCUGCCUUGCAGCUAUACUAAUUUGUGAGAAAGACUUUGGAAGUAAACUCUGAAUUCAGAUAGUCCCAGUGCAGUGGUGGGUUGAGCUAAGGUCAAAAUUAAGAAGUCACAGGGCUUUUGGACAAUCUAUAGUGGUUUGGUGGGGUAAGCUAUGGCUUCACCACCCCUGAGCUAGACAAAUAAACUUAAGAUCAGUCCACUCCAGACAAAGUGGAUGUGAUAGUGAUGAGGGACUUAGUGGACUGCUUGGAAGGGGAAAGUGCCUUUCUAGAAGAGAGUACUUCUGUAUACAGACCUUUUCCUGAAUAAUUAAAUAACCUCAGGGUGCUUUUAACCAUUAUUUGACAGUAUUAUAACAGCACCCUCUGCUGGAAGACAGAGGCAUGACCAUUGUCACCCAUGCUUUAAUAAUCUUGAGAUUCGACCACUGCAAUGUGCUCUGUCGAGCUGCCCAUGAAGAAAGGUUGGAAAAUGCAAUAGGUACAGAACUCCAGUCAUAUUGCUUUGGUCCUUAAACGGACCUCAGAAUAUUCUAGUAACCAGUGUAGCUGUUUAAGGACUAAAGCAAUAUGACUGGAGUUCUGUACCUAUUGCAUUUUCCAACCUUUCUUCAGGUACUGACUUUGAUCUAUUUUUCCCUAAAACUAUCCAGGAAUUGUAGUGAGUACCCCAAAUGAACCUCCCUAGAGUGUGUGAUUAGAUUUGUCUUCAUAAGAAGCAAACCCUUCUCAGUCGCUGCCACAGAACUUGUGUUUCCAUAGGCUGUGAAUUUAGCACCUGCUGUUCUAGUGUGCUGUGGGCAUGUUCCACUCAGCAUGCAAUAUGAAGCAGCAGUUGUGGCUCCACACAAACCCGCCCCCCCCCCAUCGCCAGCAGCUAUCUCAACAGCUGGCAGGGAACGCCAUGUAUUCUCCCACCGGCAACUGGGAUUUGAAUUUCCCACCCACUGAUCAAUCACAAGCAGGCCCAGAGGCGGUGCUUCAGGGGGCAGAACUGACUGGGACUCUGUUCCUCCCUGGGGAUAUACUCAGGCCCACCUCCAUGUUCUGUUGCCAGUUAGUCUCUCUCCCACCUUGUUAGCAUGGUUUAAUGUUGAAUGGGACCAGGGAGGAAUUUCUCCUCCAGACAAAUUGGGCCUGUCUGAGCCCCCCCCCCCAAAUCUCAGCAAUUGUCCAGCUUUGGGCAGAUAAGGCAUUGGGUUGGAUCCUUCAUCAGUGGUGGAGGGAGUGUGGUUUAAGCAUCUGCCUUCCCCCUCCAAGGAAAUGGGGUAUCUCGUUAAAAGGCUCCUUGAAGAGGUGCUUCUGUCCUUACACCCAGAUGGGGGUUGAGGGCCAUAGCACUCCCCAAGGUGGCGGUCCUGAUGGGUUGCUUCUAUUUGAUGUACAUCAUAGGGCAACCCUAUCUCACGAUCAACGCCCAAUGGUCAUCAUCCAGCAAGCAGGCUGGCUCAUUCAGGAUACCCAGUGCCUAAGCCAAAGCCUACUUACAUUUGUAAUAAAUAAAAGUUGUGGCCUGUUUUGAUCCAGGAACAUUGUACUAUGAUUAUUCUACUUCUGCAUCCCCCUGCCACAGGCUUCUUGGCAAGGGGCUUACUGUGCCUGUGCAGGCAAGUAGCACUUUUCUUUCAACCCAUUUUCAGCUGCUAGCUUACAUUGUCGCUGUUGGUUUGUGGUGUUAAUUUUUCUGCUUUUUGUUCUUGACUUCAUUUGAAUCAUUUUUAAUUGUUUUAUGAUUGCUUUAUUUUUCUGUAUUGGUGAAAUGUGGUCUACAAAAUUAUUUAGUAGUGUAUUAUUACCAGCUGCCUGACACAGAGAGGUAAGCUGUUACAUUAGCAAUGAACUUGACUCACAGCAUAGCUGGAGGUCUUGCCAUGCUUGCCUCACUCAGCAUAUGCUGCUGCUGCAUCUGUGCCAAUGCAAGCCAUUUUCUGGCAAGGCAGUAACCUAAAGACUUAUGAAACAUGCAGCAUGGGCACAGUGUGCACUGGAUUAGAUUCUGUGCUGUAUAGCUGCAUCAAUUGCAUUCCCUGUUGUUGAAUUCUAUAAAAGAGUGAGUUCCGCUCAGCAUUUCUGCAGUACUGCCCAUGAAAGAAGAAAAGGCUUUGAAGUCACUUUGGAAUCUCUUAUUUCAGGUUGACUCUGAGAAUGCAACCUCAAACACAAGGUUACUGUCCUUACUGAAGCUUAACUCUCUCAAUAUUUAAAAGUCUUGCAGAGUGAUACAAAGGCAUUAAUGAGAUUGAAAAAAAUAUCUAUAACUUUGGAAAAGUGUCAUGCAUGGCUGACACCUUUUCUCCAUAAAUAUUAUGGGGCGAUGAUGUUGCAUGCUGAGAGGUUCUACAACUGAACUAACAUCAGCAAGUAUUUUAUUUGCUCAGUGAAGCAGAAAACACAUACAUGCAAGAGCACUUUGGGAAGAUGGAUGCUCUUUCAGCCAGAUAGUCAAAAUGAAGGAAGAUGCUGGCCUUUAGCACAUCACGGCACAGCUUCGUAGUUACACAUGAAUUUCUUUUGGGUUGCAAACUUUUCAUUUUAAUAGGUACGAUAUGUUAAUCAAAUUGACAUUUUAAUUGAUUAAUUGGUGUGGGUAAAGUUUAAUUAUGGGGUUGGAACUAUGGACCCACUUGCUUAUUUUUAAAGCUAUUUUAGUUAUGUUGUGCUACUUCACUUAACAUUGAAUAGAAGGUAUAAAAUAUGGACAUUUCUUCUGAUCAAAAGUGAUUAAAGAACCUGUGCAAGCCAUUUCACACGUCUUUCAACAUCUUAGAAAAGUAUUUAUACUGGAGUUUUGAUAGUAUUCAAGUGUAUUUGCAUUUAAUUGGUUAACAUGACAAAUUAUGAAUCAACUGCAAAUUUAGGACUUUUACCUUCCAGACUCAGAAGAGUGAAAUGGGAACUGCAGAUAUCUUCUAUCUUGAUCUACAGAGGAGAGGCUGACCUAGGUUGCACAUUAUUGUGCUGAAUUUAGGACGCAGCAUAUUGUCUUUUGCCAAAGACUCAGAAAAUGACUGCUUUUCUGCUGAGGCAGAUCCUUUAGAAUAUGAAAAUAGCAGUUCAAGAUAUUAGAAGCAAACAGCAAGAUGUUCCAAUAAUCUUCCAGUAAAGUUUAAAUGGGUGUAAUUCAGUUCAUAUUCUGACAAAGUUAAUAGAGGCAACAAGAACCAAGUGACCAGAAGGAUUUCCUUCCUUCAUACUGCACUUUCAAAGCAUCUGCUGUGAGGGAUUUUUUUUCUUUUUUUGUAUCACUGUCUUUAAAAAUUAAGUGUGUGUGUGUAUAUAAAAACAUGAUUUUGGUUUUUUUAAAAGGGUUAGUGUCAUUCUCUGAAUAUUUUUUGCGACAUUACAAUAUAUGAUGCCAGACUUUACUGUCGUGAACAAUGAUUUGGUUCAGUUUUAUAAUUCAGUUUACAAUGGGGUAACUGAAGCUGAGAACCAGCAACCCUCUUUAAACAUUCUCUAACCAAGCUCUGUGAACACAUGAGGCAGGUGGGCCAUGGGGACAAGUGUGUUUUCAAUCCCUGUCAUAUGUAAUGCUGUCUGGAGUUGGGGCUCCUGUUCAUGUGGAAGCUCCCGCGCAUUUUAAAACCUAGACUUUCCAUGGUUCUAAAACACAUGAAGAACCUCUGCAAGCCUGUAUGGUGAACUCGUUUAGAGUAUUCCUGAAGAGGGCCAGUGACUUCCCCAAUUUAAUACAAUGUCGAUGUCUGAGUGAGAAUUUUAACUCAGCUCUGCAUCCCACAUCUUUCCCACCAAGCCACAUAAACCACAUCUCCUUAUGUGUUCGCAUGAAGAUUAGAAAUGGCAGAAGCAGCUCCCAUUAAAGCUCAGCUGAAGUUGAGUAGAGAAAAGAAGAAGCUAUGGUUGAUGGGGAAGUUGGAUAGAGGUCUUACAAAAGUAGAACAAUCUGGGUAGACUUGGCAAGAAAGUAUGAUUUCCCAAUUGAUAAAAAUGUGUGUGUGUGUGUGUGUGUGUAGAGAUAACAAGCCUCAAACUUAAAGAACAUGUCUGGUAUGUACAGUAUAUAAUUGAUUUGUUUUGACUGUCCUUUAAUUUAACAAAUGUAGGUAUGAUUGGAAUAUUAAAACAGCGGUACAGGAAAUGGGUUGGGUUCAUUUUAAAAAAGAAUGUGUUAGUGCAGAACUACGUGCUCAGAAAAAGCAUGUGGUACAAUCCAAUGAGACAGUGGUGCUUCAGAAUCGAGGAGGGGGAGGGGGUACUGCAUGUUUCAGUAUUCUCAGUUGUAAACACAUUUCCUGCCCUUAGAAAUCUAGCAUGUGUCUGGUUCUAGCCUAGCAUUCUUCCUGAUGUUAUUUUUACAUGCAGGGUACUGUGGUUUGUAUAUUUUUAAAGCCAAAUAAAAAUCAUGUGGAAGCAUUCUAACAUACCACCCCCAUCUUGCAUUCUUCAGUGAUAAAAUGCCAGGAGGGUUGUGUUCCUCACCUUUUUCAUACCUGGUUACCAAAGGAUUUCCCCUUUAAAAACAAGAAAUUCUAUUACCCAUUAGCAUUAUCCGUUAGCUGGUGCUGAUAACAAACGAACAUCUAAACUCCAAGAGAAGGUGUCUGGGCACUCUCCAUUCAUUACCAACUAUACAUUUUUAAUAGCAUUAACAUAACUGCACCUUUUAGUUGUCUGCAGAUUGUUUAAUGAAUAAUUAAUUACCUUGAAUUUUUUUUUAAAGUUUGAUUUUGUUUGCCACUCUCUUAGUUAUAUAGAGCAGAAAAGUCAAACUUAAACAGCCCUUACUCUCCACUAUAACGUCCAAUUGUAUGGAAUUAUUCAUGGAAGACCAUGUCACUUGAAAAGAUGCUUGUGUUAACAUGGCUCAGAUGGUCGGUACACGAAAUGCAAUGCCUGAAGGCAUCUGGAUGGUGCUUUAAAGGAGGUGGCCCACAUCCCUCUUACGUUGGCAAAGUGCUUAACAUGAGAGGGGGAAGGAUGUGAUUGUGCUGUAGAUUUAGAGCUGCCACUUUAUUAAAGAGAUCUGCAGUACAAUCAUUUGGGGGAGUGGUUGUUGUUUGAUUGCAUUGUAUUAUAGUUUUACGUAAUAUUGCAUUGCAUUACACUGUAGUUUCUCAGUUUCAUUGUUUGUUUUAUUUACACACACACGAGUUAUUUUGUAAGCUGCUAAGAGGCUCAUAGCUGUCAACGUUUUCCUUUUUUUAAGGGAAAUUCCCUUAUUCUGAAUAGGAUUCCUUGCAAGAAAAGGGAACAGUUGACAGCUAUGAAGAGGCUAUCUUAAAUACUAAGCAAUGUAUAAAUGUAUUAAAUAAAACAUCAUCAACAUUCAGCCUUCCCUAUAUUUUUAAGAUGCGGAAAGGAUCACUUCAUUUCAGUGUUAAAAAAUAUUAAAGGGGCAGCCUGCUUGUUGGUGGGAGUGUUACCUACCUGCACUUGCAGGCAGCCUACAUGCCAAGAACUAAACCAUUAAAAUUCUAGCUUUUUAUUUUCAUAUGUGACACACACACACACACCGGUGGAAUCUAUACACACGAUAAAAACAUUGUGAAAAUGCUUUUUUAAAAAUUGUUUUGAAAAAGGCAUUGAAUUUUCUGUAGCUCACAGUUGCCAUCUAGUGUCAUAAUUGUAUAUCUAGUAUAUCUAGUGUCACACAUUCAAAAAAAAAAUUUUUUUUAAAUGAUAUUUAUUGAAAAUUUUAGAAUUACAAAAAAAGAAAAAAAAAUAAAGAAGAAAAAGAGAGAGAAAAAACAAAGGGAAAACAAACUGCAAUCAAACAAUACAAAUUAAUAGAAAUCAAAAUAAAAAAAUAACACAACACGAUCAAAAGACAAAAAUAUACCACAAACAUUUAAAAACAAAUCCAAUAUUUUCAACUCCUUAACUGUCAUUACUUUCUUUCUUUGACCUCUUCCUCCUCCCUUUUUUUGUAUCCUAGUUGUUAAUUGUCGCAGCAAAUCCUUUCCAUAUUUCAUAAUAUUCUGUCAUUACAUUACCUUAAUCUAUUUUAAUCUUAUCUUACUAUAAAAAACCUUGAAACUUAAAACUUAGAUCUUAUUUUUACCAAUUUCUCAUAACCAUAAUAUUCUUACAUAAUUCUUUAAACAUUUUUGCUAAAGCCAAAUAAUUUCGUUCCAACAUCUUUCUAACAUUCAUCAAUUUUAUAAAACAAUCCUAAUAAAAAAAAAUCCCCCCCCCUUCCAAUCUUCAUCCAGCGUCUCUUCCUCCUGGUACCGGGUUUUGUCAGUCCUUUCUAUCCCAUCAAUCUAGCGCAUUAACCUGGUAAUCUUAUGUCCGAGGCCCUUAAGUCCCUUCCAUGUCCCUUCCGCGGCUCUUCUUCAUAUUUAUAACUGUACUUUCCUUUAUCUCCUGCUCCUUUCACUCGUGGGAAUUCCAGCUUGACAAUGUUUUUGACCCUUCUCGACAAAUCAGCCCCUUUUCCAUAGUCCACACUAAACUCCAUGUGGUAUUUAAAAACAUGUUUCAAGGUCCCUCCAAAAUUAAGAGCCCCCACAACCCCAAACAUCUCACGGCCCAUUGCCAGACUUGAAAAGUCCAAACAUCCCUGCAUGGGGGGGUCUAUCCAGCCCCCCAUUUCCAAACCAAACCAAACUUUAUCUUUCCAAAUCUGGCUUUUUCCAAGUUCAUUUGUCAAAUCCAAGAGCUCAUGUUCCUACUGGGCCACAGCUCCCUCCAUCUCUGGCGCCCAAGGUUCAGCAACAUCCUCUUCCCUCAUCUGUUCUGUCAGAGCACACUCCUGGUUUGAUUCCUGGUUGGGCUCUAUAUAAUUUUCCACUGCCUGUCCAAAAUUUCUGAUCGCAUCAGUCAUCAAGUCCGUCUUCUCAUGUAGCUGUUCCAGUAGGGCACUUGUUUUGCAGAAAGCACGCAGCAGAGCUUCUGAAUACAUUGUCCUGCAAGGUCAAAAGUCUAUUCCCACAAUCGUAAUCUGUAGCAGCUGCAAGCUCCCCGAUUCAUAGUUGGUUACAGUUUCACAGGCUCCCUCUAGGGGAAGAAUUUGUUCUUUUCUUUUAAAGACAGAUCUAACAACAAAGUUUCUUUUUUCAGAUAUUUUGUCAAUAUUUGUUCCUUUAAAAUGCGAAGGGGAACAAUGGAAUCACUAUAUUUCUCUUCUUAACUAUCUGUCAAAAACGUUUGUCUCUGGUCAAUGAGCUUCCCAAAGAACGUCAGUCCUGACACCCCGCUCCAGGAUCAAGACGGUGGAAAGUUACUUUACUUUACACUCUCUUCUGCAGGUUUAAACAGUCCGAAACCCCCCCUCUUCUCCUGCUUCCAAAGGGGGUUCAACAAUUUUAAAUGAUGAAAGUUAAUCCUUUAAAAGUGUUUUUCCGAACUCUAGUUUGCCAUGUCUUUGCUUUAAUCUAUCUACAAAGAAACGGAAGGCUGACUUCCUGUUUAGACCUUCCUGUUUCAGUGCCAAAUUGAAAUAAACUUUUAAGUCCAAUUUUCCUUUCUACUCGCCAAUCAUUAUUUAGAGUCCAAUUGUCCGAAAUUUAAGUACUCACGGGUGAUUGUUUUAAAAGCCAAAUUGUCCCAGGAAAAAGGCAGCGCUCUCCGGCAACGGCUGUGCGGCUUCGCUCCACGGAAGAAGCAGUUGACUCUCAGCACCGCGCCACUUCCCCCUCUUCGCUCCGGAGCCCGUUAGUGGGUUCCUUUGCGGGUUGGGGGGGCGCUAAAGGUGCCCGCCGAGUCCCAUGGUCACAGGCUUCAUCCGCCUGUGAUUUUUGAAAGGGUCCCCGCUUCGCCGUAGCAGAAAAGACCCGUUUCCCGUGGAGCUGGUCCCUCCAGAUCAGAGGGAGUCCGCCAUUACCGAUGGCGCCACCCCGGAAGUCAUCACAUUCAAAAAAAAAUAUUUGCAGCUGUAUAGCUGAGUCCACACACACACACACACACAGAGAGAGAGAGAGAGAGAGAGAGAGAGAGAGAGAGCAACAGACCAGUGACUGCUUGUUUUUAUUUGCAUCCAGUUUGUAUCAUAAUUGCAGUGGCCUCACUCAAGGCUUAAAUGCAUCAUUAGGCAGUAAUGGCUUUGCUUUCUGACUGAAACUGCUGUGUCUUCUGCCAAUGGCCUUUAUAUUUUAGUAACUGAAGCAGUAGUAUAUCAGGUCUUCUUUUAAACAUGAGAACGUCUGUUGUUCAGGGGAGGAUCUGUCAUGAGCCACUUGCCUCUGUUCUAGUUUUCUACCUGUAUAUAAUUUUGUGGUGCAGUCCACUCUACCUGUAGAAGCUGGGGUCUGAGAUUUUUGCAGAAGUAUGUAGCAUCAGAAAAACAACAACUUGUAUUUUGAAUUAGGAGCUCAUAUAGUUUUUGGGUUGGAUUUAGCUGAAACUGGAGAGGGGCUGGGAGGGGGCUUCUUUGGGAAUUUGGUGCAGAGUUAGCAGAACUACCUGUAUAUAUUUAAGUAAAAUGUAUAUUAUAAAGACUCCCUAAGCCUCAGUCAUCAAAGCAAACAAAAGGCAGUAGUGUUGCCCUUGGAUUUCUCAUUGUGUCAGGGAAAGGAGGAAUGUUUAACAAUAUAUUGGAAGCAUGCCUAGGCUGCAGUUCUGUGCACGCUUACCUGGGAGUAAGCUCCAUUGAAAACAGUGAGACGUACUUUGGAGUAGACAUGACUAGGCCUAUGCUGUUAGCCAAGUUAUUGCUACAAGACUUUGAAUUGUGGAAUCUUCAGGGCAUUGAGGGGUUUGUUUUCCAAAGAAAAAUGCAUUAACUGUGUUGUGUAGUUUCCAUUUCCAGUUAACAUCCCUCGUUAGAUAAAAAAAAAAAUCUGAUUGCAUUUACAAGCUGCUUUUGAAGUACUAUGUUCAAGGGUGUUUAAAUGACAUCAUUUGUCUACAUAUGACUUUCACCUUCAUGGAAAAGCAUUUCCACAAAGCAAACUGUCAGCAAAUUGACUUCUGUUUCCUAUUGCCAAGUGUUUAUGAGCAGCAGUCUAAUGUACUUUAAGUCCUGAUAAUGAGGAGGGUAGUGUGAUGUUAGCAAGACCUUGACAUUAAAGAGGGAAAAAAGCCCAAAUGAUUUGUGCGGCGAUGUUAUGUGAUGUGAGCAGAUGAUAGGUAUUUCAAAGAAAACAUAGUGCAAAUAUUAAACCUUAAUGGCAAACUCUCAAGGGAAGAAGUUUCUUCUCUGCAGUUGGCAUACUAUUCUUACUACUAUAAAACAUGGCCACUUUGGAAACAUCAAUAAUAAUGUGCUUUCUUUUACGAAAAGGCUAAGCCUAUUUAGAUUUGCUAACUAGGUAAGAGAGGGACAUUAGUCUGGUUCACACAUCAUUGUCUUAAUGAAUAAGAUUUAUAACCAAGCCUCCCAUUGUCUCUAUUGAUUUCCAAAAGAAGGCAGCAAUGUUGCUUCUUCCAGAAACUGGUACAGGCAGCAACAGAGGCUUCAGUCACAUAUCCAGCCUUGCUUUGCCCUGUAGUUUGGUAUGGAUAGGUUCAUGCAUGCACUGGUUGUUUUGCAUAUGUGUUGCCAUUGCUUAUAUGCUAUAUUAAGGCUGCAGUCCCACAUGAGCUUACUAGGGAGAAAGUUACAUUGGCCACAAUGGGACUUACUUCCAAGUAAACAUGCAUAGGAUUGUGAUAUAAGUUUCUGUUUAUAUAAACUUAUAAAGAUAUGCUACUGGUAGCAGUAAAGCAUAUUAAAGAAACCAAAAAGAACUGUAGAUCAAUAAUUGAGGUGUCUUGAUGCCCCUUGAAUAUAGUAAGCAGCGAAGCAGUAUUUUCUCAGACAGGGUGAUUCAUUUCAGUUCUCUCCUUGAAGAUAAAGUUAUGCCCCAAAGCAAUACUAUUUCAGAAAAACCCAAUAUUUCAAAGAUUUGUUGUUGACAUUUGCUUACCAUUUGAUCAAGUGUCAGUGGCUUGAUUGUUUAAUGCAAACAAAGAUCAUCUACUGUUCAAAAAAUAAAACCACCAAACUAGAGAUCCAUGUGCACUGUAGGAAGCACACUGGUUUUUUUCUUCACCCACAGGCUGCCUGCACUUUUUUAGUUUAAGAAAACCGAUUUCUUCUUUAUAUAUAUCUGAGUAGACAUGCAAAGACUGUGCUGUUAGCCAGGUUAUUGCUGCAGGAUAAUUCUCACAAGCCAUUGCAUUCUGAAGUAUCUGGAAGUUACUGCUGCUCAGGACUUCUAAAAUCAGUACAUUUUGGGAAAUUCCUGGAUGUAAUUGGCAACAUUUAGGAGACUGUUUUUCAGCUGGUGGUCCAGUCUUAGAAAGAAAGGAAAAACUAUUUGAAGCAAAAGCUGUGACUGGGUUCUUAAGCACAGCACAUACUUAGGGCUAUUCUACGCAUUGCAUUUUUCUGGUAUAAUGAGAAUUCUAUUUGAAGUACUGUGCACAUUUCUUUCUGAUGUAUAGAUAUGGACUAGGCAUUGUUGGCCCGGGUGUAGUCUGAAAUUCAAGAGAGCUACUAGCAGUCAGUGUAUUGAUGACAAUACUGAGCCACAUUGACUAAUUACCUGCCUCCAUAUAAGGCAGCGUCCUAUGUUCCUAAUGAACUUACUUUCCUUGCAUGACAUAAAAGUCAAGCUACAAAAUCACAAUGACAACUGAGGUUUCCUAAUGCCCCCUUGAAUAAUUUUUUCUUAGCCAGUUUCUUAGCCAGUUAAUUACAAUCCCAGCAAGAGAGUAACAAGUUAGGCACAGCAGGUAGUAUCCACUCAUCACAGUUCUUCACUUAUAGUAGAAGUUUUGGCCAGAGGAAAAAGUAUUUUAAAAAACCCAAAAUUUUAAAAAAUUAAUUGUUGAAAUACUUUCUUGUUCCUUCCUGAAGCAUCUCUCUGUUCAGUUUUUUUACUAUUAGAAAACCAUUAUAUGACGUCAGACAGAGCAGCCCUUAAUUCAUAUUACCGUCACUGCUACUCAUGGCACUUAUCAGCAAUCUUCUCUUGCUCACUCUGAUCACUGAAAGCAAUGAGAACCCAAUUGUACAGUUUUCGUGCUGAAUCAGUGCGUUCUUCUUUCUGUCUCAGAAUCACAGCUGCCUUCCUAUAAAUCAACUAUUGUGACCUGAACAUGCAGUUCUGAUACCACUCAUGCUUUUCCUCUGCCAUUGUCUUUCUCCCCGGGACACGUUAUUAAACAAAUUACUUGAAAGUGCUGCUUCAGUUUUCAUUGCUGAUUCUCUACUGCUCUUCAUUUGCCUCAUUCCUGCUUGCAACACAGUUUGACUCUCUGACGUAACCUCAGAAGGCAUAAAUAAUACAUUCUCAGCUCAGCUCCUAAGGUGCUUUCCAGUGAGAAGCAUAACUCUAUUCUGAGUUCUUGGAAGAUGGCUCUGCUAAGUAGGAGAAUUUUGGUAAAUGACAGCAGGCAAUAUUCACAUUGGGAGGGACAAAAGCCACUCUUAAUUAACUAAAGUGAUUACAGAAUUUAAAAAUGUGGUGUUUUAAUUAGGCUGCCAUUAAUUAAUUAUUAAUGGGUGUUUGUAAACAAUAUUUAUGCUGAGCAAUCAAUGUAGAACUCCUUUGCCCCACUCCAGUGAUCUGUUUCAGAUGCCAAUUAUUCCAGUGUGUACAUAGGAGGCUCCCUCAGCAGCAAUAGUUUUCCAGCUAAUUUAAACAAACGAAGCAGAUUAGUGUGAACAACAAAUCUGCUGGAAUGCACAUGGAUCUCUGGUUCAGAGCAUUGUUAUUGUUGUGAACAGUAGAGAUCCAUACACAAUCUGCAUCUAAAAGCAAUCUGUUAAUAUGUUGCAAGAGUUGUCAUAUUUAUACAUACUAAUAAUUUUGUCCAAAAAUUCAUAAGCAUUGGACAUUGCAUAAGCAUAUGUUUCAAAUAAGCAUUUUCCUUAUUAUAUCCCCAGCAACAUGUUGUCUGUACAAAUUGAUCAGAGUUCAAUAAAUUCUAAAUAUUAUUUUUUGUUGUAUAAGAUGUAGUUUAUAAUCUAAUGACACAUUUGCUUCAGAAACAUUACUUACAUAAACUUUGUAAGCUUUGCCAUGCUAGCUGUAGGAUACGACAUGUCUUUGCACCUGAAUACUUGCCACAUGCCAGACAUGAACUAUUGUUAUCAAAGUAUAACAUGGAUUGCUAAAUCUCACAAGUUGUUCUGGUGAGAUGUUCUACCCUUAUAUUAUUUCAAAGCUGCUCUUGUAUAAUCCUAUUUUUUCUUUCCUUCUGGUCAAUUCUUAGGUCUAUUGCUGUACUUGUGCCCUAGUUGUCAUUUUUGUUAUAUUAUUAUCCCUCCUGUGUGCUUCUCAUCUCAUCAUUCAAAUUUACACUCUCUGAGAACAUGGAUGAUAUUUUGUCAUUUUGCAUAAUCUUCAGGUUGUCAUUUGUAAUUAAAGAAUUAAUCUAACAAACUAAAAGCAAGUGAUAGGCGGACCAGACCUAUUAAUGUUUACUUGGAUUAUAUAUCACCACAUUCAAUGUAUAGGUUUUGGGUUUUCCUUAAAUGAAAUGGGACUAAGUAUCUAUAUUUAAACACUAACAGCACAGUUCUUUGCAUGUCUACUCAGAAGUACGUCCCAUUGAGUACCAGCUGCAAUCCUGUACUCACAUACCUGGGAGUAAGUCCCAUUCAGCUUGUUGGAUCCUACUUCUGAGUAGGCUUGCCUAGGCACUGUAAGGGCACUAUCACAUCUCUUAAAGUAACAUCUCCCCCUCGGCAGCACUACAUACCGUUGUAUUAUCUUACUCUAUAGUAUGAUACCUCUCUUUUCCCCACUGGACCCUUCUCCCAUACACAUACAUGCACAAAAAGGCGGCAUUGCUUCAUGCAGGGGAUGGACAUCUAAGUCUAGAAAACUGAGCAGGGAGAGCUGCUUUCACUUCACCAAAAUAAGUUAUAGUGCCACUCUAUUCUGCUUUUGUCAGACCCCAUCUAGAGUGCUGUGUCCUGUGCACCAUAAUUUAGGAAGGAUAUUGAAAAGCUGGAAUGUGUGCAAAUGAGGGUGACCAAGAUGAUAAAGGGUCUGGAAACCAAGCCUUAUAAGUAAUGGUUGAGGGUGCUAUGUAUGUUUAACCUGGAGAAGAGAAGACAGAGAGGUGAUUUGAUAGCCACCUUCAAAUACUGUACCCAAAGGGUUGUCACAUGGAAGAUGGAACAAGGUUGCUCUUGCUGCUCCAUAGGGAGGGACCAGAACCAAUGGAUUCAAAUUACAGAAAAGAGAUUCUGACCAAACAUUGGGAAGAAAUUUCUGACAGUGAGAGCUGUUUGACAGUAGAACAGAGUACCUUAUUUGAAGGUUUUAGCCUCUCCUUCAGUGAACGUUUUUCAAUAGAGGUUGGACGGUCAUCUGUCAAUGAUUCUUUAGCUGUUAUUCCUGCAUUGCAGGGGAUUGAACUAGAUGAUCCUUUGGGUCUUCUUCCAACUCUACAAUUCUAUGAUUCCAUGAAUUGUUCCAACCAGUGGUGCAUGGUCAGUAGACAUGGGCAACUAGGCUAAUUCCCUUAAUGUUCCCAGUAAGUUUUAAAGCCUGGUGCCUCCUUCCCAAAGCCCAGGAAGCUUCUGACUGGCUUAAGGAGAGAGGCAUGAUGCUAAUGCAUGUGACGUCAAGGACGUCAAGCACGCUACGUUCCCCCCCCCCAUCGCCAUCGCAAGCACUAACCUCUGGCGCUAACUGUUCCCCUACGAAAAAUUUCAUUGAAUACCACUGGUUCCAACUGACAGUUUCUACUUCUGAUGUGAUGUGUUUGUACUGGGAGGAAGUUCCUAGUCCUCAUGUGCAUGUACAAGGAUAUGCAUAUGCAAAAUCACAGCUUCGCAUUAAUCAUAUGAUGAUACCCAGGACUAUACUUGAGGCUUGUGGGAGGAGAUUGGAAACUCACAGAAUCCCUCAACCGCAGCAAUUGUAAAAGCUAACCUGUCCCUUGUCAUUCAAGUAGGCUUCCAUCUAUGCCACAAAGGCAUCCCUUCAAUUAUCCCCCUGCUGCGCCCAUCUCAAUAAUGUAAAAUUUUCCACUCCAGAGAACCUAGCUUCAAACAGGUUCUAUUCAGAUAUUGUAACUAACUGCUAACUCACCUGAGGCUCCAAGUUAAUGAUUCCUCAUAAAUCUAGACUUGCAAAAAGGCCAUACAGUAUCUGUGUUUGGUGCCCAAACAGCCGUGUUUGGUGCCCAAAAGCACACUUAGUGGUACAGGGAUCUUGCUCUAAACAUGGUUGCCAAACAUUGAGCAAUCCCCUCUAUAACACCAGGACAAGAAACACUCAUCAUUUCAGCACUGGAUAUCCUUCACCUGAAAUUCAAAGCAGAAAUGAGUUAGGACACUAAAAUUACUUUUAAAAAAUGUUCUUCCUGAGCAAUUUUAUUUUUAAGACUACAGUCACAAUUCUUCUGGGUAAGAACUGAUGGAAUGCAAUUAAUUCUCAAACCACCACCAAAAACUCUCUUGCAGCUUCCACUAUAAUGCUUUUCCUCCUUGACAUUAUCGUGGCAUACGUGUCUCAAGGGGAUGCCAUUUAUGGGUGGGAAACACCCAUCAUUCUUAAUUAUUUGACAGGUGGUCACACCUCUGAUUCUUCCACACAGCAAGCAUUGAGAAUGGUGGUUUGUGCUCCAGAGAAAUAGGAACAUAGGAAAAUGAUUUACACCACCAGACCAUCAGUCUAUCUAGCUCACAAUUUUCUACACUGACUAACAGGGGUUCUCCAGGGUGUCAGAAAGGACAUUCCCAGCCCCACCUGUAGAUGCCAGGGAUUUAACCUGGGACCUUCUGCAUAAAUAACCCACAAAAGAGGAGUGAUACUACUAUGGAAAGUGCAACAACCAUGUCACAUUACAUUCUUCUUUGAGGGAUUGCUUCUCAGACCUCACUGUAUAUUAGCCUUUAAAGCCAUUAUAUUGUUAAUGCUCCCAGAUCAUAUUUUGCAUUGCCUUUAUUUAUUUACUAUUUUAUCUAUUAUUAUUACAAUUAUAUUGGAUUGAACACUGUGUUUAUUUAUGUGUGCAUGGUCACUGAUUGCUUCUAGCUAUUUAAAGCCUCUGCUUUUAUAGAUUGGAUGUGUAGCAGAGGAUUCAGUCCAAUAUUUUGUACAAAUUGAUAGGGUUUGGGCACUGGUGCCAAGGAUUCUUCACAACAGGAGGUUGAAGGAAAAAGUGAUCAUCUGUGCGGCAGUAGCAUCUGCUCCAGCCCCUCUGGCAUCCUUUUUGGGAAGGAAAAUAGAGAAGAAUAAGCAAUUGCAGGCCGCAAAAUGAAGUUAGCUAAACACGCAUAAAAUUCAAGUGUGCUAAUACUAAUGAGUUUUAUGGUCAAAUUUCCUAAACUCUAAUUACAAUCCCAGCAAGAGAGUAACAAGUUAGGCACAGCAGGUAGUAUCCACAAAGCUGCUGAUGACUUUGCUAAUCCCACAUUCCUCUCAAAAUAAAAUAAUAAAAUUAUAAAAUGAUAAACGUUAAAUGUAGCUGGCUUAUCUUUCGGAAGUCAUUAUAAUGAAAUUGUCCAGUGGUGAGAAACACCUGUAUUAAAUGCUUGGAAAAUUCAGUUUUCCAUAAUUCAACAUUCAGAUUUUGACACACACACACACACACACACACACACACACAAUGUUGAAUUGCUAAAAUGCUUACACGGGUUAUACAAUCAACCAUCUCUUUCAAAAUUAUUGUUUGCGAUUGUGUGUGUGUGCAUGGACUUGGGCAGAAAAUUAUUUUUGGUGGGCACAGAAUGGACACAGUUCAUUUUUGAGUUGGUGAAAUAUUCAUGCACAAGAAUGAUUGCAAAACCCACAAUGCAAAAUGAAAUCCAUCUGUUAGGAUUUGUGCACCUUUUGUUCCUUAACAUCACUGAACAUGCAUUUAGCACCCAGAACAUACACACAGGCUUUCUGGUGCCACAAGUUUCAUGAACCCAAGACAUUAUUGGGGACAAGUUUUCCAUUCAUUAUGUACCAGCUUCAUUAUUUACCUAAAAAUUUCUACUCCACAUUUCCAAAAAAUAUCACAAGAUGCAAUGGUUGGACAAACAUGAUUCUGCUUUCAUGUCCAUGUGAGCAAUAUGACAUACCCCUGUAGGUUUUUUUUUUAUUACAUAUGUAAUGGCUGCUUUUGAGCCCAUACAUUUUUCAGACGAAAGCUUGACAUGUACAUAAUCACUACGAUUUUAAGUGAUUCUUCAUCCUUCCUGCAGCCCCCACAUCUAGAACUCUGCUUCAGAUGGUUGGAGUAGCUGAAAAUUGCUUCCCUCCCCAUUAUACCGAAGGAAGCCUUACCACCAGCUGAGUGACACCAUUGGAUUGAACCCCAUUUUUACACAAUGUAGCCUGAGCUCAGAAGAUGAGUGAAACUCCCUACUGAUAAUGCCAUGGUGCUGAUCAAAAGGAACUGCAUGGGAGCUUUGGCCUCUUCGGUGUGUGUACUAAGAGUGGGAGCGUGCUGCCUGCCAAUGUGCUUGUGUAUCUCUAGAAAGUUCCAAAAUGAUUCCCAGUGCAGGGGCAGAAGCCAUGCAUGUCUGCAGAGAUGACUACUUGAAGAACCAGUGGUAAACAACCACGGUUUUAAGAGCCUCUUUUACUUUACUCUUAGCAAUGCAUGUAUGUCAGCCAGUGCUCAUUCUCUUCUGAGGCCUCAGCCUUGCCAAAAUCUCCCCCUAGGUGUAUGUGUUGGGAACCUUUCAAUAGGCUGAGCAUUUGUAUUGGGGUGUUUUAUGGAUAGUAGGUUUGUUGGCAAAAUUUAAUAUUUUGAAAUUUGUGUAAGCUAAAGCUCUGGCCUCAAACUGAUCCCAGCAUUGUUCAGUUAAGCAACAUGAUUAGUAAUGGCUAUAAAAUUUGCUUUAAGUCCUUAGGUCAUAUAAUCAGGAAAGUUAUUAAAAAUUUAAUACACUGCCUUUCUAACAAGUAUACAUGUUGACUUAGGUGGCUGCCGUUUAUACUAAAAUAUUCUCUCUGUUGCUUCCUGGCACUUCUCAGAAGCAUAUAAACAGUUCUGAAGCAUCAUAAUAAUAUUUAUUGAUAUAUAUUUUAUAUAGUGAGCUUACUGUAUCAUUAUUAAAGAAUCAUUAGCUGAGACUCAGCUGGUCAGAACUGGGCCUAAAUCCAAUUCAAAUCAAGCAUAUUUUCCUCAUGGAUGUUUUCAAUAUUGGGACUGAAAUUACUUUUAAAACUCCAGUGUGCUUUAUCAGUUUCAUACUCUGUACAGAAUAAAUCAAGUAGCUGCCUGAUAUUCUGUAACAUUUUAUUAGCAGGUAGUAUGGUAUUGUCCCUUCUUGGUAUGCAAUCCAGCUAUAAACAGUGGUUUAUGGAAUAUUGGGACAAACAAUCACAACUCCCCAUUGAAUGCAGCAAUCAUGGUUGUAAAAGAAAGCCCAAAUGUUGCCAUACAUUUGCCCUGCAGAAUACAUGUGUAAGUGUUUCCUUAAAUAAACCAAAGGCUAGGUGUUACAAUUACCAAAUUGGACCAUUUUAUGAAAAUAAUAGGCCCAAUCCUCGUUACUCAUAAAACAGAUAACCCGAAGAGAGCAUUGGGCAGCAGGACUAAAUUUCAGAAGGGUUGAUUUGAAUUGGGUGUGCCACUCCAGUAAAGUAAUAAUGUUAAAACUCAGGGAAUGAAGAGCAAGUAUCUCUUGCAACUUUGAUAGUUCAUAUUGGUUCAUAUUAUGGAAGGACAUCCUUUUGAGAUUCUCCCUAUGAUACCAAAACCACCCAAAUAUCUUAUUAUCCUUUCAACACUGGGAAAUUAAUCUGGUGUCAAUUUUUUUUUUUUGCAUUCAGAAUUCUAUAAGAAAAAAAAUAUAUUUCUGACACUUAGGCAGAAAAAUAAUUAUUUCCCUGAUAGAGAGUUUUGAUUUACAGCGUAAUAAUUUUUACUGAUACAGUUUAAAAGUCUUUAUUGAUCACAGCACAAGCUAAGCAGAUUAGCCAGAGCAGGAUGAAAAAGAUCUCAUGAAACAUGUUUUUGGUGGAACCAACCUUUUAUCUACCAGAUGCCUUCUAUAAAUGAAUCAAAAUCUGACAAAUGUUCAGAAAGCAAAGAUAAUAGUAAAUUAAGGGAGCAGAAAGGUCAAAUUAUAUUACAGAAGAAAACUUAAUUAUUUUUAAGCUCUCCCAAAGACAGUGCAGGCCACUAUAUUGCAUAUCUUCUUAAAUAAUAGAAUCUGGGCAUCUCAAUUAGACACAAGAACAGAGUAAGGCCACUGAAUGUCAUCACCCACUUACAUUCAGAAGCAAGGAUAUUGAGAGACAGCGGCUGCCAUACCAGUAUACCUUGCAAUGUGAAGUGUGAUAAUAUAAUAUAAUAUAAUAUAAUAUAAUAUAAUAUAAUAUAAUAUAAUAUAAUAUAAUAUAAUAUAAUAUAAUAUAUAAUAUAAUAUAAUAUAAUUAUAAUAUAAUAUAAUAUAAUAUAAUAUAAUAUAAAAUAUAAUAUAAUAUAAUAUAAUAUAAUAUAAUAUAAUAAUAUAUAUAAACUUGAACAUUCACAUCAUGCUGCACUUCCACCAGCCACAUCCAUAACACAGCUAAUCCCCAGCCAACCAUCUGUUGCAAAGCAAAUGCCUAGUUCCAGGCAGCAAUUGUAUACCCAAGGGGUUGAAGAUGGUUGAUGAAGGACCCUGAGUAUGAUACAGGGAAAUGUUGGUCUCCCACCCAGGGUGAAAGGGUUGAAGGGGAAAGGAAAGAUCCCAAGGGAGAACUGAUAGGGGCUACUACCUUCUGUGGGUGGUAAGGGUUAAGAACUACCUUUAAGAGAGGACUCUGUAUUUUUCUUAUUUUUUGUACUUUUUGUAGUUGUUUUGGUUUUAUUAAACUUUAAUAAAAAUGCAGGGAUCUCAACUAAAGCAUACUUGACAGAUGGCCAUCCUGUUAAAGGAUGGACCCUAGCCAGGAAUAAAAGUAGAAACCCUGUUUAAAAACAGACUUUCUAAGGUACUAAAGAUGUUCAAAUCCCUUCUCAUGAAUGAUUAUUCUCUACACAUCAAGAGUAAUUUGCUAUAUUCUUUGCUCAGAAAUAAUUGGGGGUUCUUGUUUCACCUCCUGCUGUGAGUAUGAGUAUGACUCCCAUUAGGGAGUCUGGUAAUCAGAUUAGGCAAGGAGAUUUUUUUUAUAAAUCCAAAAGAUUCUAAAUUUGAUUUUACCACCAAACAACUGACACUCAGUUAUGCUCUCCAUACUGUUUGAUUGGAUAACAAGCAAAGACAUUUGGAGAUACUGAUAAACAUAUCCUCUAUGGGCACAUUUAAAUAUGUGUUUCUUCAUCGGCCAGCAGGAACUAUAAAUCUUUCAAGGCAAAUCAUUGCUCUUUUUCUAGAGACUCCUUUCUGUGCUUUUUGCUUGGCACUGAUGCACUUUUAUUUCUGAGGAAAGAGGAAAUUUGCAUGAACCUACAGGAAGGAGACCUUGUAGAAUCACCUUUCCAGAAAGAAUGAAAAAGUAGUUUUUAUUCUUGCUGCUAAAGCAGCACAACACUGGGAACAGAUUAUCCUGUUUCUGUUGAAUGCAUGAAGGAAGAAGGGAUAUAUUCUUUCAUUUCUCCCUUUUUUAAAAAAUUAUUUUAAUUAUUAAAUAGAUGUAUGUCCUACUGCUACUAACAUGAGUUUGACCAAACUGCGGGAGGCAGUGGAAGACAGGAGUGCCUGGCAUCCUCUGGUCGGACAUGACUAAACGACUAAACAACAACAACAAUAACAUGUUCUACCACAAAGAUGCAGAGACAAAGAGACACAUGGUUAAAAAUGACAGAGAAUCAAAAGGGUAGUUUGGACUAAGGUAAAAGGUAAAGGACCCCUGGAUGGUUAAGUCCAGUCAAAGGCGACUAUGGGGUGUGACAGUAGGCUCACUUUUCAGGCCAAGGGAGCUGGCAUUUGUGCACAGACGGGUUUCUGGGUCAUGUGGCCAGCAUGACUAAACUGCUACUGGGACACGGAGGACCAUGAUGAGUGCCACAGCACACAGAAACUCCGUUUACCUUCCCACCACAGUGGUACCUAUUUAUCUAUUUGCACUGGUAUGCUUUCAAACUGCUAAGUUGGAAGCUGAGACAGAGCAAUAGGAGCUUACCUGGUUGCGCGGAUUCGAACUGCUGACUUUCUGAUCAGCAAGCCCAAGAGGCUCAGUGGUUUAGACCAGGCAUUAGCUAGCUUUGUUCAUGUUCGUUAAAUAUGCUAAUCUCAUGUUGCUUUUAUUCUUAUUCCACCUGUCUGACAAGUACUCCAAGCAGCUUUUGAAAAAUUAUUUUAAGAGUUAGUAGAAGUCCUCUCAUCAGACUGGUAUGUUGGGGAGCACACAGCCCUUAAAACAGGCAGGUAGGGAAAUAAUUUACAAUGAUUUUUCAUUAUAGUAAAAUGGCAAGCUAGUUAGAGAAAAGACAUUUGGAUCUCUUGCAACAGAGUAACAACAACUUCAAUUCCAUUGCACAAUUAAAUUAUUGUAUUGAAAGGCUGUCAGAAUACACACAAAGGCGGUUUUGUUUUUACGUUUGUAAAUGUAUGCUUUCAAGUGACCAUUAUAAUCCUUGUCCUCUGACUUGUGAAGCUUUGCCUUAAACCAGAUGAACCAGAAGGCUCUGGCACACAGACAACAAGAGCAGAGGAUGUCCAACUGGCUACCACUGUUCUUUUCUGAUUCUAUGAAAAAGGAAGCAGCUGGAAGAGAGAUUUUUGGUUAAUUUUAGUUCUCGGUGCUGAGACUGCAAACUAGAUAAUAUCCCAAGAGUAACUUGCAGUAGCAGGGAGGAAAAAGGUCCUUGGGGCCAGCUGUGGAUACAUCUUUAGAAACGAUUUUAAAUACAAUGCAAAAGCUGGAACCGAAAAUAGACUCAUUUGGUACUUGUUUGGUAUCAUUAGAAUGCCAAAUGGAGGAAAUAAAUUAUGCUUUCACAGCUGUUAUAAAAUGAAGGGUUUCAACAGGAGUUUCUAAUCUAAGAAAAAACCAAAACAAAAAUGGACAUCUAUCCAAGCAGUAUUUGGUGGUUUUUGUCCUUCUGGGGCAUCAGUGAUGAGCACAAUGAGAUGCUGAAAAACCCUAUGCCCAUUUCACCGCUUCAUAAAAGAUUCAGUGGGUUGGCUAUAUUAUCUGAUUGACUGUCAUAUGGAGAAAACAUUUCCUGAAAAGUAAAAUCAUUAUUUUGGGGUUAAAGUGGGAAUAUCUUCCACUGUAGUGCAUAAUCUUGCUUGCUUGAGUCCUAUACAGCUUCAUUCUGUGCAUGCUUACUCAGAAGUGCAUCCCAGUGUGGAGUUCAGUAGAGCUUAGUCCAAGUACAUGUGCAGGGGCUCCUUAGAGCUAUUUCUCUGCAAGGCAUUUUCCAGUUUUAUAUCUUUUCUGAUAUCAUUAUUUUUUAUUUUCAGAGACAUGUGAGGAAAAUAAAGAUUUUAGGUGAGAACAGAAGGGCAUUGCACUAAGCAGCUAUGGAAUUAUCGGAUUAUGAUCCUGCAAACGUUAAGCACCGUUAAAUUCCAUUGAUUAAAUAGGAAUGUGCUUAAUCUUUUUUGUUGAAAACAAUGGGAUUAAAAAGAAUGUAACUUUGGCUGGAUUCUGCCCCUAGUCUUUACAUUGGUAAAAUCUCCAAAUUGUGUCCAGGGUCCAUUUUUCUUCUCAGGACCCAGUAAAGAAGUAAUAGUGUUUCUCUCAUUCUCUGGAUGAGUGUGUGUAUGCAUUCAUGAGUUGCCUCAAUAUACUUUCCCUUGAUCAUCAAUUUUGGCUUGUAUAAGUACAGAAAGACUAGCACAUUUUGCACUUGAUAGAGACUUGUGGGCUAAGGAGGAGAAGUGUUGGGUAGUCAACAACUGUGGCUGCCAAGUAUGUUUAGCCGAAAGGAUCAAUCAAAAGAAAAAGGCAUUGAUUCUCUCUCUCUCUCUAUAAUUGAAUGGAUAGACCAAAGAGCCCAUUAACAGAAUUUUGAGAUACAAGAAGAUGUAUUUUAUCUCUUAACUAACGGCUGCUUUGGGUGCACUGGGGUGUAACUUUGGUCUAUAGUUUUCUUCCCAUUGCUGUUAGGUAGAAUUAUCAUUAUUAUCUGCAUCUAUCUAAUCACUGUAUCUGUAAACCCAUUAAAGUAAUCCACUAUGUAGCUUUGAGAGUAACUGUCUAAUAGUGGCACUAUGCAGUAUUUUUGCAGUGCUGAGACAAGCACUAGGAAUAGUCAGCACAAUUGUUUAUAGUUCUUUAAGUCUCUCUCACUCUCAUUGUGUGUGGCUUUCUCUGAUAGAUAACAUAUUGCCAAUCUUCUUUUUAAAAAGUAAAGAGCAUAAUCUCGAAUAUGAUUAGUUUGAUCAGCUGGAUCAAGCAGAAAUAAAACAUCAACCAGGAUAUAAAGUUAGCAUGGAUUCACUCAUAUCAGACAAAUCUUAUAUCCUUUUUUUGGGGGGGGGGGAUAAUUGAAUUUCUGAACAAGGAAGACUGAAGUAGAUCUAGUUUAUCUGAAAUUCAGUGAAGUGCUUGUUGCUGGACUCAAUAAGAUAGGAGACAUGAAACAGGGUUAUCUAUGUCCUUAACAGGAUCUGCAAUGUGCAAUAUUUGAAGUCUAUAACUUUCCAACUCAAUGUAGAAAUUCUGCUUAGGUAAAAAAUGUUUCAAAAAGACAGGUGAUAAACCCUCAUGUAGCAUAGGAAGCCAAAUCUCUGAAUGUCCACAAGGUUAAUUUUUCACUGGACAUGGUACAAUAAGAAGGAACAAAAAUGGUAGAAGCUCCAUAUUACAUGUAUUAUUAAAAUAUUUGAAAUGGCUCUUAUUAAUCUAAGAAGAUAACAAUGCUGAAAGGUCACAUGCACCAAUCCUGGCCUGAAGCCCAGAAAGGGUUCCCUCUCACCAGUAAUGCCCCAUGGAGGUGGUAGAAGCUUUUAGCACCUCCAGCUUUUAUUGUGCAGAUUCAGGGGAGUAAGUAACUUCACUGUCUCAAUAUUGUGAUUUGCAAUAAUUUCUGCUUAUUGCUUCCUUAAGAUUUCAGAUCCCAUUUCAGGAACUUUUCAACACUGUAGGCAUUUGUUCCUAUUAUUUUCUUCCCCUCUUAUACAAUUGAAAUCAUUGGGUUUUAAGAGAACCUAAGUCUGUGAUGGACUCUGAUGCCUCUCUCUAGCUUCAGAAUAGUUAUAGUGAAAUAGAAUAAUAGGAUAUACUUGACAGAAGUGACUAUCUUGAUUUGUUGGGAGGUGGGAUUGGACACUUUAUGAGGAUACAUAGAAACCAGGAUUCAGGACCAAGAACAGCUCCCUCUCCGUUUCACAUCUUCUGCUUGCUUGUUGCUAAGAUGCUAACCCAAAUGACACUUUAUCUUGCUUGGGUAUUGUUGGGACUUCUGAUAUAUUUGCUAAUCCAAAAAAGUUCCCUUCUCUGUGUGAGGUGCAGAGGUUCAGCAAUGGCCUUUACAUGCUCUGUUUAUCUAAUUGCCUCUUUUCAGCCUAAUGAAGUCAGGACAGCAAGGAAGGCGAGGGAGAUAUUCUAAGUGUCUGUUCCUCAAUUCAGGAAUUCCCUUCCCACCCAGAGGCACCAAAGUCCUCUUCAGGCAUUCAGAAUAAUGCCUGUAGGGGAGCACUACCCCCAGUGUCCCCAUGUGCAGUGUUCCUGCCCUCUCCUGACACUUUGUGCAUUGAGCACAAAGAUCUGCAGGGAGAUUCUGUGUCCAGCUGAAUGCAAUUAGAAUCCUUUGCUUGAUCAGGAACCCUGAUUACUGAAGUGAGCUUUGAAGAGGGUGUUAAUAACCCAUGAUAUAGCUAAGAGAUGAGAGUCAAUGACAUACACAAAAAUCACUCUAGAGAGAUUUCUGAAGGAGAUGAAUUCCACUUUUUGGUACUCAUAUUAGCUAUUUGCCUUCAUCAAAAUUUAGUUUCACAUAGCUGGAAUUGCUUGUUAUAAGGCUCCAUUAAAAUGACUAUGCAGUUAAUCUUACAUGCUGUUUUUCUCUGUAGCAGAGUGACACCCUACAAACCGGUAAAAAAAAUGCAAAGUGCAAUAUUAAAAUUAGUGAGUAGGAAUUGGUGAUGGGAGCAUUGAAGAUCAUUGCAAAAUGUGAAGUCAUCCCAUUAGCACAAGGACAUCCACCUGCACAACAUGAUUUCUUCUCCCUUUCUUUUCUCUGCACUCUGUGUCCUGCCCCCACCAGCUUUGGAGAGUUGGAGGAAAUCCCAGGGCUUGGUUGGGUGUGCGAAGUGCAAGAAGGGGAGAGGGAGAGAAAAGGUGGAUGUCCCUGUGCUAACAGGACAACUUUGUUGGAUGCAUUCCUGUGUAUUUUAUGAAAGGUAAAAGGUAAAGGUACCCCUGCCCAUACAGGCCAGUCUUGACAGACUCUAGGAUUGUGCGCUCAUCUCACUCUAGAGGCCGGGAGCCAGCGCUGUCCGCAGACACUUCUGGGUCAUGUGGCCAGCGUGAGAAGCUGCAUCUGGCGAGCCAGCGCAGCACACGGAACGCCGUUUACCUUCCCGCUGGUAAGCGGUCCCUAUUUAUCUACUUGCACCCGGGGGUGCUUUCGAACUGCUAGGUUGGCAGGCGCUGGGACCGAACGACGGGAGCGCAUCCCGCUGCGGGGAUUCGAACCGCCGACCAUGCAAUCGGCAAGUCCUAGGCGCUGAGGUUUUACCCACAGCGCCACCCGCGUCCCAUUUUAUGAAAACAUACACACAAUAAGUAACAUUUUAAUGUAGACAUUUGCAUAUUCUUUGAACUAAUCAGCACAGAUUGGAUGGAACAGACCUAUGAUUGAGCGCAAGUGAGACUGAAACAUGACAGAAUUAGUUGUGCUGUUUGCAAUCCAAUUUUGUCUCUCUUCAGCCCUGCACUUGUGGAUGAGGUAUUAAUACAAUAUAUCUUUAGCUGAAGUGUAUGAGUAGAGGGUGUGUGGAAAUUAAAAGGGAUAGUCUCCAUUCUAUCAGAAGCAUGCAGAAGUGUAUGAGUAGAGGGUGUGUGGAAAUUAAAAGGGAUAGUCUCCAUUCUAUCAGAAGCAUGCACAGCCUGAGGAUACAGAGUUUCUCAGGGAGCUAAGGAGAAAAGCUACUCUGAGAUGUUGUUAAAAUAUUGGCAGUGAUUCAUCACCGCAAGCAUUUUAGUUAGGGCUGAAUUUAACGGGCAGAUUGCAGAGUUCUGCUACCUUCUGAAUAUAUUUUGUUUCCCUCCUGACUCUUUCUUGAGAGCUUACAUGCUGCUCAGCUUCUCCUGCUGCUUUUAAUCUCCCACUGACAAAUGUGUGUGUGAUUAGGAUCGACAUAAUGGGAGUCAAGGCACACCACUCGGGCAUUACUCAGGCUCCUACAGACAAGAGCUGUAAAACUCAGGCUGGUGUCUGUUUGUGGGUAGGUUUUCAUUCUUUGAGACAUGAAUUUUCCCAUUUUGGGGGCUAGAUGAAGGGCAGCAGACUAGUCUAUCUCCUUCAGAACUACAUUAUAUAUAAUUAUGUUCUGAGGUCAGAAGUAUGCAUGAAUGUGAUGAUAUCCUCCUGAACUGAAUUACAAAAUUGUUGCCUACAGCUGAGGUUAGCUGGGAGUGGGCUUUCCCCCCUUCUGGGUGUUUUAUGGAUAAACAGCAGCCAAGACAUGCAAGUGAGAAUCCUGCAAAGAAAACAGGCUGCAUUUAGUUAGCUGAAUUUGGCACAAGUAUCCAAUAAUUGCUCUGUGCCUGGAUUAUGAGUGGGGGCCUUUGCUACUUGAUUACUUCAGUGAAGGAAGAUAUGGAUCAACAUGGGAUAGCUCUGAACAUUGAAGUAACAUGCACUUAUAGUAGAAAGCAUGGUAUCUUAGGAAUGGGCCAUGGUCUGCUGGCAUUAAGACGGGUUCUGAUUCCUCAUCCGCUUAAGAAAUAUUAAUGUGCUAUGAAUGUCCUUAUUGAUUUCCCUGACUCAUCUUGACCUAAAAUAUAGAAUUAAUACAUAUUUAUGCAGUUUCUUAUUGGUAGCUAGCCAAGUUGAGAGUUUUCUUGUUAGCGAGGUGGAAUUAAAAACAAAGGUUUUUUUAUAACACAAAUACGGAGCAAAAUUCAACACAGAGCUAAGGAUAUUGCUCCCCUCUCCUUCCCCUGUGAGCUGUUUUGCAAGUUCUCCCAAACCCCCACCCAGCCAAUUUGUCGGGGUGCAGGGUAUGUGUAGAGGGAGAAGAGUGGGGAAGCCACAUUGCAUUAGCUGAAGUCCUGGCGCUGGCUUUUGCCAGCAAGAGCAGUUAAUUGAAUCUGGCCCCAAUCCCCACCACCACCAGAGCUGGGGUAGCUAGCCUGGUGCCUUCAGAGGUCUUUGAGUACAACUCCCAUUAGCGCCAGACAGGAUGGCUAAUUAGUAUUGAAAUAUAAUGGAAUUUGUAGUCCACAACUUCUGGAGGGCACCAGUUUGGCUACUCCUACCCUAGAAGAAUACUCAGAUUUGAUUACAUUCAUCAGCCUAUUGGCAUGUGUCCUUUAUUUUCCCAUUGUACCAUCAGUUACAAACUAUGUUGGUCUCUCAGAAUAAAGAUUCAUGCUGCUCAUGUUGAACAGAAUAACAUCACAGUGCUGCUUGCAGACAAUGCCAAAAAUCAGCCAUUUACACAUUCCACUGAGCCAGCAACAACUCUCAGAGAGUAAAGCAAAUGUAAUUUCAUUGUCAUCGCCGGAUAUUCUUUCAGCAAUAGGUUUCUUCCCAGUAUGUAGACAGUUCUGACUGAUAAUCUUGAGUGUUGGGAACUGGAGAAUAAUAUAAAGUACAACACCAUGUACUAUCUAGAAGAGAUACUGGUAAAAGUAAUCUAUUUGACACACAAGAGAUACACAUUGAUACAUAUCAAUGAAGAAUUGCAGGAUUAAAAAGGGGUGGUGGUGAAUGCAUCUCUUAUCAGCUGUUACUGGAGUCCUUUCUGAUAUUUUUACAGGGAGAAGGCAGGAUCCACAGGGUUCUGUUAAUUAUGGAAUAUUGAGGAAUAAUGAAAAGAAGAUUCUUAAAUAGCUUUUGGGGGGUGGGUGUUUCAUGCCUUGUUUAUUGACAGAACAUACAGGGGACCUGGCUCCUGGAUUUUUUUUCCAGAAAAGUACACUGUAGCAAUGAUGGCAUGCUAAACCCAGACAAACUGUGAAGCAUGUCUAUUCUCCUGCAUUAGUACUAACCUCAUUUUUUUAAAAAAAUCAAUGCAAAAGUGGUUAAGGAUUUAUUUUCUCUGUUGCAAUGCAGGCUAUUGCAUCAAUGCUAUUGAAAAAAAUAAAACACUUGCUGUAUUAGUUAUUUGCUAUUUUUACAAAAGAGAAUUUUAUAGCAACUUACAGGGAUAAAAAUUCAAAGAAAUACAAUACGGAUAGACGAAGUUAUGGUUCUAAAUAAGUAAGUAAAUAAAUAAAUAAAUAAAUAAAUAAAUAAAUAAAUAAAUGCAGCAUAAUCAAAUAACUAUCUUUGUCUGUGAAAGUUUCUCUAUUUCAAAUUUGAAUUAUUCAGCUAUUGAUACUAGUAAGGAUAUAUUCCAUGACUAUUGAGUUAAGCACAUAAAAUAUUGUGUGAAGUCCAACUUCAUUAAGAGAUCCUUAUGGAUAUUCUUGCGUAAAUGGAGAGUUGUUGGCUGUCUGUUUGUCUGUUUGUCUGCCUGUCUCUCUCUCUUUUGCUGGCCAUGCCCCCUACUGGUCACACAUUUGGCACGAGAAUAAGUCCUCUGCAUAAAGAGCAGCUCUAACGACUAUGUGAAUCAGGAUCCUGGGCCACUCAAGAUUCCUCCUUUGCAUGGAAGCACUCUAUGCAUGGGUGGGGGUGGGGGAAUCCUGCCCUGAAAACGCCUGCUUCUUAUAUCUGAGUUAUUACAGAAGAGUAUACAGUACUGUCACCCUAACCAAAAGGUAGAAAUUGUACUCCAGAUCCGAACCCCCUUAAACAAUAGACCUGAGUUAUUUAACAAAUGUUUACAAUCUCAGGAUAUGCAGUUAAUGGAGAAGCACUUCCAUAAAGAGAUUCAAAGGGCUAUCUUAAUGCUGGCUCACAGAUGUAUUUAUAUCACUUGAUUAUCACCACUGGUUUGCUCACCUCUUGAUGCUUUUUACCUUAACGUGUGAACUGGCUUCAUGGUGAAAAGCAUUGCAUUUCAUGUGGUUUGAAUAGAUUCUUUCCUAUUUGAUUUGUUAUGAUUCAUUUAUACACACAAGCAACCCCUUAAUGAAGAUGCAGGGAACAUGCAUAUGUGAAGUAGCUCUUUGACAAUGAGCUGUAGUUUGUUAAGGGUUGCAUGGAAUUGUUACUCCAUAAGGGGUAAACUAUAGUUCCUAGAAUUCUUCGAGAAAUGUGCUUUAAAUGUAUAGUGUAUGUGCAGCCUCAGCAUCUGUCUGUUUUGAGAAACAAUGGUGUGCGCCUUUGGGGGUGCACUGUGUUAGCAGCACUGAAGUGACCUUCCUGGUGCACAAGCCUGGGCAGUGUGUAUGGAGGUCCUGGGCUGUCCAGUCAACAAGACCCCCCUCUCAGACUCACUGAUGUGGUCCAAAGGAAAGCUUAUAUUCAUUUAGCACCAGCGUGGCUGCAGGAGUUGCUGGAAGGAAGCAUGCAAGGCACCACCCAACCUCUUUAGGGACUUCACUCUGGAUUUGUGUAGGAUUUACUCCUUGGCCUUUUCUUCUCCUAAAGAUACCCCACAAGGCAGUGGAGGCUCAGAGUUUUCCUUCUCCUAGAUGGGCUACCAUCCCAAGAUUAACAAACCCCAUCUGCUCCUCACUACCCUCUACAGCAUGUGCAGAAACUGCCUUCAUGACCAUUGGACCCACCAUUGGUCUUGUCUGCACAAUCCACUGGAGCCUGUCUUCACAUGCAUCCAUGACUCACUGAGGCUUUGAGACCCAUUGGCUACUUUCACCAGGUUUAGCUGGCCAGCCUAAGCUAUUCUUGGGGUGUGGCCACUGUCACAUGCUGACAGCUUCUAGGAACCACAAGUGAGAGAUGAGUGCAGGGUGGGAACCAGGGGGACAAACCACCCCUGAAGGAGCAUGACAUGUCCCCCACCCCUAACUACCCAUCCCCUAACACCUAAUACACCCCAGCCUCAGACUAGAGAUGAUUACAUCAUGCAUCUGUUUAUAAUCACUUUUACGCAGUUUUAUUCAUAGUUCCACUCCAUUUUUGCAUUAAACUGCUUUAAAAAAACCUCUCUCUCUUUCUAUACACACACAUACACUUAAACAUGCAUUUAUUUAUUUUUAAAAUACAAAUACAGCUGCAACAUUCAGAGAAGUAUGAAGUCUAGUUGACAGCUGAAUUCCAACCCCCACUUUGGUCUGAGAAGUACAAAUUGAGGCAUUUUGUAGAGCAAUCCUCAAUGAUGAACUUAUUCAAGCAUGCUUGAAUAAGUAGUUGUAGUUGUAGAAUGUAGUUGUAGAAUACUUCAUUUCAAGCUAUUAAAGCCAGCUGAAUUAUUUGUAUGCCCAGACUGUAGGCUAUAUGCUCAGAGGGUCCUAAUAGCCAUUGAUCAUUUGGGUAUUUUUAUUAGUUUAAAACUAAUAAACAAUUCUAAUAAUUAAUAUGCUGAUUCCUUCAUUUUCCUCUUGCUAUUUAAUUUCAUGUACUUUGGGUGGCAGUGGUUGUGUGCAAUUAUUAUUUUUAAGUAUUUUUCUUUCUCUGUUGUUGUGCACAAAAUACAGUUGCCUUCCUGAAACUGUUUUGAAGUUUGAGGAAGACAAUAUCUGGGAAAGACAGGUGGAUCAUUCUUAAUAUAAUUCAAGUCCCCAUUGCUAAGUGUGUGUUGGGGUGGGGGCUUGUGUUUUGAAAGUAAAACACCAGGAGUUAAUUUAUUUGUUUGCUUGAUGUGUUUGCCACUGGAUUUCAUUGAAAUUGAAAUUCAGAGUGAGCCUGGGGCUCUCCGAGUGAAAUGUCUGACGAAUUUUGAAAGAACCCAGAACAAAUUUUCAGAGAAUCAGCACACUUUCCAUGCACUCUACUUCUUGAGAAGGGAUAGAAAGGAGGGAACUUAUUUCUCACUUCAGGGAGUAGAUGGGAGUAUUACAUAGAAGAUCACCAGUACUGUGACUUUAAUCAUAAUUAGUAAUGGAUCAGAUAUUAUCUGUGGUUUCUAAAGGUCUGGGCUGCAUUGUCCUUUACUUAUUGCUAUAGGCCAAAAUCCACUACAAAACUUUGAGCAAAAAAGGUUUCUGGCAGUAAUAAUGAAAAAGUUAAAACACUCCUGUGUUCUGUCAACCCUAUCCCACUUUAGAACUAAUGAUUUACUAAAGAAUUGCAGUUAAAUGAGAAGAUGACUCAGGAAAACAACACAAAUGAAAGUGAUUUGUCCAAUGAUUCUGGACAUUGAUAAGACUUAUGGGGUGAAAUUCAAAGUAGUGCUAAAGAGACUGCUCUGUCAGUACAAGCAUUUCUGCUCCCCUGAUGGAAGAACCUUCUCUAUCCCAAGCCUGUAAAGCUGAUUUUGGAUGUGGUGCUGUGGCAAGAAAAGGAGAGGGGUAAAGCCCCAUUGUGCUAGUAGGACUUGUUGCACUGGCUCCCACUAGCGCAAUUAGUUAGCUGAGUUUGGCCCUUAGCAUAUUGAAGGAGAGCAUGGCUAGCUAAAACCUUGAACAGGAAUGCUCUUGAACAGGAAUGCAGUGUUUUGUUGCAGAUCCCUAAUGAUCAUUGAAAGCGUAGAAACAAUUGAGAACUAUUGAUCUAUUGAUUUAUUGAUGAAUGUGCCAUAGAUCUAAAGGAAGCAAGACAGAGUCUAGCUAGAUACCCAGAACUUUUGAAUAAUAGAAUCAUAGAGUUGGAAGGGACCCUGUGGAUCAUCUAGUCUAACCCCCAGAAAUGCAGGAAUAUGCAUCUGUCCCUUACGGGGACUGAACCCACAACCUUGGUUUUAUCAGCACAAUGCUCUAACCAACUGAACUAUCCGUCUACAAUAUAUAUUUCCAGAUCCACCAUAUGACUCAGAUUUUGCUUCUGAUAAAUUUCUGUAGCACUUUUAUUCAUUUUUCCUCCAAGAAUAGAAUUUUUGCCUGUCUAUGAUUACCGUUUGCUAAUGGUAAAGAUACUGUGCGCAUAUCCUCUUUCUCAUGCACACAGACAGAACAGAACAACUGCAGCCAGCCCGGGAGAGAAAUUGGAGGGGCGGGGGAGAGAAAAAUCUCUAACUGAACCUUCAGUAAAACUUGAAAAUGAUGAAACUAAUGAUUGAGGCUGGAAUACAGCCAAUAUACCCCCAAGCAAACAAUCCUACACAUGCCAAAGGAUAAAAUAAUCCUAACCAGCAUGCCUCAGGGUAAGAGCUUUCAAAGUAUGCAAAGCCCUUUGGGAUUACUCAUCUCUGUUUAAGUGUCAACAUUGUUAUUACCUUCAGGGAGUUAGUAGUCUAUCUCUCAACCACCAUUAGUUUAUGUUAAGCCUUCCUUUUCAAGGUACUGAUUCCGGAAAUAAAUGUUAUAUAAGAGAGAAAUGAUUUUGCAGGUGUCAAUUCUGUUGAUUAAGUGUAAUGGCAGGAAUGUUAGGCUACUUGGCAGUGCAGUACAUGGAGUCCUCAAUUGCCAACAAGACAUUUAUUCACCUGCAUGCUACUUAAUACCCAAACAGCUCAAUACUUAAGCACUCCCCUGGCAGAAAUCCCAAGCAUGAAGUAAAUCAGGGUUGCUUUAGCAGAGAAUUCUGAAGCAGGCUAGACGACGAGUUUCACAAAGGCUAUCCAGGUGCCAUAAAAAUAAUGAAGACUCUAAAAUGUCAGAAGGUUCAUCAGUACCUAUGGUUAAGCCCAACUUGAAAAUGCAACUAUUACAAGAUUUAUUUCACAAAAACUUUCUGUUGUAUACAUUGUGCCACUCAAUCCUUCUCAUGAUUACUUGGAAGCAAGUUCCACUGAGCUAAGUAGGGCUUUCUUGCAGGUAGGUGUCUACUGGACUGCAAUGUUGGGCCAGGUGUUAUUAUUACUCACUUCAUUUCUAUACUGUACUGAUUUUUAUUUUUAAGAAAAAAAUCUCAAAUGAUUUACAGCUUACCUUGAAACAUCAAAUAAAACAAUCCAGAAUAAAACAUUACUGAAGAAAGUCAUAUAUAAAGUAUAUAUUCAAAGCAACAUAAUUAACAGGAAACUAAAAUAGUGCCUUAAAGAUUUCAGAAUAAAACAUUGCAAAGGAGGUCAAAUACAGAAUGCACAUUUAAGGAAGCAAAGUUAACAAAACAAACACUAUAUUAAACAUUUCAGAAGAAAAUGCUACUAAAGGAAGUCAACUAUAAAAUGCACAUUUAAAACAGCAUAAUUAAAGGGUUCUAUGUGCAUGGGCCAGAGUAUUUGAGUCCUCCACUUUUAAAAGCAGAUCAAGUCCCACCUCUUUCCACUGACUAGUAUUCUGGUCCCAAACUUCAGGAAAUUUGGAAGCAUAUUCUGAUUAUGGAUGCUUCCAGGUGACCUGUCCAUUGAGCAUUCAUCCGAAUUUGUUUUGCAGGCAGGUUAGAUGAUGUUGUGUCAUAGAAUUAUAAAAUUGUAGAGUUGGAAGGGACCAUGAGGUUAAUUAAUCCAACCUCCUGCUAUGCAGGCAUCUUUUGCCUAACAUGGGGCUCAAACCCAUGACCCUGAGAUUAAGAGGAUCAUGCCAACCAGCUGAACUAUUUAACAGUUGGUUAAAUAGUCAAGCAAGUAGUGGUUAUGGUGUUGGACUAUGACUACAACCUGGGAGAUCUGGGUUCAAAGUUCAUUCAGCCAUGAAGCUCACUGGGUGACCUUGGUUUAGUCACUGCCUCUCAGCCCAACCUACCACACGGGGUUGUUUCUGAGGAUAAAAUGGGGUAGAGGAGAACCUUGAGCUCCUUGAAUGAAAAGUGGGAUAGAAAUUCAGUAUAUAAACAAGUGAAUUAAAAAUGUUAUCCAGUUCGUUUUCCCUGUCACUUUCCUUAUGGCAAAAAAAUUGAACUUUGGUGUGCAGGACCUCCUGACCAAUUGUAAUUGCACAGCCAGCAUCUGCUGGUAUGUCAUCAAAUGCCACUUGAAAACAGCAACAGUCUGGAAACUCUAAAAGUAGAGAAAAUAUGUCAAGCCUUUAAAUAUGUGCAGAAGCAUUUAAAUCCUAUUUUGGGGUAUGCUCAUUUAUUUAUUCAAUGAGCACUGAAGGUUCCUUUGGGUGGCUAACAAAUCAAAAUAUUAAAAAUCACCAAGGAAGGCCACAUUGCAAUACAUAAUUAUAAAACCAGACAAUAAAAACAAAUAUGCAAGUCAUUGAUAACAGGGCCCAGCAAGAAUAUAACCAUGAUUAUUACAGCAACUUAAAAGCCUCAUCUGAAUUCUUACAGAAGGAAGGUGACACAUAGACUGUUCUCUUAAAUUGUUUCUUUCACUGCAGAAAUUCAAACAAACAGUAUUUUGUUAGUGUCACUUUUGUAUAAUCAUAAUGAGCUCAUGAGCUCACACCAUCACCUUAUACUAUCAAAAUUUUUUAAAAGUGUUGAGCUAUGCAUUUUUCUUAAAUUGAAAGCAGUAUAGCCCAUGGCCACCCUAUACUCCUUUCUAUUGAAACUACCUUCAAGAGAAAGAAUGGCCUCAAUUGCCCUGAAACCUUUUGACUUUCAGCUGUAAAACUCUUGAAGAAUCCAGUAAUCUACAGAUCCAUACAGGGGGGAAUGUGUAGGAAUCCUGUGGCCAUGUGGAACCCAUUAACCUUUCUGUAGGGAAGUUUUGGAAUGUUGUAGGUUAAAUGAGCAAUCAAAGUCUGCCAAGCAAAGAGCAUGUAUACAGCUUCAGGGGUAUCCUGUGAUCAAGACUACUGUAUUAGCUUUUUGCAUGUUCCCAAAGUUCUUCUAGCAGAGAUUUGCGGUUUCCUUCAAACAACCUGACUAUUCAGCAUUCUUCUUGAUUUGCUUACACAAAGUUUAAACACUUUAAUCCACUUCAAUUGCACAAAUGUACAUUUCCAGCUUGCGCUUUAAUUACCCUCUGCAAAAUAGUGACAAUCUGGAGGCACUCUCAAAGAAAAAGACAAAAGUAACUACCAUUUUACAGAUACAGCUGAAAGUUUCCUCCUAGUGCAACUCUAUAAAAAGUUAUCCAGAAGUAAGCCCCACUGAGUUGCAUAUGAUCGCAACCUUAUUUACUCUAUAAUUCUCAAAGUGUACUUCCUUCCCCAUCAAAUAUGACAGGCGGGUGUAGCAAUUCACCUGUCAAUUAACCUGACAUAAUGACAUCUGGUGAUGAUCACUGGGACUUCAAGGCACCAUGCAGGGAUUGCAAAAAAACUCUGUGAAGUGCUCUGAAAGGGCACUGAUCAGCUGAGGCUUGAAAACACCUAUCAGCUGAUAUGCAGUGACCUCAAGCCUGUUUUCAAGUCAGCUGAGCAACCAAGUACCCCUCUGGUGAGCUUAGUUGUGCAGCUGGUCUAGCGGGAUUGGAGUCACCAUCUAUUAGCUAGUAGGUAGUGCCUUCAAGCCUGCUGGAGUUCCCCAGGCCUUGUUUUGGGUAGGGAUCAGCUGUGUGGUACCUCUUAUUGUCAGUCAAAUGAUUAUCAGUGGCAGCAAGCCACUGGCAGCAAGCCACUCGUGCCACAAUUGACAGCACACUUUAAGAGUCCCAGUUGUGUCUUGUGCCUAUCUCUACUUGUCCUACAUCUGAUGUCAGGUGUAAGGCAGCUAUAGAUAGGGGUAAAUGGCCUCACAAGGUAACUGGGAUUUAAUUAGGCAUGCAAGACAGAGGUUCACCCACUCACUGUCUCACACAUACACCCCACCCCCCAGAUAUAGCACCACCAAAUCACAGCUCUUCUGCUUUCGACUGGGAAUAUCCUCUGCUUCCAGACUUCUAAAAGCCUCUAGCCAAGUGAGCCACUCCCCUUUCCCUAGCCCCAAAGGGGUGAUUGGCAUUGCAACCACUGUGGGGGGGGGAAAGGGUUAAUGUGCCCAUCUGUGUUAUGAAAGCUAUCCCUACUGUCCACAUUCGUGUCCUGUUUCUAUGACUUUUUCUCUCUACUCAUCAGCAAUUUUAUCAAACUAGUAAACAUUGUAUGAAGCAUCAGUAAAGCUUGUCAGCUUUUGAACAAGCCCCCGUAGCUGCCUCUUUAAAAAUAGUUUGCCUUCAAUUAGAAGGUGGCAAUAUUUAGUUUCAUACCAAUGAAAGUUUCUCCUGUUUAUUUCUGUAUAUCAGACCUAUGUUCCAGGCACAGGGGCAGGCCAGACCAUUUUACCAGGUCAGUUGGUAAUCCAAGUGGUAAGUAUAUCUGUAAAUUCACAUUAGAGUAUCUUUGUGUCAUAUGAAACUUUCAUUUAAAUAACUUGAUUAUUAACCAUUAUUAAAUCAAAGCAGAUAGUCUCCUUAGGACAAAUGCUGGCUAUAGAAGAGAAGCUACCUAGCAAAGGUGAGGGAUGGUGAGGCUGCAUCUUUAUUUGGAGCCCAGUCCUGUGACUUCUGAGUAAACGUCCUUAGUAUCAGGCUACACAACACACACACAUUACCCAAACAAGUGCUCUUUUAAGAACACACUGGUGACCAAAAUAAACACAAUAACACUUUAUAUUUCCUUUCAAAAGCUGGAAAGCAUUUGCAACCUUACAAGGCAAUUAAAACAAAAAUCUCUCUAGCACUAUCCAGAGUCACUUUAUGCCCGCAGAUUCCAUGACAGCAAACUAAAAACCAAAAGCAAGCAGCUUUUGUGCAUGUACAUAAUAAAGCAGAUAGUCUUUGCUUUCUGUAGGGGGUAAUCUAAUGCAACAGCUUAGAGUGUGCUGCAGGGAGCUGCUAGAUGAGAGCAGCUAAGUUUUAAAGAUUUGUUCUACACAAGAGGACUUAAGAUUUGAAAUAGGGGGAAGUGUUAGGCUCUCUUGCCCCUCAUCCCAAUUUUUGGCAAGGGGUGGCACAACACUGUACAAUGAAUGCAACACAAGGGAGUCUUUAACUCUGCCCUAAUUAGUUUCAAUUUUCUACUUUAAUUCAGGGAGACAAGUUUAGUUUAGACCAGCCAUGUUUGCCCACCUGGGGCAUAAAAUAAAAUACCACAAGCAGAGAUUUGUGCAACUCCUCCCUGACAGCAAUAAACAUAGCAAAAUAACAACACAUUAAACCAUCCGCUGCAGUUUCGUGACAUCCCAGAUCACUUGCCUAAGGGCAGGCUUCCUCAGCCUUGGCCCUCCAGAUGUUUUUGGCCUACAACUCCCAUGAUCCCCAGCUAGCAGGACCAAUGGUCAAGGAUGAUGUGAAUUGUAGUCUCAAAACAUAUGGAGGGCCAAGGUUGAGGAAGCCUGCCUAAGGGUAUGACCAGCCCUCUACUUACAGUCAUCAUUCUAGCCCUACGUUUUGGAUGUUCUUGGACCUUCUGUUGAAACCUGGAAGUAAAGCUGUUACUGCACUAAUAACCUUAUAUAUGUACCUGCCAAAUGGCUUGUGUUAUGCAGACUUUAAAGCAGAGAGCGGGUGGCCUACAUUCUAUUUCCAUGCCCUCUCAGCCCAAAUUAAUGUGGGUUGCAAGGAGAGAGGAGGUGAGGAGGAAGGUGCCCUGCUCACUUUGCUCUGACCUCCUUUCACUGGCUUCAGCCCUGCCCAUUGGUGGUAUGCACUCCCUGACAGACUCUUCCUGCAGGAAUGUGGCCUCAACAGGAGAAAGUUCCCUACCCCCGAUUUAAAAGUAACUAUUCAUUUAUAAAAAAAUAUUCAGAGUAACAAAGAGAAGAAAAGCUUUGUAAGAAAGUCAUCUGCUCCAUUCUACUUUACUGAAUAUAAACUAUAUGCCUACCCACCCAUGUUCACCAUGUUCCAUAUUUUUUACACAAUGUAAAAAGGUCAGAAUGUUACAGAGCACACAGCACUGAACAUCUAGAGCGUAUUUGCUUUCUUCUUUUUUUAAAGAAAAAAAGUUUGAGUAAGAUUUUUCAUGGUCAAGGGACAGAGCCCAAAUUAUGCAGAAUAUAUAAAUAUGCAAUGUUCCAACAUUCAUGUUUAUGUUGCUUCCAGAAUUCAUAUUUUCUUAGCACAGCAUUUGAGUUACUCUGAUGCCAGAGGUUUUUUUUUAAAAAAACACAAAAAACUAUCAUGGGCACCACAAAAUGCCCAUUUCACAGAAGGGAAACCCUGGCAAUGCUCAGAACCUCACCCCUACCCUGCCAAAUAGGCAAAAUACUCCCCCCCCCCAAACACAGACACAGACAAGAAAAGGCAACAUCUUCCUAAAAGCAGCCUAUUUCUCCUCACCAAACAUCCAUCUCAAAGUAAAAAAUGACAAAACAAAAAUUGGUAGGAGUAGGGACCUUUGGUAGAUUAUGGUCUUAUUGUAUUCAGGAUCUCAUAAAGCUACUUUUUCUAAUACAUAAAGAGAGUUAUUACCUUGUUUAAUAACUAAAUGGCAAGUAGAAAUCCAACAGUUGUGGUUUCUACAGCAGAUGCAUGAGAAUAUUCACUUCUGAAAUAUCUGGCAUGCAUUUGUUAAAAGCACCAAACUUCUAAAUAGCCAUUCAAGUUGCAACCUUUCAUUGAAUCCAAAAAGUUAGACCUAUUAUUGAGCUGGAGAUAUUAUGCUGCCCCAGACAGUUUUUCCAUGAAACCUGUAUGAUUUUCGGGGUGUGGGGGCAUGUUAUGUAUCUAACAAAACAACUGGGGAAAUAUUAUAGUAGCUGGGAUGUGAGAAGCCUUCUUCUGUACAUGCCAAGCCAAAACUACUUUGUAAUGCAUUUUGCCAAAACCUGACAAGAUUGUAAAGUUUCUUUUUCCUGCCCCUGUGUCUUUGACAGUAAUCAGAAAAAGCAGGUGAAGCUUUUCUUGAAAUGAUAAGAGCAACUUAACCUGCUUAAUUUAUGAGGUUCUUCCAGAGGAAACGUGGGAUAGAAAUGGCCACUUACCUCUCUCCAUGGUGGCAGUUGCGGCCUCAGUGCCUCGUCUCCCCGUGGAACCUCACCGUUUUUCAGUGGCCGUUGCUGCUGCUCCCUGGCUGCCGCAGACCCACAUGGCAAUCCACCAAGCCCACUAUUCAAAUUGGCCUAUCCAUGGCAGCCUAGAGGGUUUGGGGAGUGGACCUGAGGGACACAGUCUUCUCUCAGGUAUGUUUCCCAGGCGUAAAAGCAAGCCAAGGCUGCAGCGCAGUCAUCCAGGAGCAUCACCUGUGCAAUCCUCCCUUUAGACAUUUAUGUUGUUUCUUUUAAGCUCCUUUUCUUUCCAGCUUAGCGGGCUUUGCUAUGGUCUUUGGACGGUUGCCGUAUUUGGAGCUGGGAAGGAAUUUUCCCUGCACUGCAGGUUUUGCCUUCCCCAUGGCACUAUUCACAACUUUGGUGGUUUAGGCCUUGGGCAGAAUCCUUAGGCUAUCUCCUAACCUUGGGGGGGUGAAGUGGUGACUCACCCCCCUUCCAGCGGCGGCGUUUACAGGGCACCCCAUUAGAGGGGUCUUGAAGGAAGACCAUAGAGCCUGAAGCGGGUGGGGACUGGGCCAUGGAGCUUCCUCAGCACUUAGGAUCAGGCCAUCCAUGUAAACCUGCAUUUUGCGAUGGCCCCUUCUCUUCCCCAAGCAGAUCGUGUUGUGCCUCAGACCCUGCACUACUGGGCUGAGAGGGAUACAUGCCCAGUGCCUAUGCCAAAGAUUUGCCUACCUCUGAAAUCUAUAAAGUUGUGGCCUUUUUAAUCCCAGACAGUUGUGAUGUCCAUUUAUUUAGUCAGUUAGUCAGACUCCCCAGUGGACAGAGACUCUAUGGCUGGGCACACAAUGGAAUGCAUGUGCCACAAUUGAGUUGGGCUACUGAGAAGGACGGUAAGUGGCAACUUGUAUGUUUGGUGUGGAAAUGGAACUCAAAACCACAGCUGUCAACUUUUUCCUUUUUUUAAGGGAAAUUCCCUUAUUCCAAAUAGGAUUCCUCGCAAGAAAAGGGAAAAGUUGACAGCUAUGCUCAAAAGUAGGCAAGAUUUUUCUGAGAAGCGGUCUCUGUCUUCUUAGUCUUUGGGUAGUUAGUUAACUCCUGCUGGCAGAGGCAGCCAACCCUGCAGUGGGCUUCUGAAGUCAAGCUAUUGUUUGUAUACACGGUAAUCUCAGUGAGAGAAAUUUCACUUGCUUUUACUGCAUGCCACUCUGUGGUGGGCACAAAUUCUUCUGCAUGUUGUUAUUUUUUUAAAAUAAAAAAUACCCCUUUUCAUUCAUGAUAAAUCACUUCCCCUGUCUCUGAGAACUAAGUCAGAAAUCAUGAAUGUGAGUUACAGGGAAGAAAUGUGAUGUAUACAAAAAGAUGCACUUUAAACAGCAGCAUUUCAGUGCAGUAGCCAUCCCCCUUUUGACUUUGGCAUUAAUUGCUGCAUUACCCUGUCCUGUAAGUCAGCAAAGCUUGGUAUAUGAGCAAACUCCUCCUCCCUGCUGCUUUCUACAGAGGCUCCCUGUGCACCAAGUACCAUUCGGAUUGGUAAAGCCACAGGGCAUCUUACGGCAUAAAUGUAGGCUGCAUGGUUAAAAUCUUGCUGGGGUGAGCUGUACCUUUAACACAGACUAUACAAACAAGCCUCUACUGCAACCUUUCCCUGAAAGCUUUAGAGAAAAAUCCAUUUCAGCUCGGAGGUGCUGCUGCUACUGCUGCUGCUGCCACUGGAAUCUCAGAUCAGACUUCUGUACCAUCUAAGUUGGAAAGGGACUUUCCUGUCUCUGGACUGAAGGGGAGAGAGAGAGAGAGAGAGAGAGAGAGAGAAGAGCUUCCCUCCUCUUCGGUCAACCAUGAGUGACUGUUCGAAGAGAUGUAAACAUGGAAUUGUUAAAUUUGCCCAAACCAUCUUUAAACUCAUCACAGGGACACUGAACAAAGGUAAUGCAAGGAAUUCUGUCUUCUGUAAACUGUGGGGAAUGGGGAACCGCUGUUGCCAAUUGGGGUUUUUAUUACGGCUGAAAUUAGCCAGGUCCCUUUGGGGAUGUUGUUUCCUAGAGUGAAGUCAUGUGCAGUGAAGGAUGGAAGUGAUGCUGGUUAGCCUUACAUAACUGUUUGUAACUUCGGAGAGGUAGUUGUGGGCUCUGAGACAUUCAGGCUGCAGUGUUUUCAUUCAUGUUUUUUUUGGGGGGGAGGUGUUGGUUCUACAAGCAGGUUUUUGUGCAGUUGUAGGAAGUCACUGCUUGCUAGUGUACACAAAAUAAAAAGGUUUGGCAAAGUGUUCUGCUCUAGUGUCAGAUUAGUAUCUUAAUAGUGUACUUGUUUGAGAAUUCGUCUUGUUGCAAGUGGUAGUGUGUGUCUCUAAAAACCUUUAGUUCUAAAUCUGGGACAUUAGUUAUUGCAGGCAUUGCUUCAAAAGCUAUUAUUCUUGCACGCUUGCAGUAUCUAGAGUGAAGUGUGAAUCAGUUCACUGAAUCUGUUUAUUUUUAGAUGGGUCAAAGCCUUCUCUUUCCUGUUUACCUCCACUUUCUCCUUUCUCUCCCCAGCUACAGAAAUGGGGUGGUCCCUGAAUGUAUGGACAUCAAUGCCUUUUUUCAAAAAUAAUUUUAAAGAGUGAAAUUUUCAUUGGCUGUUUGUCUGAACUUUAGGAACAGGGAAAGUGCUUUAAUUUUCUUAAGUGUCCUGUGCAGUCAGACCUCAACUGCUUCAAAUAUCUAGUUGAGACUUCUCUAAAGUUUAUUGGCUUGAGCCCAUUUUAAAAACAGGAUCACAUGUGUGUUUAAUGCAGCUGUUGAGUCUCAUUAUGGUUACCUGAUGAGUUUAUUUCAAUAAAAGAACAUAAAGCUUUAAAAACACAUUAUGUACAUUAUCAGAAAAAUGAAGGAAUGUUUCUUGAGAAGUUUGAAACCUCAUAUGUACUAUUUUAGUGUUAGUGGUUGUGGCGGAAAUGUGUGUUUGUUUUGGAUAUUAUUUUCCCACAGAAAUAACUGAAUGUGUACCUGGGGAUGUAUGUUAACAGCUGGUGACAAAUACCAAGAUAUAAUGUAUUAGCACAUCCUCUUCUAGUACAGAUUGGGGAAUUAAUUCAUUUGAUUCCUUUGUAUUUGUAAUGAACAGAUUCAAAAAUCCAAUAAUGGCUGGUUCCUCUCGUGAUUUCCAAGUCAGUUUAUACAAAACAUUACAAUCUCCAUGUUUCUCUUAUUCUUUUGCUGUUUCCUUCCUUCCUUUGUAUGAAGACUGUUGAGCGUAAGGCCAGCUGAGAGAAAUGAAAAUCAAACAAUUUAAAACUUGUUAUAACUAUCAGGUGGUGGCAGUUCUUUAUCAUCACCAAGGUGCCUUUUCAUACAGAAGCACUGAAAAAAACUUUGCAGGACAAAUACCAUGCUGGACAAUCGCAUGUCAGUGCUGAGAAAAGAAGUGGUGGCAUUCUUCCCCCAUGGAUUCAGGCUUCCAGCACACCAGUGUACUAAUUCCUACUUCUAUGGUGGAAAGAAGUUAUGUGUGUUCUUAAAACUUUGAACUUGGUGAUUUCUCCCCCCCCCCCUUUUGUCCUUCAGUGAAGCUGGUCUCUUUCUGAAUGUCAGGUGUGCCAGCCACCUAGGGGAAAGGUUUCGGGAGGCACUUGGACAAGACACUCUCAUUGGCCCCCCUUUCCCUUACCACUGCAAACUGCAUGAUAGUCCUCCCCUCUAAGCACAACUGCCCUGAGAGAGAACAGAAGGCACAGGCAGGAUGCUGCUUCAUCUUCUCACAGAUAUCACUGUUGGGGUGCUUAGAGAGGGUAGGUAUAACCACAAGGUUCAGGAAUUCUCAGCGGACUCCUUGCAGAGAUAUGGGUCUUUCAAAGUGCCAGAUGAUGCCUUGGGCAAGAAGACCCAAGAAUCCUCGCUGCAUUAUGGUUCCAAACAAUUGAUUUAAUACAAUUUUAGCAGAUUGAUCCCUCCAUGCUCACCUUUGAUAGCUUCAAAAAAGUGAGGAAAUUUGUCAUUCAACACUAACAAAAUUAGGAUAAAUUUAGUAUCCCUGAAGGAGAAGCACAGUUGGCAAUGGAGUGCAAAGGUCAAUUUAUUAUACAGUAUGUGAUUAUGUAUAUGGAUUAUGCAAUAAACUCAAGCAGACAGAGUUUGUUUGUGUGUGUGUAGCCCAAGCCUAAGAUGUUUACUGAGAAGUUCCCAUGAGUUAAAUGAUGUGUGCUACUACUUCAGAUUGAUUUUGGGAUAUUGGUGUAUUGAGACUACAAUGGGGUUUGUGCCAUCUAAUGAUUAUGGUUCCCCUGAAAACAAUAUUGGUAAUAGUUGUGUGUGUGUGUGUGUGUGUGUGUGUGUGUGUAGCCCCACCUCCCACCCCCAAAUGAGGCAAGGUAAAGCAACUGCCUUAGGUGGCAGGAUCCAUAGGAGCAGCAAAUCCCAAUGUAGUCCUUUAUUCCCUCCUUGUUUCUGAUAAUAGAUCUUCACUCACCCCUUCUUCCCUGAUGCGGAGCGAGAGUAUCAUUUUGUCAAUCGCCUAAGGUGUCAGUUGUGCGUGUGAGAGAGAUGAUUAAGUGUGUAUACAGAGAGAGGGAGAGUGAUGGAUGCUUGUACACACACUGACACAGAGAACCACAGUUCCCACAGAUAUCUGAUCUGGUAAGAGGAAAUGUCUAUUAGACCAGCACAAAUAAAGGGUAUAACAAUGGUCUUGCUUCUGAAUUAAACACCCCUGUUGAAGCUCCAAACCUGCUGGGCUUCUGCACAUGAGUUCUUGUAAUGAAUUUAUAGAUUAUGCUUCACAUUGGUCAUGCAUGAGUGUGAGACCCUCUAACCAGUACAAAUGACUAGAAAAUGUGUGUUGCUUUACAACACUGGAAUCAUGGUCCCAUUGCUCAUCUCUUGUUUGAAAUGAUGAUGUGUGCUCCGACUUAGUCAUUUCUGUUUUCUGGCAACAUCCAACUUCAAAGCUGCAAACAUUAGAUGUUUGUGGUCUCCAAGGAAUCAAACUUUUGAAACUUUAAUCAUGUCUUUUCUUUUGCAGCAUGACUUUCAGACUGGAAGAUGCAGACUUAGGAAGGCAUAAACAGUAGGAACAAGUUGAUUUUAAAAUGUCUCUCAAGUAUCUGAUGUAAUUAAAAUCGAACAUUCUCAUAUAAUAAGUUAGGAAACUAAAAAGUCAAAUAAACACUUAUUUAAUGGAUUAAACAUCUUGUAGAGAAAAGCAGUCCUGGGUAAAUGAUGGCAUUACAAUUAACUAACUGUGAUUACCUGAUGGGAUGAGAACUGUAUGUUCCAGAAAAUGUUUCUUCUUCUGACACUUAGGAUAUUCUGUUUAUUUACUAAACUGAUUGCUCCUGGAUAUAAUGCAGAUCCAAAGAGAUCUGUACCAUCCCCACCCACCCACCCCCUUCACCCCAGUGGUACAGACAUGUUUUUCCACAUUGCCUCUUUCAAGCACAAGUUGUACAAAAAUAGUAAAAAUUGCUCAAACCACAGAAUGAUAUGCCAUACUGUCAGUCAACAUUCUAUGAGAUCCAUUGCUGGUUUUAAUGCUAUGGCUUGUAAAAAUUGAGGCUAAGAGCUGCAAAUCCUAGAGCCCAAGUAAAUGGAUUGCUGUUCUUAUACAGAUUACUUGCAGUCCAUGACUGCAUGUGUUGGUGGGCAUGCUGUACACCAAUGCUCGUUGGAGCCCCAAUUCCUACUGCAGACUCUCUGGGAAGUGGCAUUUGAUGUGGUGUAAAGCACUGCAGCUGGAAGGGAAACGUCAUCUACUGUCAGGGAUCAGUAUUUUCAGGUAUGUGCUGAAGGGAACUCCAAAAGCUACUUGGCUGCUCUGCCUCUCCUCCCAGCUGUCUGUUCACUGCCAUAAUCAAGUGAGGAGAACGAGGGCAAACUUGCUUCAGGAAAAGUGAACAAGCAGCAGCAUUAACAGCAGUGAUGAGGAGGGGGUGGGUCUGCUCAGGGCUUUGGUUGCAAGUGGAGGACACCCAUCAGUCUAGAAGUGAAUAAUCCUUCCAAGGAACUCUUCCUUGAACCAAUACCACUACGGAAAAUAGGUAGUCCUGUUUCUGACUCUUGCAUUGCAGCUUAUAAAAGUGGGGGAGAAGUGCAUUCUUUGCACUUGGAACGGUUUCUGGAAUUUGUAACUCAUCAGUGCCCUAUAUGCAGAUGCAACAGGCCUGUGCAUGAGCCACCACCUCUUGGAAGUCCGCAGCAGAUGUGUGUAGAGCCCACUCCCCAUAAAUGCAUAACCAGUAAUUGAAAUAUGUACCAGUACCUGGGCCAAGGUUUAGGAUAUUCUGGCAAUUAUUUAGUAUUGUUCGAAAAGGUCCAUAAAAGUACCCAAGGUUGAUAAUUCAAAAGAGAUCAUUUGUAUAAUGUAAUAAGAGCAGAGAGCUAUUUAGUUGAUGACUCAUCUGGGAUCUUCUUUCUCAAAGUUGGAGAAAUUUCUGUAGCUUAAGUAACCUGCACUCUUUCUUUGCUCCUGAAAGUCCCUGUUAAAGCUACCACUUCAGGAUCAAUGCAUGGGAUUUUUUGUGUGUAUGUUUAGUUUCUAUUAUGCAUUCUAAGUUUCUGGCAGCUGGUAAUUUUUGCCUACUUUUCAUUUUAAUUGCCUAAUUAUCUGCUCUGGUGAAAUAAAGCCCUCCCAGUCUUUUCAUCUGCUCUCCCCCUCCCCCUCCCACCCGGCGAACAGAUGAGCUGUGUAAUAUUUACAAAUGUAAUACUAUAAUUAACAGCAUAUAAUGUUUGGAUUAAUUUUAUAAUGUUUGCUGCCUUCAUCCUUGUGGUGAUAAGGGAUGUUCUUUGUACUUGUGUAACAAAUACGAUUGAUCUCUACUAAGUAUAACAGAGGAACUGUGAUAUGUAAUCUGUAGUGUGUAAUCUGUAAUCUGUAAUAUGUAAUCUGGAGCCAGUGUGGUGUAAUGGUUAAGAACGGUAGUCUCCUAAUCUGGGGAACCGGGUUCGCAUCUCCACUCCUCCACAUGCAGCUGCUGGGUGACCUUGGGCCAGUCACACUUCUUUGCAGUCUCUCAGCCCCACUCACCUCACAGAGUGUUUGUUGUGGGGGAGGAAGGGAAAGGAGAAUGUUAGCCGCUUUGAGACUCCUGAAGGGGAGUGAAAGGCGGGAUAUCAAAUCCAAACUCUUCUUCUUCUUGUAUGGCCAAUGUAUUCCUAUAAAAUAUCCUAUAAAAUAUCCAGUCUAUGCAAGUAUGUAACUGCUGCUGUGUUUUCCUGGUCAGCCAAAGGAAGUAACUGCAGAUGUGAUGAGAACAUCAGCAGGAAUCAGUGAUAGUGGAAGCAUAUUUUUGCUUUAUCUCAGUCAGGACAGUGAUCCAAUGUAGAAAUUGGCACUUUAUUGGCAUAAUCUGAAACUCCUCCUUCUAUGAAAGGCAAUACUGUUUGACAAAGAGGUAGGUAUGAUCAACUGCAUUCAGGGAGCCUUUAGCAUUCCUGUAUUGCAAUUGUGAUAAAGUGUAUGUAUGUAUGUAUGUAUUUAUUUAUUUAUUGGAUUAAUAUUCCCCCCCCCCAUAGCCAAAAAGACUCUCAGAGCAGCUUCCAAAAAUCAGCAAGAAGGUGGUCAAAAUUAAAUUAUGACACAUGAGGAGAAAGCAAGUUCAAGCAUAUGGUAUUCAAGUUACAGUUCAUAUAAACAGCAGUUCAUCUCUGGAAACACUCUUGUCACUUCAAUCCCCUAGUCAACAUCCAAUAUCCAGGUGCAAUGCCCAUGCCAUGAGGACAAAAAAGAUCCUGCCAUGCAGUUCUUCCCUCAGACUAAAUGGCUUUCAGCAUGGUUUAUGAGCUGCCUUAUGCAGUGUUAAUUCUGAUGAUAGUCGGUCUCUUGGGCAAAAUUCUUUUAUAAGCUUGCCACCUGAUUUCCUUGAAGUGGAGGUGCUGUGAAUAUAACCUUUUAAAUAAAGAAUAUAUUUGUCCACGGAAAGAGAAUAACCCUCUGGGUGGACUCGCAACUACCCAGCUGGCAGGACCAAUGGACAGGAAUGGUGGAAAUUGUAGGUCCAACAGGUCAAUCAUGAGUGAUCGUGGUCAGUCGUGGUCGAUUGCGGCUUACUUCCAAUCUCCGGUAGCAGAAAGUAUUGUUUUGAAAGUCUCCUCCCCCUGCCGCCCUCGCUCUGUCCGUCUGUUACAUGAAUUGGGUGGUCGUUAGCGCUACUAAGCUUUCGUGUAUUUUGCUGAGUACGUUUGUUAAUAGUGCUAUUAAUAGUUAAUAGUGCCGUUGCUAUUGAGCGUUUAUUGUCCCCCCCCCCAAAAAAAGAAGCUCUGGAACUUUUGCCUCCUGUAAAAAAAAGCUCCACAACUGAAGCCUCCCCUCCCAAAAAAGCUAAACAACUUGCCCCCCCCCCCCCAAGCUCAGCAGCUUUGAAUCCUCCUCUAAAAAAAGCUCAGCAACUUUAACCUCCCCUAAAAAGAGCUCACAAUCUUGGCCUCCCGCCCCCAUUACAACAGGUAGAUCACUGCCAGUUGUUUUAUACUGGGAGUAGAUCACAGCCUCUAGAGAGUUGGACGUGCCUGGCCUAGAGCAUCUGGAGGCCUGUUGGUUUCUUAUCCCCGUUGUAAAGAAUGUGAUACAGCUCCAUCCUUGGCUGCUGGCUUCUUCUCUUACCCUACCGAUAUUCAUCUUGUGUUUAUCUCUUUUCACCUGUCUCUCAUGUCAUGGAGAAUGGCAAUGGUAAUAUGGUAUGGGCUGUUUCCUGAAUGGACUGGUUUAUAUUAGAUAUUUUACUGUGGAAGAGCCAGGUGUGGUUGAUACCGUCACAUUAAAUGUUGGUCUACAGCUGUUAGCACAGUUCCAGAUUUUUUAAAAUGGAUACAGGCAGAAAACACAUCAGGAUUGUAAGUCCGUGUUCUCCUUGAAAUGAAUAUUCAUGGAGUAUUUCCACUUGGGAAGUUUAAAUUCACACAGAAUUACAAAUCUACCCUUACUCUCAUUUUUCAGUGAGCUUCUAAUUUCGUUGCGUUGCCAGUUUUCUAAUAUUUUCCUUUCCAAGGAAAGAGGAUGGACUACAUCAACUGCUGAUAACUUAAGUAGUUACAAGAUUUAAAGUAAGAAUGAUUAAUGGUAACUCUCUAAAUGGGAGGCACGGUACAGUAGCUUUUCAGAAGAGUGGCGAAAAGACCGAUGCAGCUAAGCAUUGCUGAGGUGCUAAUACAUAUUGCCCAAAAUAGCUGAAAUCCUGCAAAGAGUGAUGUGUUAUAAAAUUGCAUUUCAAAAGUUGAUACUUUAUAGUCAGCGUUUAUCAUUAACGUAGCUUUGCACUUGGAUUAUUCUGAAUAAGAUGUUGCCUCUGAAUAAUUAUUAUUCUGUGUAAGAUGUUUCCUCUGGACUAAGUUGCACAACAUUACAUUCACACUGUAAGAAGCUCAGGGUUAUAUCUCCUCUUUAUAACCACAACAACUCUGACAGGUAGGGAUUGAAACUCAAGUCUCCUGAAACCUGAGCCACUACAUUGUGCUGGUUUUUGAUGUGAUCAGCUCCCACCAUUCUCAGAUGUUUGCUGCAUGCUGGAAAAUAAAACUAGGUAAUUGUGGUUGCAGUUUAGGAGGGCAGUUCUUUAUCUUGUCCUGGUUAAGGAGUUAUGUUCUGCUGUUCUUGAUUGCUCAGAUCACAAAUUAUAGUUUCUGCUUGAACUGGGGGUAGCUAAAUUGCAAGGCGCUGAAAUUUAUGGUGUGCACUCUUAUACUGUCUGGUGUCCUUAUUAUGAAAAGUGCUAAACACAUAUGACAAACACUAGGAUCCUUAUAGGAAGGCUGCCAUGUUGUUAGCAGAAAAAUUGGAAGAAGAUUGGGCUUUUCCCACUGUUGGUCUUUGCUGUUGUUACAUUUGUAUUACAGGGAUGAACAGUGUCUAUGUAUCACUGUUAAAACAUAGCUUUUUAGGCGGCUUUCCCCCUUGUUUUUGACUGGAUGACUGAAGAAAUGGCAACUGCAGAAGACAAUUUGAUGCAGGCAAUUUGAACUAUAUUGGCAUAUACUCAGCUUUAAUUUCUCCUGUUCCCCCACAGGCCUUAUUUCAGAUGACUGACCACUUUGAAACGGAGCUACAAAUAGGCUUCAUGGAGCUGUGAGGUUCAACACUUCUUUUCAUGCUGUUCUUGAUUUUUUUUCUCCUCUUGAAAAGAGCCUUGCUUCUUUUCAAUGAUGCAAACACUUUUCUGGCUUCCUUAAUUGGCCUCACAUUUGUGCCAGCCUGAAUUUGUUUGAACUAUUGGCAGCACUGAGUUCCAUUGAUCAUCAUGCACUCUACUCCAUCCUUGUGUGCCUGCCUGCUUCUAGUCCUGGAUUUAGUUCUGCUGCUUCAUCUUAGAAUUUUACUGCUGAGAGGUGUUCUGUUUAUUUUGCAUCUAAGCCCCAACUAAGACAAUGGUAAUCUGAAAUAAUUCAGUUUUGUUUUUAAAACACACAUUAAAUGAAUUGCUUAUGCAGUAUUAUGCUGAUAUGUUGUGACUGUAUUCUGCUGGAGUUUGCACAAAUGAGAUUUGUCUUUCCAUUAAAAAAGAUAAAAAUAA